GGGAUGUGUACUCCCUUUCCAUGCUGGGGGUGGGUGGGAGAGGAGGAUCGCUCAGCACAGGACUGAAGGAGCCUGAUUUGCACGAUGUGCUGCAAGUGAUGUAAAAGUGCUCAGAGAGACAGAGAGGCCACUUCCCCCGGCUCCCAGGAGAGCACCAUGCCACCCAUCCCUCCUGUGAUCCGCUGAGUGAGGAGAGCAGCUCACAUCCAGGAGACAUGGCUAAGAUCCGGGUGGCUUAUGAGUACUCGGAGGCUGAGGACAAAAGCAUCAGGCUGGGUCUGUUCCUGAUCAUCUCGGCGGUGGUGUCUCUCUUCAUCCUGGGCUUCUGCUGGCUGAACCCCGCUCUGCAGGACCUGCAGGGCAAGACGGCCAACUGCACGGUGCUGUCAGUGCAACAGAUCGGGGAGACGUUCGAGUGCACUUUUACCUGCGGGAGUGACUGUAAGGGCACGUCACUGUACCCCUGCCUGCAGAUCUAUGUCAAUAACUCGGAGUCCAACUCCAGGGCUCUGCUCCACCAGGACGAGCAACAGCUCAUCAGCAACCCCAAGGUAACAGCAACUGUGUGGGGGAGGUCUUACUAGCCCACUAGCCCCCUGGGCUCAGUUCGAGGGCUGGCUUUGCCUGCCAAGUGACCAUGACCCCGUUUUCUAAUGUCUCGGGUUGCUUUAACCCUUUAGAAUGCGGUGUGAUGUUUUCUAGAGCUUUGGAACGCUGUGUGUGUAUUCUAGAAUGUCAGUGUGCAUUUCGAACGUUACUUUCACUGAACUGGAUUUACUUAUUUCAUUAUUUAUUUAUAAAAUAUUUUACUAGGAGGGAUACAUUGAGAUUUCCCUGUUUUUUUCCAAGUAUCGCUCUAUUCAUGCAACCAAUGCAUGACGCCUACAAUAUUACCAAAGGGAUCUGAGAGGCUGAGUAACAUUACAGUGUUACAGUAAAACCCUUUCCUACCUUUAAAUAGAUGUUUUCUGUUAUAUGAUAUGUUGUAUGGCACUAAUAAAAAAUCUUUUGUGGGCAAUUAUGAUGCAGGAUGAGGCAUCCAUAAAGUAAAACAUAGCUGGAAGUCAUGUUACUUUCUCCAAGUGCGGCUAGCCCAAUUCUGGGAUCAUAAAAAUAUACCAAAGUCUCACUGGUACUUCCCAGUUCUUGGUAAAGUGAAGGGUUAAUGGGGCACGGAAGCCAUCCGGGAUAAUACGCACAGCACUGGGGUUAAGUAACGUUUGAAUAAUGCAUUUGAUUCUUUCUAUGUGCAUCCCUGAUCUCCUGCUAUUGAGCAAUGAAGAAUAGUCAAAAUGCAUUCGUUGGGUCACAAUGAAACAACUGAAUUUUAUAAAUCCAUGGUAUAAUAAUAUCAUUUUUCUCAUAUCAUGCCAUGUGCUUUUUGACUGGGUUUAAAUGUAUCCAUUUAUAUAUAUAUAAAAAUAUAUAUAGGAUUUUGCAGCAAUGAGAGUUUUUGAUGGUUGCAUUGAAAGGGUUAAGUCUGCAUGUCUGCAAAAUGCCACAGAUCAGUCACUUACAAAAUAAAAACCCUUGUUACAGUGCCAUUUUGCUGAUCAGCCCUGAUGAAAGAGUUAAUACAAUUGUUACCAUUAUAAGAUUAGCUCUGUUGCCUAGGGGAUGAGAUUUUCUGGAUUUAUGAGGCUUCUCUAGCAAGGGACUCUUUUUUUUAAAAUGAAAUUGCACUUUAUCACAGAAUGUAGUACUUUUGUACUGCAAAAUAGGCCCGGUAGUAUUUUUUGGCACAAUGACAAGCAACAAAUACGUAGGGAUUUAUUCUCUAAAUGUGACAUUGUGUGGAGCAAAUCAAAAAAGUCAAACUGUAAAAUAGUUGGUCCACUCGAAAGUUCACAAGUGCUAUAGAAUUGGUUUGACAAACUGGGUACCCUUUUGGGCUUCAUUCACAAAGGUUUGUUUUUUUAAUCACUUGAUACUUGCCCUUUUAUUUACACUAAACAAUUGAUUUUUCUAUUCUGCAGCCAGGGGUCAUGUUCGUUUAAAACUUUGCUGUAGAAACAGGUUUAUGCACUGCUAAACCCUGAAUUUGAGAGAAAUAAAUGUGAUUGGUAAAAUGUGGGCUAAAAUAGCGAAACUGUCAACAUAGCUGAGUUUGAGAUUUUUUCAUAUCAGUGAUUUUCUUCUCAGUUUUGCCAUUCGAAUUUAAUUCACUAAAAUUUGUAAUUUGAUGAAUAACCCUGUAAGUUUAAAACAUCUUGACUUAUUGAUAAACUCUUAAGGAUGCAAUGCCAUUGCACAACCAUUAAUGAUGGCGAUGUUUAUAGUGUUGCAUUAAUGAUGGCGAUGUUUAGAGUGGUGCAUUUAUGAUGGCGAUGUUUAGAGUGGUGCAUUUAUGAUGGCGAUGUUUAGAGUGGUGCAUUAAUGAUGGCGAUGUUUAGAGUGGUGCAUUAAUGAUUGCGAUGUUUAGAGUGGUGCAUUAAUGAUUGCUAUGUUUAGAGUGGUGCAUUUAUGAUGGCGAUGUUUAGUUUGGUGCAUUAAUGAUGGCGAUGUUUAUAGUGUUGCAUUAAUGAUUGCGAUGUUUAGAGUGGUGCAUUAAUGAUGGCGAUGUUUAGAGUGGUGCAUUAAUGAUUGCGAUGUUUAGAGUGGUGCAUUAAUGAUGGCGAUGUUUAGAGUGGUGCUGCUAAGCAGGGAACUAAGGAAUGGUUAGCGGUUGGUUACAUCAAUGCUAUGUCUGGCAUUAAGUUAGGGAGGCCAUAGCAUUAGUAGUUAGUAAGUUAGAUGUUUUUAGGUUUAGGUGGGCUUAAAGUUAAAGGUUUACUCUAUCCCUUUAUAACAUACAUUUUAUUUUAACUUACAAUGUCAUAUUAGGAAUUAGUAAGUAGGUCCUGCCCCUUUAACACCUAUAACCCUGACAGUAAGCUUAUCUGAACUCCAGCUCCAGGCAAAGCUAUCGAUGCUGCUCUCUGAACCGCCAUCCGACAUCAUCUCUGCACUUGCGCCGUCCUAUCAAAUGCUUCUCAUCAAGAAGUUUAGUGUGCAUUUUGGAAUAAAAACAUUUAAACUAUGGUGGGAUGCAGGUGGGAAUGCUCAGAAUGAGGGAGGAAAGGGAGAGCUGGCUGGCGCUCUGCUUACAAGGUAGAAGGUCAAUACAUCUGUCGUCAGCAUGCUGCCAGACUUAAUUUUUGCACAGAAUUGAUAUUAGGCACCCUGGAACAGAGAUCCCGGCUGCCCAAGUCACACAUGCCGGGAGUCCUGCUUAUCCCGGCACAAGAGUAAUUAUUCCUUUGGAUGUGCAGUGUUUCAUGCAGAAAUGCUGCACAUUCAGACUCCUAGCACCAUGACCACUUAAAAUUACUGAAGUGGUCAUAGUUUUCGGCAUGACCCUUUAAGGAUGGUUUAAGGGUCACCUACCUUUAAGAUUCCACGGACCAGCACACCCGAGAUUUUCAGCCAGUCCAUUAAUAUAAAUUAUACUAGAGUGUAUCUGCAGUCUGUUUAAUGUCUGUUAAUGCAAUGACGGCCAAACUUUUAAUAUUGACAUUUACAUAAGUCGCCAGGGGAAUAUUUAUCUUUAGAAUGUCACACACUUCUUACUAAUAAUUAAAGAAGCAUGCCAGUGUCACUACAGCUCAGCUAGAGGAAAGAAUACAGCGUUAUAAAGCAAAGUUUGCUGUGACACAGUUACCUGCGCUUUUUACUUAAAAUACAGAGAGCAUGACACAGAGUCAACACAAGAGUUGGAAUAAAUUAUUGUGUCAUCUGGGGAGAAAGAGGGAACAUGGAAUGUUUAUUUACCACCUGCUGCUAACAACAUAGAAUUUUAAGUGGAUUUUGUGUAUAUUUCUAUUACUAUAUCAAUUAAAAUUACUAUUACUAUAUCAUAUAUAUUGACUGACCUAACCAGGGACCCAAGCUAUUGGUUACAGAUAGGAAAAGACAGAUUGCACAAACCCGGUGUUACAAUGUUUGUUUCUGUAAUGAAAGCAUACUUUUAAAUUGCACAAAUGAUCUUUACCUUCUACCAGUAUGCAACCAACCCGUAGUUCCUGGAACCAAAUUGUAGAGGAAAUUAACCAAGGCUAUAAUCAGGGCAAGUUUUCCAUGUGGACAAAGUGGCCAUUUUCCCAGAGUCUAUCGGCUUAAUUAACAAUUCCAGUAACACAAAAAGACCUUUUUAUUGUGCCAUGGGCCUUGGGUUGGUAUGGGUGGUCAGGAAUAUAGAAUGGAGUAAAGUUUAAAAUUAAAUCUUGUGGGAUAGUAACAAUGCAAGUUGUUUGAGGGGCAGAGAAAUAUGCUUGUGUGCAGAAGGAUAACAAGUUAGGGCAAUGAAACAAUAAAGUUUUGGGAGAGUGAAGCGACAAAGCGCGGGGACAGCGGAACAAUAAAGUUUUGGGAGAGUGAAGCGAUAGAGAGCGGGGACAGCGGAACAAUAAAGUUUUGGGAGAGUGAAGCGAUAAAGCGCGGGGACAGCGGAACAAUAAAGUUUUGGGAGAGGGAAGCGAUAAAGCGCGGGGACAGCGGAACAAUAAAGCUUUGGGAGAGUGAACCGAUAAAGCGCGGGGACAGCGGAACAAUAAAGUUUUGGGAGAGUGAAGCCAUAAAGCUCGGGGACAGUGGAACAAUAAAGAUUUGGGAUAACUGAACAAUAACACUUUAGGACAGGGAAACAAUAAAGCUUUGUGAGAGUUAAAUAAUGCAUGAUAACAGAUCACACCGAAUUCUAGUGAAUUGAAGACCACAUUGCAACACUAUUGGCAACAACAGCAGACAAGGAUUUCUCCAACUCAGUUAUAGUCACAGGUUUUCCAUUUUAGCAAUUAAUUCAGUAUGUUUUAGUGUUCAAUGAAUAAACCCCAAAGUGCUAUGGAAAGUAUCUCCAUGUAGGAAGAUAACUUGGUUCAAGCAGUUCAAGCAAUCAAAUGACGAGUUAUAGGGUGGGGGGGAGGUGUUGGGGUGGGGGGGAGGACAUAUAGGAAGGGUUAAUCUGACCAAAAACAGUGCUUGCUCUGUCUCUACAUGAUGUCAUUGCAGAGCGGGUAUCUAAUGUACAUGCACCUCGAGCGCCACAAAGGCAUUAGGCCUUCCCCUGUAGGAAAGCAUUCAAUCAAUACUUCCUAUGGUGAAUUUGAAGACACUGGUUUCCCUCAUGCACAGCGUUAAACUCCUUUAAACAGCAGGAAGCGCCUCUCGUGGCUGUCUGGUAGACAGCCACUAGAGGCAGUCUUAACCUUCAAUAUAAACAUUGCAGUUUCGUAACUCUGCAGUGUUUUACAUUGCAGGGUUAAUGGGACAGGGACACUGCACCCAGACCACUUCAUUGAGAUGUUGUCAUAUUUUUUUCAUAUUUAUUGUCCUGUUUUCUCUCUGAUGAACGUCAUCUAGAGCUCUUGAGUCUCUGCAAGGGAAUAAAAUGAAGUUUAACCCCUUAAGGACACAACUUCAGAGAUAAAAGGGAAUCAUGACGGAAUAGUUCUGUCAUGUGUCCUUAAGGGGUUAAGGUUGAAGAGAUUCCUGAACUAGGAUGGUAUAUUCACUUCUGCAAACAGUUCAGAUGAUAUGGUGCAGCUCAGAUGCAAUUUUCAAUUUAAUGAUGUGUUUGGAAAAGCUCUAAUGUAUCCUGCAAUGAAAUGCAGCAUGCAUAGAGUCAGACUCGGAGAGGUAUGUUCUUGUCAACAAUGCCGCAGUGCAUGUGUUUGCUGAGGAAGCGAGUCAAUAGCGCUGGUAACAGAAGAGAGUUUGUUAGAAUAAAACUACUGAAAUCCACAGUGAAAAAACAGACAUGCAGACUGUGAGAGAUUACUCCAAACUAUGCGUCCUUUAUCUAUCUCUGACACUUUCAUUGCUGCCAAUUAUAGUGAAAAAUACCACAGAAGUCAGUUCUUAUACCAGGCAUCCCAGAAACCGUAGCUUGUCAGGACCCAGGGGAGCUGUCGCUUCUCAGAAAAAUUAUACGAUUGCAUAAAACAAUACAAAACACCUAGAAUUUAUGGUAAACAUUCUUUCAUGUGAUACUCCAGUCUCAUUUUAAUAUAUACAUUAGCAAAUUACAUCACAAUUAAAGGGACACUAUAGUCACCUGAACAACUUUAGCUUAAUGAAGCAGUUUUGGUGUAUAGAACAUGCCCCUGCAGCCUCACUGCUCAAUCCUCUGCCAUUUAGGAGCUAAAUCCCUUUGUUUAUAAACCGUAGUCACACCUCCCUGCAUGUGACUUGCACAGCCUUCCAUAAACACUUCCUGUAAAGAGAGCCCUAUUAGGCUUUCUUUAUUGCAAGUUCUGUUUAAUUAAGAUUUUCUUAUCCCCUGCCAUGUUAAUAGCUUGCUAGACCCUGCAAAAGCCUCCUGUAUGGGAUUCAAGUUCAAUUUAGAGAUUGGGAUACAAUUAUUUAAGGUAAAUUACAUCUGUUUGAAAGUGAAACCAGUUUUUUUUUUCUUGCAGGCUCUGUCAAUCAUAGCCAGGGGAGGUGUGGCCAGGGCUGCAUAAACAGAAACAAAGUGAUUUAACUCAUAAAUGACAGUGAAUUGAGCAGUAAAAUUGCAGGGGAAUGAUCUAUACACUAAAACUGCUUUAUUUAGCUAAAGUAAUUUAGGUGACUAUAGUGUUCCUUUAAGUUCAGUCCCGACAAUGCCAGGACACACACUGCAAACACUGUUUCAUCUCGUCGUCUGUCUAGUCUCUCUGUAUAGUGAUUUCCAGGUGAGAAAGGCACAUCAUGCUAACACAAGGCACUGUAUACAGACUGCAUAGGUCUCUCUGUCUAUCACUAUAGCACUAUAGCUCUCUCUGCCUCCCCCCCCUACCCAUCUCCUUCGUGCCCCUCUUUCCUGCGGUGGUAAAUAAAGGGUUAUGCAGGAUCACGGCUCAGGCUACUCCGAUGUCCCUCAACGAGUGGGCAUUAAUGCACAUGCGCUGUGAGUGCCAUGUGCGCAUUAGGCCUCCCCAUAGGAAAGCAUUAAAUCAGUGCUUUCCUAUAGGGAAAUAGCUGAUGCUGGAAAUCCAGCUUCAGUUACCGUAAAAACUGUUAACAGCCAGAAGUGCCUGCAGUGCCUGUCUGGUAGACGGCCACUGAGGGCAGACUUAGAGCUGCAAUGUAAACAUUGCUGUUUCUCUGCAACUUCAAUGUUUCACAUUGCAGCACUAAGGGACACACCAGGGCCGGACUGGGGAAAAAAUUCGGCCCGGGCAUUUUUUUAUCACAGUGGCCCACUGAGAAGGGAUGGGGCCAGAUAGGGUGUGUUUUGUCAUCAUUAAUGAAAAGCACACCCCAUCUCAAAGGGAAGACCAUGUGCAGAGCUCUGCUGAUGAGCUCUAGCAUGAGAAAAAGGCCCUGCAUAUGCUCCGCACAGUACAAGCAAAUUUAAAGAGACACUAUAGUCACCCAGACCACUUCAGCUCAAUGAAGUGGUCUGGGUGUCAGGUCCCUGUACGGUUAACCCUUCCUGAUGUAAACAUAGCAUCUGCUAUGUUUACAUUUGGGGUUAAGCCCGCCUCUAGCGGCUGUCUUCCAGACAACCACUAGAGGCGCAUUGGCAAUGAUUGAGGCAUAUUAUGCCUCAAUCACGAAGAGCGUCCAUAGGAAAGCAUUGAAUACUUUCCCUUGUCUUAGUGUCUCCAGAUGAUGCAUCAAAUGAGUUUCAGGGUCAUUCAGGGAAAUUCUGAGUCAUUCAGCGUAAAAAAAUAAAAAAAUAAAUUUAUUUUAAAUUAUCUUUAAGCAGGACAAAUAUCAAAUUAUGUCUGUAAUGCAUAAUUCUCCAUAAAUGUAUAUCAUCUCAAUAAUAAUCUCUGUGAAGCGUGAAACAGUAAAACAGUACACCCUGCAGUGUCCCUUUAGCACAGUGAAUCUCAGCUUUUUAUGGAGAAGUACUCCUGCAGGUCUUAAGAAAAUUCCCAAGUGCCCCUGCCACGAGAAAGCAAUUCCUAUUGAUUUAAAUUUCAAAUAAAACGUGUAGGCACUGAUAUUUACAUUAAUCCGAUGUUGGAGAACAAGCCUGAUUAAAGGUAGUACAGAAUAUUUAAAAAAAUAAAUAUGAUAUAAUGUGAAUAUUGUGUAUGCAAGGAGGAGUGUAUGAACUGUUUAUUUGAAGUAUAAAAGUCAUAAAAUUAAAAUAUAAUACAAACAUAAUAGUUACCCACUGACACACACACACACACACACACACACAUUCACUGACAGACACAUACACAAUCUCUCACACACACUCGCAGUUUUUUCUUAUUUUUCUUAUUUGUAUUUAAGUCCACUAAACUCUCUACCUUUGGGAGAGCUGAAGUGGAUGCUUACCCUGGAGUCUAGUGUGGCUGCUGUCAUCUUCAUUGUCUUCUUUCUCUCUACACGUAUGCCAUAGGUCAAACAACUGUGUGAAUGCAAUUAGCUUAAAAAGGAGACUGCUAAAGCCUGAUUUUUCAACCGGUGGUACACAUACCCUAGGGGGUACACACACCAAAAGCAGGGGGUACACAAAGAGCUGGCUGGAUGGACACCUUAGGACCCUCUCCUCCCUCGCAACGCUGUUUAGUGAUGGUGGUGCUGGAGUGACUUCUUAACCCUACUUCCGGCAUCACUGCAGAGUGUGUAAGGUAGCAGUGCUGGAAGAGCUACAGCCUCCCCCGGACACAGUUUGUGGACUGAGCAGGCACCUGCCAUCCAGGAAAGCAGAGGCCUACUCUGCCUUAGUGCACACUGGCCACCUCCUGGUGGGCCCUAAAGUGGCCAGCUGGCCAGCUCUUUGUGUACCCCCUGCUUUUGGUGUGCGUACUCCCAGUAGCAAAAAUAGGCUUUAGCAGUAUCCAUAUUAAGCUAAACAUUCAGACAGUUGUUUGGCAGUAUCCUUAUUAAGCUAAACAUUCAAACAGUUGUUUGGCAGUAUCCUUAUUAAGCUAAACAUUCAGACAGUUGUUUGACCUAUGGCAUACUUGUAAGGAAAGCGACCGCGAGGCUCAAGUAUCAUUAAAUCAGUGCAGACGAUGAAGAAGUCAGACAUUGUGAUCUCAUGGAUCAGAUCUCUUAUGCCGAUAUCCUGAGAUUGAUUUUAGAAACGUCAUUUUCUGGGUGAAACCCUGAAUGUUCUAUGGAGAACAUAUACAUAUUUUACUUUAGACCAGAAGUAGCCCUCUAGCAUCUUAGCCAGUGCCACAUUUAAAAAUGUGCAGAUCUUAGUUUAGCCUUUCAGAAAGAACUGCAUUAAUCAGGCACAUUGUUUUAUAUUCCCCCGAAUCUCUGUGAAUUAAUGCCGAAUGAUUGAUGGGCUCUGUUCUCUGUCAUUUAACCUGAAUUGCACAAUGACUGUUCCUCUUCGCCUUCUACUGCUCUGUCACAUUUUUCUAUACAGCUGAGUCUUUGAUACCUGCCUGUCAAUCCUCUUAUUUUUCACCCCCCUUUUAUUACUCUUAACAUGGAAAUUGCUUUUUUUUUGUCAUUCUGUCCCAUCUCAUCCCAGUGUUGCUGUCAUCGUUUCAAUCAGACAUUAUGAGUUAUUCUAAAAAAAUGAACUUGGCAGAGUUUGAGUUACUUUUCCAACUGAGCUAAAGGAAGGAGAAUUCUCUCUCUUACUUCCAUACGCUGAUUGCUAAAGACUAUGCUCAGCUCUCUGAUUGAAAGUUAUCAUAAAAUAAGUGCUAUAGGAGCUAUAUUUGACUAUGAGAUAGGGCACAAUUGGGCACUUUGCUAUCUUUAAUUUGGGUCUUUUAUCUCUAACUGUCAUCAAUAUAGAGUGUUGGAUGUCAGGCAGUUUCUAGUGAAUAGCCUCAAACAGGGUAUAAUAAAGUGAGAAUUCAAUAUAGCUAAAAUUGGCAAAUCUCUCUCUAAGUCAGAUAUGCUUUGCUUUCAGCUACUCUGUCCUUAAAUUUGAAAUUCACUUUAAAUUCUAAUUUUAGUAAUUAGACCUGUUAGUAAUUAAAGAGGAACUGUCACUAUUUUGGAACUUAAUCCAUUGAAUAAAACACCAAAAAUCGCCUGUAACUUAUGUAAAAAUUUUUUCAUGUGAUGAUUUGUUUUGUUUUAAAUAAAUAUUAAAGCUUUAGCAGUGGACAUCACAAUUCUGUUUAGUUAAGGCUCAGCCAUGGCACAUUCUGUUUCUCCUCCUCUACCUUUGUUGCCAAUCGCAAGAUGGAGUCACUCAGUUGUAGGUGAGGGUGUGUGUAUACCUGCAUUCAUUUUAGAUCCUACAUUAUGUUGUCGACAACUGUUUAAUAAGAUGUUGUGAUAUCCAGCCCAUCUGACAAUCCAAAAGGCUGAAAGACCUAAAUUGGUCUUUCAGCCAAAUUUACUAAUACUAAGUAAAAAUUACUUAGUAUUAGUAAAUUGUGCCCCUACUCGCUAUACCGCGAGUAGGGGCAUGUCUAUUAAACAGUGAGCAGCCACUGUUAAAAAUGGGUCCCCCCUCCCGAGCCCACCUGCGACACGCGAGUGGAGGCUUUUAAACUAAAGGGGGGGUCUAUUGCCCCCCCCCAGCCCCCACCCUUGAGCGGUGGGUGCGGGCCCUAAAUUAGAAUGAGGGGGGGACCUAAUGUCCUCCCCCCUGGCCCCCACCCCUGAGCAGUGGGUGAGGGCCCUAAAAACUAAUUAGUGGGGGUGGGGGCCCUCAAUUAGAAUGAGGGGGGGAUCUAAUGUCCUCCCCCGUGGCCCCCACCCCUAAGCGGUGGGUGGGGGCCCUAAAUACUACUUAGGGGGGACCUAAUGUCCUCCCCCUGGCCCCCACCCCUGAGCGGUGGGUGGGGGCCCUAAAUUAGAAUGAGGGGGAGGACCUAAUUUCCUUCCCCUUGGCCCCCACCCCUGAGCGGUGGGUGGGGGCCCUAAAUUAGAAUGAGGGGGGCCUAAUGUCCUCCCCCUGGCCCCCACCCCUGAGAAACUGUUUCUGAGAAACUGCUAUGUUUACAUCUGGGGUUAAGCCAGCCUCUAGUGGCUGUCUUCCUGACAGCCACUAGAGGCGCAUCGGCAAUGAUUAAGGCAUAUUAUGCCUCAAUCGCGCAGAGCGUCCAUAGGAAAGCAUUGAAAAAUGCUUUCCUACGGACAUUUUGAAUGUGUGCGCGGCAGUGGUGCGCAUGCGCAUUCAACGCCGGUGACGUCAGACAAGGAUGCUGACGUUGGCGGGGGAGGAGAGGUAAGGUAGCCUGGCGGGGGAAAAGGGUGAGUAGCUGAAGGGGUUUUAACCCCUUCAGCGCCGCGGGAGGGGGACCCUUAGGGUGGGGGCACCCUCAGGGUACUAUAGUGUCAGGAAAACCCUUUAAUUUUAUGACACAAUGGAGGGAGGAUUGAGACCAGGCACCAAUAGGGAAUCAAUGGAUUGUGUCAUUGAACACACUAAAGGGCCUUCUUGCUAUUGCUAUUCACAUGAUCAGGCACAUAAAAACUAGUCUAUAGAUGGUAAAUGACACCAAGCCGACUCAAUAAGGUAUAUACCCACUUAUUUCCCUGUUGCUGGUGUUGUGGAGAGAAAGAAGGAAAUAUGAUGCAGAUUUGGUGGGAGUGCAGGGUUAUCAAACCUUUGUGGAGAUAAGUCUCAAUUAUAUUGAGACUAUUAAACAUAAAAGACAUUCCAGGUAAUUCAUGUUAAAACAUGUCUUUUUAUGUUAUUUCCAACUGGACAGAGCAGAUAACAGUUAUAGUAAAUUUAGCAGCCAGAAACCUUAUAGCAUGGAGCUGGAAACAAGCCACCUGUCCAACACGUAUUCGAUUGAUUGAUUGAUUGAUUGAUAAAAUAAGACAAUAUUGUUUAUAUGAAUAUGCAGCUGCAACAUCUAUGAGAAGUCAAAUCAAAUUCAUAGAGGUAUGGAAACCAUGGCUAGACUUACUGCAUAAAGACAUUGGAAUGUUAGGGACUAGCCAAACAACUGAGCAGACAUAGGUUCACAGGGAAUACUGAUAGGAUCAGGGCUCUAUAAAGCUUUAUGAGGGAGCAUUAGAAUUAUUAAUGGUAACAAUAGUAUUAUAGAUAUUACUAUGAUUAUUACGGUUAUAUUUUUAUCUACAAUAUGCAUCAAUCUUUGUAUCUUUUUUUUCUUUUUUGUGUGUGUAUUUGAUGGUUUUAUGUGUUUUUUAUUUUAUUUUGUGGGACUUUUGUCCCUUUUCUUCAUUUGUACACUAUAUAAAUAAUAAAGUAUUAAUGUAAAAAAGGUAUUAACCCAGUAUGUUCUAUAAAUGCAAUGCAUUUUUGUGCCAUAGAGGCAUUACAUUUUGUAUUUUUUUUUAGAUUUUACGUUAUAUUUUGCUAUUUUGCAGUUUUUCAAUAAAGCAGAAUGGAAGACAGAAGUCUAGAAUUUUAGCAAAAUGGCUGUUUUCAAAACAUUGCUCAAGUACUGCAUUUCAGUAUAGGCUCACCACAGUCCGUAAACCUUUUUAUGGCAGAUGCCAAGUGAUCUCUAUAUUUUGAUACCCAAACGACAGUCUCAAAAAUACUGGUGUGCAUCUAUACAUUGCCCAUCUACACAGAUCAAGAAAGCCAGCAGAAAGCCCCUCAUCCACUUUUGAAUUUUUCACACGUUAAAAUUAUUCCAAAAACACUCUUAUAGACUGUUUUGGAACUUCACGAAAUUACACUGCAAAGAGUAGAUAAAAGACAAAGUAACAACCAAUUAUUAGCAAUUCGUAGAAGUAGUCACAAGUGUAAGAAAAUGUUUCUUCUUCCUCAAAGAUAAGAUUGGAGAAAAAUCCCAUCGUCAUCCCGGAUCUAUGAGAAGCAUUGCACAAAAGUAACCAUUACUAAUGAUGCCAUCAGAAGUGGAACUGGUGCGGGGUGAGGGAUGCGGGGUGAGGGACGGAGUUGUCUAUCUAGGCCAGUCCUGAAGACCCACCAACUGUCCAUGUUUUGUCAGUAUCUCCAUUGGAAUAAAACAGGGUAAUAAAUAAAUCCUGGAUUGUUAAUGGGCCAUGAGGACUGAUUUGGGAACCACUGAUCUAAACAAUAAUAGGAACACUCUAAUCUUAAAAACAAAUAUGUAUUUAAAGUACAUUUUCUAUUCCAGAAUUACAGAGCAUAGAAAUAAUUUAUGUAUCUGAUUUUAGUCUCUGUUCUCUACAUCCCUGUACAUGCUUGUAAAUAUUCUUCCAAUUCUACGUGUCUGUUUUAUGUCUGUAUAUUUAAUUUACCUACGAGCCUGUAUUGCUAGUCUCUUGGAAAACAAAAGUUGUCAGUAUUAACAUGCGUUUCAUUUGAUGUGAAAUAAAGGAAAAGUAAUUGGUUUUUGCUAAAAUAUAAAUUAGCUGCAUUGCAGUAUCUAAAGUCAAGUUUGCUUUGAUGUGCAUUCAUUAACACCAAUAAAAAAACUCAUAGAAAUUCACUUUACUGUAUAAGUAAAUAAUUGGAUUUUUGGAGCAUUUUAAAACAAAUGUAGUCUUUGUGAUCAUUUGUCAACGUAAAUGGAAUUUACACACUUUCAUUCCUUUCUGUGCUUUUCAAACUUUCAAGAAAUAUUAAAAUUUUAAAGCGACAUCAUUUAUUUUACAAACUUUUACUUUUUUUCCAAAUGUUUUUCUUUUUUAAACAACAAAUUAUAGUAAGCAAGAAGUACCCAAGACAUACAGUGCUCCAGUUUUACUGUGCGUACCAAACCUGUUAAUGAUGUUGGAUUUUGCUAUAGCCAACAUACUCAAAAUCUAGAAUUUUAUUAGUUUACAUUAUUGUCAGAAUUCUGCCUGGCUUUUCUGAGACGUGAUUUUUACUGCUUUUUGUACACUCGUCCAUGUUACUGACAGUAGCAUGUCUCAUCUAGAACAACACAUUCAGAGUUUGGGGGGUUUCACCAAUGUUCUGUGUUCUGAAACAUGGUGUGAGGAUGUAAAAGGGGAGAAGUUACCGAUUUAAUGUGCCCACAGAUUUAAAUGUUCAUUGCCCCAUUUUUAGUACUUUAGACCAUUUUUCAAAGCACAACACUGUAAACACAGUGUGGUGCAGGUGAGAGAGCCAUGUGAGUCAUGACACGUUCCCUUUAAAAUGUUGAUUUGGUAGGAAGCCAAGAUAAAGGCACGCAGUUCCAGGUCAGAGGUAAAUACAGCAGAGUGGCUUUCUACAUAUUAUUUGUAACAUAUUUGCCAAAUAUAGAGGGACAAGUUAACAUAGUUGCAAAAAUCAUGGGAAAUGACUGUUGCCCUUUAAGAGCCCAUUGAAUACAGUCAGAUUAUACUUUUGUUUUUAUAGUAAUAAUGCUUCAUUGAACCUGGCAGUAAUCACUUCCAUUAAAUGUCCUCUUUACACAUAUAAAGAAGUAAGAAAACAGUGGAUAGUAAGUGUCAUACUAAAAAUGUAAUACCACUGACUAAGUCGUAUUUUGUCAAGGGCUCACUUGUUGUAGAUGAGAAUAUUAAUUCAGCUCUUUGACCAUCAGGUAGAAGCCAGAGACCUGGUGUGUGCGUAUUCUCUCUCUUUGGUAUUUAGAAAAAGUUGUAUUACAUCACCAAAUAAUUUGUUAUAUUUGAUAUUUGACUGUUGACUGUAAAUAGGAACACUAGAUAAGUGGCCUGGUGGAUCCCAUGUAAUAAGUCAAACUGUAGCAGGUUGUCUGUAGUAGUUAUGGUGCUUGGGCUACGUAGAGCAGUUUAUUUUUAUUUUUAAUUUCUAUGCACUAUUUGUCCAAUAAUUCAGCAGGGUCUGACAAUGCUUGUAUUUUUCUCAUAUUAUACAUUACUACAAUAGCGGAUUACCUUGAUUGUGGAAGUUAACGUUCUUUGCUAUAUCAUCUCGAUGUGGUUUCUGAGAUUAAAAGAGAAACAUUCAAAUUUUUGUUCUCACAUCCAUUAUUUAUCAGUUAAGGCAGUUACUCAGGUUCCCGUUACAAAGCAAGAUUUUCUCAGUAACGUCUGUGAAUUUACUAAUUUACUAGUGUUUUUUUUUUAAAUUCUAUAUUUUUCGUGCAAUAGGGUUUACAAACAGGCCUGCGAUGCCACGAUAGCAAAAGCGGGCGUAGUGAGACACAAAAUAUCACGACAGGAAUAAGUUGCACUUUUUUUUUUUUUUUUACACAGAAUAUGUACUCAUGGUCUGCAAUAAAAGAGUAAGUAUGGUGGCAGUUGCGUUGGACUUGGAAAAGGCAAAACAAGCGAGUGUAACCUUUGCCAUAACAAUUAUUAAAAUAAUAAAAACAUUAAGUUGAAUUGAAUUGGGGUAGCAGAAAACUUAGAUUGUGCCAAUAAACUCACUGCUUGAAGGCAAGUAAAUGGUUAAGGAGUUAAAGUAUAGUUCAGCAGUGGGAUGUUAACUAACCCCUGCACUAUGCACGCUAUUUAAGCUUGGUAUCAUACUAUGCUACGCAUGGUUUUACAUUUACCUGACAUUAGGUUAUGCAGUAAAUAUAUGUGAGGGACCUUAGGCAAACAAAUAUACAAUGUAAACUAGAUAACUCUGCUAUGCCUAGGUCUGAAACUCUCUCCCUGCUAAUUUACUAGUUUUCACUUUUAUUUUUGUAAGUAUCAUAUUUAAUAUAUAUAUAUAUUAAAAAAAAAAUAUAUAUAUAUAUGUGUAUAUAUAUAUAUAUAUAUAUUUAUAUUUAUUUGUGUUUUUGGCAAAAUGCCUUAAUGAGUUGCAUAGUGGUAUAUGCAUGAUACCUUCAAGACUUCUCGAGGGCUGCACCGUUCCUGUGGAACUUGCUUCCCUCCUCCAUUAGAUGCUCACCCAGUCUUCACUCCUUCAAAAAAUCGUUAAAAACCCACUUCUUCAUAAAAGCGUAUCGAUUAAACUGUUAAUAGCUCCUGACUGAUUCCUCUGGAGGGAGGGGCAUGCAAAUCGCCAGACUAGUAACGGUAUGGGAGAUAGAAUGGGACCCAAGCCCCUCCCACAACUACAGGCCUAACCUUAAAUAUAUAUAUAUAUAUUUUUUUUAUUUCUUUUUUAAUCCCAGUUUAUUAUUUUUUUUUAGUACAAAGAGUGCAUUGAAAUAAGUGAACAUUGAAAGAUAGCAUUAAGCAGUAACAUGGCAAAAUAGCAGUCAUAAUUGGUAGAGAACCCAAUGUAUAUAGCCAUCAACUGUACAAUAAAUUCUAAAAAAAAUAGAAAGAAAAGAUAAGCAGAAGAAAAAAAGAAGAGAAAAGCAGAAAAAGAAAAAAGAGUAGAAGGCAGGAGAAUAACAAUAUUAGAGUAAAGAUAUAGAGCAGGGGAUAGACAAGGAAUCAGUGGAGGUAAGGAAGGUACAUUGAUGCUUCUAUAGAAAAGGGAAGAUUACAAAAAUAAUGUAAUUAGUAAAUGAAGCUAAAUAAAUACAAGGCAGGUAAGUUGGUGUUGUGUGACAUGUUCAUAGCCGGGGGUCACACAUUUAUUAAAAAUGUUCCACAGAGUCACAAGUUGUAAUAUUUAACUUAUUAGAAAUGUUCUUGUUGUGUAUCCAUUAUAAGGAUUGGGUAGAAGAAUUCAAGAACAAUCAAAUAAAAAUAAUCAUAUAAGAUAAUCCAAAUCUAGAACGUAUCACACUUAAUGAUGUCUAAGAUUUUGGAGAUGUGAAGUUGCCAAGCUGGCAUGCUAAGCUCUCCCCAUUUAUUGCUACCUCACCCUUGCUGGUGUCAUGCAUAAACUAAGGGACUGACUCUCUAUGUAUUAAAAUAUACAUCAUGUAGAAAAAAAAGUGUAAUUUAUAUGCAUCUAAUAAUGUACUCUUUCCUACUCAAUGUCAACAUUUGUUAUACUUCCAAUAUUCUCAAAUCAUAGUCUUAGUCAUCUUAGUCUAGAUGGAGUCAUUUGUCCCAGUGGGCUUAAUAUGUUCUGGCAAUAUUUGAUUUGACUGACGUGGUUUCAUUGUCGCUUGUAUACACUUUUCCCUUAGAGUGCCAAACCAAAAUACAUGUGUUGUAUUUUUGGUCGGUGGCGUCUUUCCCAGGGCUGAACCUUGUUGGUAUCUUGAAGUGACUGGUCUUUAAAACUCAUUGUUCAUACUAAACAGCAGACUGUCUCAUUUCAGUUGGGGCGAUUUAUCAAAGUGCUGUGCUCUAAAAAAUGGUGCAAAAAUGUAAAAAGGGUGGAGUCACCAAUGGAAAGUCCCUAGUGGUUUCACUGGUUUCCAUGGUGACGGCCCAACUUUUAGAACUUUACACCUUGUCUUAGAUUCUGAUAAAUCUCCCCCCGAUAUGUGACUUAGUUGUGAAAGGGAUUUCUUCAUUGGUGUGCUUCUGGGAAUAACUGUAUUGAUCAGCACUUUUUAAAAUUGUACUUGAUAAAUGUAUGACCUUGGGAUGAACAAGAGUGUCAUUAGGGAAAUACAAAUAAACAUGUUUUUCAGAGGUUACAUUACUAUGGUACUUGGACUUACCAAUACUGCUUGUAAAAAAUAUAUGUGUGAUCACUGAGCUCUGGCCCCUGGAGUCAGUGGCGGAUCCAGGGGGGGGGCAACGGGGCAAUUGCCCCCCCCGAGAAUUCCGCCGGUCUCCCUCCCCUGCCAGCCCUGCAAUGUGCCUGUGGACCGGAAGGGAGAUCACAGAUCUCCCUCCCCGGUCCGCAGGCACUGUGCUGGCGGCCGGCGGCGGAGGGAGUGAGAUAGAGGGAGGACCCGGAGCUCAGGCUGCAGCUCCUCCGGGUCCUCCUCUCGUGAGAUUUGAAGCGUUGCCGCGGUUACCACGGCAACGCUCCAAAUCUCACGAAAGUGAACUCUAGCCCGGGAGCGCGGGCUAGAGUUCACUGUAACCACUGGGACCACCAGGGAAUCACCACUGGGACCACCAGGGAAUCACCACUGGGACCACCAGGGAUCGAAAGGGAAUCACCACUGGGACCACCAGGGAUCGAAAUAUGUCCCCCCUCCUCCCCAGUAAAGGUAAGAAGGGAGGGGGGACAUAGGAUAAUAUUUAUUUUAAUUAAAUAAAAAAAAAUAUAUAUAUAUAAUAAAAAAAAUCCAAACACACACAUAUAUAUUGCCCCCAAUACUGCCCCCCCAAUACACACAAACUGCCCCCCCAGUCACACAAACUGCCCUCCCCAUUCACACAAACUGCCCCCCCAUACACAAACUGCCCCCCCAUACACACAAACUGCCCCCUAUACACACAUACUGCCCCCCAUACACACAUACUGCCCCCAUACACACAUACUGCCCCAUUAGAAAACACUUUGCCCCCAUUCACACAAACUGCCCCCCAUUCACACAAACUGCCCUCCCAUUCACACAAACUGCCCUCCCCAUUCACACAAACUGCCCCUCCCCCUUCACACACAAACGUACCUCCCAUACACACAAACUGCCCCCGCACACACAAACUGCCUCUAUACACACAUACUGCCCCCACAUACACACAUACUGCCCCCCCAUUAGAAAAACACUGCCCCCAUACACACACACUGCCCCCCCACAUACACACACACACACACUGCCCCCACAUACACACACACACACUGCCCCCACAUACACACACACUGCCCCCCCAUACACACAAACUGCCCCCUAGCUACACACACACACUGCCCCCAUACACACACACACUGCCCCCAUACACACACACUGCCCCACAUACAUACUGCCCCACAUAUACACACUGCCCCCCAUACACACACAAACUGCCCGCCAUACACACACAAACUGCCCCCACAUACACACAUUGCUCCCCCAUACACACACACAUUGCUUCCCCAUACACACACACACACACUGCCCACCCAUACACACACACACUGCCCCCCCAUACACACACACUGCCCCCCAUACACACACAUACACUGCAUCCCUGACAAACACUGCCGCCCUCACUCACACACUACAACCUUCACACACACACACUGCACCCCUUACACAUUGCACCACUCACACACACCACUGCUCCUAUGCCCUACUACAGCCCCAUUUCCCAGCAGAUCUCAAGUAAGUUGUCAAACUGUUCUAAAACGGUUUGACUACUUACUGUGGGAGGGGGUCCCGGCACUAUUGACACCAUAACCACUACACUGAGCUGUAGUGGUUAUUGUGUCUGGAUUAUUUCUUUAAAUAAUCUACAAGUGCCCCUCCCGAGAUCAGGCUCUGGAUCCGCCACUGCCUGGAGUGCCAGGUGAUUCAUGAAGAAACAAGGCUAUUGAAUAUAGUACUGUGCAAGUAAUUGAUAACACUUAGGGGAAAACAAACUCUUUGCACAAUCCCAUAAAGGGUAUUAUUUAUUAUACGGUUUAGCUAGAUUAACAAAAAAACAUUUUCUUUGAAAUCUACAUGACAUCUGCAGAAACGUAUAAAAUGACAUUAUUAUCAGUCCUGAUUUAAUCUCUCAUUUCUGUCUACAAUCUUUCAAAAUUAUUUUUAUUGAACAUUUUUUUUUCUUUAUGAAGACACAACAAAAAUAAUUUAAAACAUGAUUCUGUGUAUAGUCUUAAAAUAAAUUGAAUGCAUGUAAUAACAGAAGGGACAUAUGCAAUAUAUUUAUUGUUCAGUGUCAUUGUUGACUUUUGAUAGUUGAAUUUAUUGGUUAGUGUUUGCUUUGGUAACACAUUGUUUUUUUAAAUCUGAUUUAAUUGGAAGCCAUACUUUUCCUAAGUUAAAGUAACGCUACAGUGUCAGGAAUGCACUCAUGUAGUCCUAAAACUAUAGUGUUAAGCUACCUGUUUAGUUUCCCAGCCCCCUUCAGAUUGCUUUGAGGACAUUUCUACCACGCUGUGCCAGUCUCAACGCGUCGGGCCCCAUCACCAUGGCAUGAGGCCUUAAUGACCUCAGCCAAUCCAAUGCUUUCCCAUGGGAAAGCAUUGGAGGAUCUUGCGCAUGCAUGGCAAAAUGCUGCGCUGCGUCAAUCAGCAUCUCCUAAUAGAGAUGCAUUGAAUCACUACAGCUUGAAUCAUAUUACGGUGUAGUGGUUCUGGUGACCAUAGUGUUUCUUUUAAAUAUUAUUGUGUUUUGGAAAAUAUUCACAACGUGGCAUAAUUUCUCUGUGUUGUUGGCAGAGUGAGACUGUCCAUUGAUUAAAGGGUUACUCAAAGUGGUUAUAGUACCUGCAGUCUGUAUGUGCAGCAUUUUGCUAUGAAACGCUGCAUGUGAAACAUUGAACCUCUCUGCUGCCAGAGAUGUAACUCCACAUCUGGUAACUUAACUGGAGUGUCCUCAGCAGCCCAGUAUGAGAAUUCACGGGUUAGCUAAUGUCAUUCUGUGCAACUUUCAGCUGUCAGUCAUCUCACAAUUUCAGCCAAUGAAUAGCGAUGGCCACGGCUUCUGGCUUCAACUCUGCAGAAGCUAAAAGUGUGUCACUGGACAACCAGGGAUAAUCAGAACCCAACAGGGACCCUGAUAAUGGGAAAAAACAUGGCUAAGUGGAUUACCCAAUUACCGAAGAACUGGGCCAGGGUACUUCUCACAUCAGAAUCACUACAGCGGCCUGAAAGGAACCAACAGAUGUCGUUAAUUAAAGAGCAUGAAAGAGGAUGAAAACAGUUUUAUGAUCAAAGCUCAGCGUUCAAUGACCUUUCUCCUAUAGAUGCAGACUCGUCCAAACCUAUCGUUAAAUAUGCAGUAGCCAUCUCUUCACAACACAGGUGUAUCCAUUCCAUUAGUCUGCAUUGUUAAUGUAAACACGAUUUAUAGUGUUUGUAAAACUUUUACCUGCGGCCUUUGCUAACCCUUUCCUUUAUCACUGAGUGCUUGAUUGAACGGCCACAUGUACACUUUGUUUAGAUACAAGUUAUUAGACAUGAUCUUAUUUGGUGCAAACAUUUUAGCAUAUAUUCCAUUGUAGAUUUGCAGCAGUCGAGUUUUGUAACUCCUUUUUUUUUUUUAUCAUUGUAACAAAGUCAUACAAACCCAUUACCCAAUGUGCAUUAUGUGAAUUAUAGCAAACCAUACAUUGCUCCGAGGUAGACAAAAUAACACGACCUGUACUGAAAAGAAAAAGAUAAAUGAGCAAAUGAACACAAUAAUAUAAUACAUAAUAAUAUAAUAAUAUAAUACAUAAUAUUAGAAACAAUAUAAUAAUGCUUGUAACUAUGACAGGAAAUAGUAGGUGUGGGAAGGUUUUGGAAGUCAUUAGAGUGACGCGGUCGAAGUUUUAUGAGAGAGUAGAAAACGUGGUGUUACUAUGUGACCAAGGUAAAGUGCCAUAAGGCAAUAUUUACAAAUCUUAUAUAGGAUAAAUUUAUGUUGUAUUGAAAUAAGUCAAGCAAUGUGUCCAUGUCUUGGUAUAUUGUGAGUGUCUGCCAUGUAUGCAAAGAGUCACAUUUUAUGUUUGUCAGAAUGUCUGCUUUGUUAGCGACGUCUACAAAUUAGUAAUCCCACCUGCAGUCACACAGUCUUCUAAUCUGCAGCAUGUGCCACAGCCAAAUAUAUGGAAGGACAGGGCACACACAGCUUACAGGUUAUGUGUUAUUGGGCUUCAGGAAGGUUUGUUUAGAAAUGGUUUAUAGUGGUUGGCUGAGUUAUAGGACAAAGGUAUUUUAUCACAGAAUAUUGUCACAACAAGGUGAACACGGUUACGGCAACAUUGGCUUGUUCUACAUCUACUGGCACCUUAUGGGGAUAUUGGCAGAAGGGAGUGCAAGUGGCAGGAUUAGUGGAGGGAUCUAUAUGAAGUGCAUUUCAUAGAACCUGAGUAUUGUUCUUAAAGGGACACUCCACUUCCCAAAUACAUAAUCAAUACAAAUCACUGUUUAGUAUAUAUACACCAAAUGAAAACAUCUGUGCAUUUAAUUAUGCAUUUUUUUCAUUGGGGGUAUGGCUAAAACCACAUUGCAUAAAUUGCAUAUCUCUUGUCUGCUGCCUUUGCAAGCCCUCCCCUCUAACCCCGCCCAGACUUUCUAUGGCUGUCCAAUCAUAGACUUCCCAAUGCAGUUCAAUGAGAAGUCUUUGCAAGGCAGGUGCUCUUGGCAAUUGCUGCCUCUUCAGGUCAGUGCAAAUAAGCUCACUAAACCAGGAAGUAACAGGAUCAGUUGUCUGCUUGAGAUUUUCGAUUGAAAUCUGCACUUUUUUCUAAAUGAAUAAAAAUAGGACACACUCAUUACGCAUAAAGCUUUUCAUCAAGCUAAAGUGCUUUAGGGUUCUGGAGUGUCCCUUUCAAUGUGCAAACUCUGUGUGCCUCAUAUAUUUAGUUCUCAAAAUGACUACUAUGGUUUGUUCACUUUCUAUUCAUAGGUAAGUGUAUCUAUGAUCUAAAAUAUGUACUCAGUUAUAUUUUUUGAAUCUACAACGCUUUUUCAUUUAGUGUAUACAUUGAAGUAAAAAGUGGAGUCUACAGAAAUGUGGGAUGAAACAUUGAUUUCUGGUGUUAUUUGCAUGUUUUGCAAUGUGUUCGGGGUGAACUGUUUGAACAUAGAUUUUCAGGAUGCUGAGAUUAGAGUUCUUUAAAAAAAGAAAAAACCUUAUGAUAUCUCAUUAUGGUGUAUCAGUCUGUUUAGAAUGUAUUUACUCAGUGGAGAGAAUUGUUUGCUGUAAUCUGUGUAUUGUACUUGUAACGUUAUUUGUAGUUUUUUUUCUGUACUUCAACCAUUUACCUUAAAACAUGUGUGUAUGUGUCGGUGUCUAUAUUAAUUUGUGUGUAUGUGUCGGUGUAUUUAUGUGCAUGAAUAUCUGUGUAAGUAUGUAUGUAUGUAUGUGGUAGUGUAUGUGCAUACAUCCAAGCAGUCAAACACCAGCACAACAUACAGGCACACUCCUGCAAUCAAACAUAAAUAUUACAUACAAAUACACCCCUGCAUUCAAACCCCCAAAAUAAAUAAAUAUAUACAAACACACCCCUUUACUCAAACACAAAUACUUCUCACAAAUGUACAUCUGCAUUUAAAAGUGAACAUUCAGACACACCCCUGCAAUCAAACGCAAACAUUACAUACAAACACACCCCUGUAUUAAAACACAAUAACUAUAUACAAGCACCCCUUUAAACACCAACACUGUACAUUACACUAUAGUGACAGUAAAUUCUGCAGCGCUGUACAGAUAUACAACCUAGAAAUUUCGAAUUGGGGUGCCUUGGAAAAAGUGAAAUAUUUAGGGCGCCUUGAACCUAAAAAGUUUGGGAACCACUGGUCUAGACAUAGCAGUCACAACUCUCCGAUUUCCAUGCAAUAUAUGCACAGAAGCACGGAUGGCUUUCACUUUUUCAGAUUUAGAACUUGCAUUUCUGUACUUUUCCUUUGCUGUGACCUAGUGUUUUACAGCCUAGCGUUUAAUGUCAACACACAGGUUUGGAUUCUAAUGAGUGAACAGAUGCCCAUUCAUAGACUGUGUCACUCUCUGGGUCUCCUAGAUCUGGUUUCAGCAUUGUUGGAAAUAUUUCUGACAGCACUUUGGGUGAGUAAUUGGUUCUAUCUUUAAAAAAAAACAAAAAAAACCUUUAAAGGCAGAUUUGUGGCAAAAAUAGAUUUAUGUUGAUGUGUGAACAUUGACACUUCAGGUCCUAUGUGCUCACUCCAGAGUGACAGGUGGGGUUCUGCACAAAUGCAUAUUUUCGGUUAUGAGAUGUAUUCAGUGUUUAGAAAAAUAUCGGAUAGAGAACUGAGGAAAAUAAUGAGAAGCAAAAAUAUUGGAAUAUAAUCAUGCCAUAUAUAUAUACAUGUGACAUAUUACAAAAUAUACAUUUUGUCAUAAUGCAUAGUUGUAAAUCUAUCUAGAGUGAGUAUGCCUAUUUAAAGCAUUCUGUUAAAUUGAGACUAUAUGCAUAAAAACUACUUUAGCUUCAUGAAGAAGUUUUAGUGUAUAGAUCAUGCCCCUUCAGUCUCGCUGUUCAAACCUCUGCCAUUUAGGAGUUAAAUCAGUUUUUUGUUUCUGUUUAUGCAGCCCUAACAAACCCUCCCACCGGCUGUAAUUUGCACAGCCCGCUUGCAAAAAUGGUUCCAUUCUCAUGAGAAAUUAACUUGCUUUAGAGGUUUUUAAUUUUCUGCUCUGUAAAAGGAACUUUAAUCACAUACAAGAGGCUCAUGCAGUGUCUAGAAGGCUAUUGAUAUAGAAGUAAAUAAGAAACCUCUUUUUACAGGAAGUGUUUAGAAAGGCUGUGCAAGUCACAUGCAGGGAAGUGUGACGAGGUGUGACUAAGUGAUUUAACAACUAAAUGGCAGUUAGUUGAGUAGUGAUACUGAAGGGUCAUGAUCAGGGCCGGCCUUAGGCAAUUAGGCGCCCUGUGCAAAAAGUCUUCACGGCGCCCCCCCCCCCCGCCUCCCACCAAGUUGCCUGAAUACAGUAACACACACAGGCACCGGGGACGUGUGUAUCACGAGGCAAACAAGGCAUCUGCCUUGGGCGCCACUUUGCAGGGGGCGGCAAAAAAAAGCAUCCCUCCAAACCCCCAGGCAGAUCCCUUGCUUGCCUCGCAUCCUGGGGGGCUCAAGAGCUGACCGGCUGGCCACUUUUGAGCCCCCCCAAGGCUGGCAGCGGGCAGCGAAGGAGCAUACUCACCUGAGCUCUUCCUGCUCAGCUUCCUCUGCGCCGCUUAAUGAAGCCGGGAGCCAGAAUAUGACGUCAGUCCGGCUCCCGGCAUCACUAAGCGCUGCUUACUCAGCCUGUGCGCCCCCUGCCUGCCUGCCCAGCAGCCACACUGGACUGCUGGUAAGAAAUCCACUCCAGCUUUCCCAGGGAGGCUGGGUGGAUUUAAAAUAAAUGUAAAAAAUAUUAGUUUGUGAGUGUUAGUGGAAAUGUCUGUGUGUGUGUCUGUGAGUGUUUAUUUUGAAGUGAAUGUGUGUGUGUGUGUGUGUGUGUGUCUGUAAGUGUGUAAUUGUGUGUGUCUGUAAGUGAAUGUGUGUGUGUCUGUGAGUGAAUGUGUGUGUUGGUCAGUGAGUGUAUGUGUCAGUCAGUGAGUGUGUAUAUGUCGUCAGUGAGUGUGUAUGUGUCGUCAGUGAGUGUGUAUGUGUCGUCAGUGAGUGUGUAUGUGUCGGUCAGUGAGUGUGUGUUGGUCAGUGAGUGUGUGUCGGUCAGUGAGUGUGUAUGUGUCGGUCAGUGAGUGUGUGUCGGUCAGUGAGUGUGUGUCAGUCAGUGUGUAUGUGUCGGUCAGUGGAGUCGUGCAUCUUUCAGUGAGUGCUUGCGUCUGUCAGUGAGAGUGUGCAUCUGUCAGUGUGUGUCCAAGUAAUAGUGUAUGUGUGUAUGUCAUUGUUUGUCAGUGUAUAUGAGAGUGUGUGUCUGUCAGUGAGUGUGCGUCUGUCAGUGAGUGAGCGUCUGUCAGUCAAAGUGCGGCCUUGACAGGAAGGGGUGGGGGAAAUUUAAACUCGGUUACAGGCAUGUACACACACACUCAGUUAAAGGCAGUCACACAUACAGGCACAGGCACAAACAAUGGCACAGCUACAGCGACACACACAGACAGACAGUCACAUAGGCAGUCACACACACAGACAGACACACAGUAACACACACAUAGACAGUUAUACACACACAGGCAGGCAGUCACACAGAUAGAAAGUCACACACACAGGCAGGCAGUCACACACAGACAGUUACAGACAGACACACACAGGCAGGCAGGCAGUUACAUACAGGCAGUCACACACACAGACAGUCACACACACAGACAGUCACACAGACAGACAGUCACACAGACAGACAGUCUCACACACACAGGCAGUCACACAGACAGUCACACACACAGGCAGUCACAUACAUGGGCAGUCACACACACAGACACACGCACACAGACAGACAGUCACACACACACACACAGACAGUCACACAAACAGGCAAACAGUCACACACACACACUUACCUCUUUCCAGUGGAUGCAGUUGGCUGAUGGGGAAGCAUCUUUCCCUCUUCCUGUACAGCAGGGGCUUCGGGAGGUAUUAGCCCCGUCUCCGCCUCUCGAUAAGCCCCGCCUCCGCCGCUCGGUAAACCCCGCCCCCUCUGCCGCGAUUUUUUUUUUUUUAAAUAGACCCGGGUGGAGAAUAAUUAAUCCUCCAGCCAGGUACCUCUUUUAGCUCCCCUGCACUCCGGCCAUGAGUGAGCUGUGUCGGCCACAGGGCGCCCCCUGUUCCAUGGCGCCCUGUGCGGUCGCACAGCUCGCACACCCCUAAGGCCGGCCCUGGUCAUGAUCUCUACAGCCAGACUGCUUCAUUAAACUAAAUUUGUUUUGGUGACUGUGGCGGAUCACCGCUGUAUGACCGCUGUAUCACCGCCAAUAAUCCUCUUUCCUGUAGUAUUAUAGCUCCUUCCAGUUAAAGUAGUGCUUAUACCUGGUAUAGUUUCUCCCAUACAUUAGCCGAGACUUAAUGUUGAGUAGAUCUGAUUUUAUUAGACACAGCAUAGUCAUUUAUACACAGACCCCCAGCAUGGGGUCCCUAUUCAGUAACAAAUAAUCCUGACCUGGUGCCUCUGUGUCUGGGAGAUAAUUGUAUUGCUGCUCGCUAAACCAAUUAUCUCCCAGAGUACAACACAAAAACACCCCAAAAACAUAAUAAAACCACACAGGAAUAUUAUACAUUCUCGGAUAGUUCUGAUCCAAGCUCCCAUGUUGGCAAAAUAGCGCCUGGAUUCAUGACGAAAUAUUCACAUCGCCAAUGGGGUAAAGUUUUGACCGACCGCACACAAGUUCCAGCCCAAAAAGUUACAGGGAAAAGGGAUGCUUUUAGUUAGUUGGCCUGGAGGGAAAGGGGAUGGGACCAGGGGUAGUAAAAAUAGUCUCUUACGGGACAACAUAUGGAAAAUCAUCAAAACAUUGAUGGUGACUGGGUGGUUUGUCACAGUGACUAUAGUGUCCCUUGAAGUGCUGCUAUGAGCAUUGGACUUUUGCCAGUGUUUGGCUCUAGCAGAGUGGCAGCCACACAAAUACUAAAUGUUCAUUUAUUUAGUUACUUUUUAAGCAGUCAGAUUGCACACAGCAUGCUUGAGGAGGGCUUGGGGCUUUUUAAUGAUGUUUAGAAUUUGGACAUUUUUCUUUGGUUUGGAAUAUUCGAGGCAUGUGGCAUGACAUAUUUUACUUUCCUGGCUAAUCAUGGCAGCAUAUACACAUGGGUUAGCUCCUCCCCUACAGCCAAUAGGACAGGAAAACCACCAAGGUUUUAAAAGGAGGCUCCAUCCCUAAGGUCCUCAGUCUUUUUCCUGUCCUACAGCCCUUAGGACGUGAGCAAUUUGCUCCCUUUACUUACGGACAUGUAUGUUGUUUUAUCUUCAUUACUUUAUUUGCUGUUUUUUUUUUCAAUUUGAAAUUUUAUUUUCAUAAAGACAAGGAAAUGGGGUACAGAAAAGAAGGGGAAACUUCAAAUGUACAUAGUGGGGUCGUACAAUUGCUAUACAUUUUUCGAUAUACAUUUGUAAUUAAGGGGGGGAACAAAUAGGAGGAAGGGGGUAGCUCCCUGACACAUUGGCCUUCCUUAUUUAGUAUUACCCUGAUGUCAUGGUGUUACAGUAGAUGAUGCUCAUGGGGGGGGUCUCUGUCGGAUGGGGAGUUCGCUCAUUUAGUGCGUGGAUUGUCGUUAUACUAAGUUUUGCGAGUAUGGUUUAUUUCGUUGUUGUUCGAGGUCCCUUGUCUCCAGGGGGGAAGGGUGUCAUUGUGGGCAGGGUGCCUGCGGUAUGUCGAGGGUGUAAGGUGAGAGUGGGGGGUCCCCGUGAAUUGGGGGCGAGUAACAGGUGGAGGGGAGUAGCAGCGUGGUACCGGUUUGUGGCUGUUGGUGGGUCCUAGGAUCGUGACCUCUAUGUCACAGGGUGGGUUGGUAAGUGUGUAGGGUGGUCGGUGUUGGUUUUGAGGGUGGUGUCGUUUCGGUAGCCAGUGCUGUGGCCUCUUUGCGGGCUCGUUAAUGACUGUGUUGGUGUUGUGUGAGCUGUUGUGUGUAGUUUCGCCAUAUUGCGGCGGUGUAGGGGCUCAGUUUCCCGAUUUUUGCCUGCUUCCACAUGAUGAGUUCGUACUCCAUUGCUUGUGUUACUUCUGUUACAACUUCUCGGAUGGAGGGCAAGUCCGUUGUUUUCCAUUUCCUGGCUAUUAGUAUUGACACCGUGCCCAGUAUGAUGUAUAUCAAUUUCUUGAUCGGUUUUGGAAAGUCGUCUGGGAGCAAUCGGAGCAGGAUUGUUUUAGGGUCGAGAGCUAAGUGGAGAUUCGUGACACUUCUUACAAGUCGGACUGUAGCUUUCCAAAGAUCUUGCACACUAUCGCAUGUCCACCACAUAUGCAUCAUAGUUCCUUUAGUUGCAUGGCAACGCCAGCAUAGGUCUGAAGUGUUGGGAAAUAUGGUGUGCAGACGGGUCGGUACCAUGUACCAUCGGUAUAGGAUUUUCCUGGAUGCUUCCAGGUGUGCUGUACUUGUUGUGAGCCCUAUAUGAGAAGUGAAAAUCUUUUCCCAUUCGUUUGGGGAUAUUGUCACCUGGAGGUCUGUCUGCCAAUCCUGCAUAAACUUCCAUGUGUCGCUGUUUUUAGGGUUGGCAAGGUGGUCGUAACAGAUGGAAACUGUUUUCUUUGGAGGGUCUAGGGAGAGGCAUUGUGCUUCAAAUUUCGUUAUGGACGAUCUCAGUGAGUGUUCCAUGUCUUUGAUUACGUUGUGGGUUAUUAGCGCUUUGAUUUGUAGAUAAGCAAAUGUGUAGCUUGGAGGGAGGGCAAAUUCUUUCUGCAGGUCUGGGAACGGUUUAAGACCUGCCUUGGUGCACAGUUGGUAGACAUGUGUAAUUCCUUUUUCUGCCCAUUUAUGAUGUGGAAACAGGCCAUUGCAUUGGUACAGGGUCCGAAUUGGAGUUGCCAGGGCCCACGGGUGUGCGGAGCACAGUUGGUCCCUGUAGGUGUCCCAUAUUGUGAGGAGGUGUUUGGUGGUGUUCAGCAUGGUUGUAGGUUGCUGUCGCAGGUGCCGGGGUAUCCAGAGCAUUGUAGGCAGGUCCUGGUUCUUACUGUGCAUAUUCUCUACCUCUACCCAUUGGGGGAUGUACUUGGCCGAGUGAACACUAACUACAUUCGCAAGGAUGGCUGAGUGAUAAUACGCUUUGAGAUUAGGGAGGCCCAUGCCUCCAUGUUUCGUAUUUCUCAACAGAAGUGAUUUGGGGACUCGGGGGUGUUUGCCGUCCCAGCUGAAUCUGAGGAGGGUAGCCUGUAAUUUUGUGAGGUAGCUUUGUGGGAUCUUGAUUUGUAGUGUCCGGAAGAGGUAGAGAAUUUUAGGUAGAAUUGUCAUUUUCAGUGCUGCUAUUCUUCCGACCCACGAUAGGUACAGGCCCCUCCACGUUUGCAGCUGGGUGUCUAUAUCUUUGUGCAGCUUUACGUAGUUGGUAGGGAAUAGUUCUUUUUCUCUGUGAGUUAUCUUGAUCCCUAGGUACACCAAGUAGUCUUCUCUCCAAUCAAAGCAAUGGCCGGAUCUCAGGAUUGUUUCUAUGUGUUUUGGUGUGUUGAGGCACAUUGCCUGUGUCUUAGCCACGUUGAGCUUGUAAUAAGAUUGUUGACUGUAUGCAUGUAUUUCUUUGUGUAGGGAGGGGAGUGUUAUAAGUGGUUGUGUGAGUGUGAGAAGAAUGUCAUCGGCAAAUAGGCUUAGUUUAUAUUCUGUUUGGCCCACUAGUACCCCUCGGAUGGAAUCGUUGGAUCGAAUUGCUAUUGCCAGGGGUUCUAAGGCUAACACAUAAAGGAGAGGGGACAGUGGGCAACCUUGUCUGGUUCCGUUGGUAAUGGGGAAGGCCUGUGAACUAAAUCCUGAGGUGAGUACCGUCGCCCUGGGAUCACUGUAUAGGGCACUGACUGCAGAGAGGAAGGGUGCUGGGAAUCCAUAGGCUUGUAGGGUUUCCUGGAGGAAUUUCCAGUUCAGGCGAUCGAACGCCUUCUCGGCAUCUAGGGAUAGCAUGACGCUCGUUUGUUUGGUGUUUUUCAAUAUGUUGUAUAUGUCUAGUACUUUCCUGGUGUUAUCCGACCCUUGCCUUCCUGCUACAAAUCCCACCUGGUCUGUAUGAAUUAGUGUUGGUAGUAUGGACUUGAGUCGUUCUGCGUAGAUUUUGGCAUAUAGCUUUGCGUCUGCAUUCAGGAGAGAGAUUGGCCUGAAGUUUUGGCAUGUGGUCGCGGGUUUCCCCGGUUUGGGGAUAGUGAUAACAUGUGCCGCUAAGAACUCGGUGGGGAAGGUUCCCAGUCGGGUGGCUUCAUUGAAGAAGCGUGUGAGGUCUGGGGCAAUUUCUGCCUUGAAGGCCAUGUAAUAAGCGUUAGUGUAGCCGUCCGGUCCUGGGGCUUUAUUUUCGGCAUUUUGUCUAUUAGGGUGAGCACUUCGUCUGUGGUGAUUGGUGCUGAUAGUUGUGCUGCGUGCUGUUCAAGGAGUUUGGGGAGGGCAAUCUGUGCCAGGUAGUUGCGAAUUGAUGUGGAUGUAGGUUGGGCCAGGGAGUGCUGAUCUUUCAGGUUGUAUAAGGUGGUGUAAUAAUGUGCGAACUCAUUGCAGAUUUGUGCGGGUUGUAUUAUCUUAGUCCCGGUGUGUGAGUUUAUGAAUGGGAUGCGGGCUUGUGCCUGCUUCAUCCGGAGUCGCUGUGCCAAUACUUUCGUUGCUUUGUUUCCCAUUGAGUAGGAAGUUGCUUUGAGUUUUUUUAAUGCUAUGUUGGCUUUCUUGAGAAGAAUUGCUUUAACUUCGUCUUGCGCUGUUUGCAAUUUCUGUUGGAGGGUCUUGGAGGGGUGCAGUUGGUUUUCUCUAUGGAGGUCUUGGAUCCGUUUGAGAAGGUUCAGCAAUGCAGUAUGUGUUGUUUUCUUGAGGUAGGACGCUCGGCUGAGUAAUAGCCCUCUGAUGACCGGCUUGUGCGCGAGCCACAGUGUGGCGGGGUUGAUCUCGCCGUUGCCAUUGGUUUGAAAGUAUUGUUGUAUUUCUUCUCGUAUUUUGUUGGUAAAGUCUGCGUCACUUAGCAAGUGUUCGUUCAGCCUCCAGGGGCUGCGAUGUUGGUAUUGGUAGGAAUCGGCUAGGGUGAGAGACACUGGGUUGUGGUCUGAGAUUGUAGAGGCGUCUAUCUCACAGGAUUUGAUCUGUUGUAGUUGUGAGCUGUGCAUUAGGUAGCCGUCUAUGCGGGAAUAAGUGUUGUGCACCUGUGAGUGAUGGGUGUAUUCCCUAUCCAUUGGGUGGAGGGUUCUCCAAGCGUCGUAAAGCCCAUAUGAUGCUAGUGUUUUGUGCAGGGAGAUGCAGUGUUUGCGUAGGGCCUUUUUCCUCUUGUGUGUGUGUGUGGCUGUGGAGUCUGCAACAGGGUCGAGGAUAUGGUUAAAGUCCCCACAGAGGACUAGGGUGCCCAUCUGUAUUUUCUCGAUCUUAUCUAGUAGCGUGGUCAUAUAUUGGGGUUGGUUCUCGUUUGGGAAGUAGGAGUUAACUAUUGUGUAUGUGUUGUUGUUUAGCGUGCAGAUGAGAAUGAUAUACCUUCCUUGCGGAUCUAUCUGGAUUGUUACUAGGUCAAAGGCCAAGGUGUGGCUCACCAUGAUCGACACUCCCCUGCUUUUAGAUGGGGACGUGGCAUGGUAUUGGUAGGGAAAAUGUUUAAGCCCAAGGAUGGGUUUAGAGCCAUGUUUGAAGUGGGUUUCUUGCAGGCAUAUGACGUCUGCUUGUGAAGUUCGGAUCUCUUUGAGGAGAUUGUAUCUCUUAUGGGGCGCGUUUAGGCCUCUCACAUUAUGGGUGUAUAUUUUCAUUGUCGCGAUCAGUGGUAGGUCACUUGGGUUGGUGCAGAGAUGUAGGUUCUGAGUUGGGGGUCGGUGCUUUGUUUGUAUCUCAGGAAGACCCUUCCGUAUAAUUUGUGAGGUCUAGGUUGGGUUGGGUGUCGGUACCAGGGGUGGGGGCUAACAGUAGGGGUAGGGUAUUAAUACCUGGGGGUGUAUAGUUAAACAGUAAACUUUACAAAAAAUUGGAUGUACAAAGGGUACUUUCGGGGGUAUGUGCCGGUAUGGCACUUCUCAAACGGGGGUAGUGUAGUCGGGUCGAAUCCAGCUGACAGCUAACUAGGGCCUAUCUUGUGCAGGCCCCACCCGUAAAUAUGUUAGUUUAGCAAGUGUAUGGGUGCGCUUGGUUCUCGCCCUGUCUUAGGUGGGUUGUUGGGUGAACGCCCCGGUACAGACAUAUAGGGUGGCGCAUAUGGCUUGAGUCGUAGUGGGCAACCCGGGGGGGUUUUGCUCAUAGGGCCCUCUAAUCUGCAUGUCGUACCGGCAUGGUGGUCUAUCUGUCGGGGUGGGGGGCGGUACUUUGCUAACAUUUUGGUGGUUUUGUCCCCGCCAUUAGGGUUGCUGUGGGAGUAGUUGCGGCCUUUUUGAGUGUGUCUAGGCGCGUUCUGGGUGCGUCGGACAGGUGCAUGGAAACAGUAAAACAUAAUCAAACAUAUAUACAGGUUGCAGUUGUUACAUCGCUUCCUCCAUUCUGGCAAAGGUGGGCUAUGAGAGAUUGACACCACUUAAUCUUACAUGGUGAUCCAGCAAGCUGAAUCGCAUGUAGUCUAAUACAAUCAUAUACUCGGGAGGGCUCUCUAAGGAAAUAGAGAGGGAGUAGGCGUUAGGGAGAUUAACAUUGGGGCGUCAGCAGGCCUCUAAAGCCUUUAAUCGGUGCACGAAAGCCCAUACAUUAUGGACUACAUACGUGGUCUCUAGGGGUCGUCUUAAGUCAAAUGCCACGGGGAGGUUAAGUGUGGCUGAUCCUGUGGAUCAUUAGUCUUGUCGCUUAGUUUGUAUCUUACUCUGUUCCUGCAAUAUAUAAGGAAAAACUUUUUUUUUUUUUUGUAUAUGUUUUACAGUAAUUAGAGGUCGCCUGCAAUUUGUCAACCCUUUUGGGAUGUGGUUAUUCUAGUCAGCAAUUAUUUUUAACAUCAAUCUAUAGCUAAACAUGUUUUAGGUUUUGAAGAAAGUAGAAAACACUUGCUAUUCCAGGUAUGGCUAGUGGUCAUCGUCCCUGAAGGUAGUUCGCCGUUGUCGCUGAGGGCGGCCGUCGAUAUUCUGUGUCUUGCGCGGGCCUGGUGUUUGUAGAUUUGGGGCUAUGUCCCAUUUGUGCAGCAGCUCCAGGCCUUCUUUCGGUGAGGCGGCUAUGAGUUGCUUCCCUCCUUUGGUGAUGAGGAGUUUCGCUGGGUAGCCCCAUCUGUAGGGGAUGCGGUGGUGUCUUAGAGCCUCUGCUACUGGUUUGAAGGAUCUUCUCCGCCGGAGUGUCUCCGCCGACAGGUCCGUAAAGAGGAGGAUAGGUUUAAAUUUAUCAGGCAGGUCUUUCCUAGUUCUAUGUGCACGGAGGAUUUGGUCUUUUGUGUGGUAAUAGUGGAGCCGCAUGAGCACGUCUCGUGGCACGGUUGGUGGUAAGUGUUGCGGUCUCGGGAUUCUGUGGAUGCGAUCUAGUAAGAGCAUGUCUGCGGGUAUGUCUGGCAGGACCGCGCGGAACAGCUCCAUGGUGAAGGCCGUUAGGUCCUGGGCUUCCACAUCUUCUGGGACCCCUCUGAGCCUGAUAUUGUUGCGGCGAGACCUGUCUUCUGCAUCUGUGAUUUUGGUUUCAUGCAGAGACAGUUUCCUUUCGAUAUCCUCUAGCCUGUCUUCGAUAGCUGCAUGGGCUGUGGCGUUUACUUCCAUUUUUUCCUCUAGUUGGGAGGUUCGUGCGUCCAGGUCGGUGAUCUCGUUAUUAAUUUUAGCCAGGGCCGAUGUGAAUGAUGCCUGCAUUUUCAGGACCGCUGCGUCUAACAUCUUUUGUAGUAAAUUCGGGGUCAGCGGGGUGUCCGCGCUUGCCUCGUGUGUGUCGGCAAAGUCCGCGUGGAGUUCAGCCUCGGCGCCAUCUUGGGCCUGUAUUUCAGCCUGCUUGAGGUGUGGAGUUCGGCAGCCUUCGUCCUUCGUGUCCACACAUUUCUUUGCGCGGUGUUGGGACAUCGUGACCCGGGUCUGGGAGUCGGGUGUGAGCCAGUAAUAGUGGGUUUUAGCCGCGUUUAGGAGCCCUUAGCUACGGAGCUCUUUCAGUGUGCUGCCAGCUUCAUUCGGCGUCCGGCCACGCCCCCCUUAUUUGCUGUUUUACUGUAGUACAUUAUGCAGUUGUGCUUUUAUGCUGUGAUGCAUUUAAGCUUUGAUAUCUUUAAACUAGUACAUUAUACAGCUGUACCUUAUUUUUAAGAUUGUUGUACAUUAUGCGGUUGUGCUUUUGCUAGGAAGCAUUUAAGCUGUGUUGCAUUUAAGCUGUGUGGCAUUUAAAACUGUUUCAUUUAAAUUUGCAUUUAAUACUGUUGCAUGUAAUACCGCAAGUCAUUGGAAACCGCAGUACAUUUGGAAAACUGCAGUGCAUUUGAAGACUGAUAUAUUUGAAAAACUGUGUUAUAUUUUGGAAACUGUUAGAUUUGAAAAAAAAAAAAAAAAAAAAAAAUUUUAGGUCCCAGAACAAGAGCAGUUCCAGGGACAAGUUUCGCCUCUCUUCUGGUGCUAAGAGGAAAAGCACAUGAAAGCCUACACUGGACUUAAGAGGGGCCAACAAGAGGCUGAAUGUUAGAGUCUUCGGGAUGGAGUCAAUCAGAUGCAUAUCUCAAGCAAUCUGGAAGGAUAAUUUCCUUACCUCUAUAUAUCUCAAGGAUGCUUACUUUCAGUCCAAUCUGCAGACAUCUUCGGCAUUAGCUCAGAAGAGAACUUCCAUGUUAGUGCCCUACCAUUUGGCCUUAAUGCGGCCCCAAGGAUCUUUCUAUCUGCUUAUAGUGUUAUUGAGAGUCCAGAACUCCACCUGGUUCCAUUAUCUGGCGGAUCUACUUCUGAUAGCCUUAGACCCUCAGAAGGCAGGCACACAUAGGUAUAUAGUUCUUUCAUAACUCCUAAAGUUUGGCUGCUUGAUGAAUAUCAAGAAAAGCAGCUUCAGACCAGCUCAGUGGUUGACAUUCCUGAGUGGAAAAUUCUAGGCUCUGCUUUUCCCUAUCUCGGGAACAGUUCCACAGAUUGUAAAGGUUUUCUCUCCCAGUUUCUUCAUUUCUGCUUGGUAACAGCAAGAAAAUAGAGGCAACUACUAGGAAUCCUGGCUUCCACCAGCAGACUUGUCAGAUGGGCCCAAUGGCAUCUCUGGAUUCCUUACAGAUCCUUCCUAUCUUGGUCUAACAAGAGAAAGAUUAUUGGAGCCAGCCACUUACUAUGUCCCCAUCAGUGGAGUUGCACCUUACCCUGGCAGCUGAAAGAGGGAUUAGAUCUGAGUUUCCAGUGAACAGAACCUCAUUGGUCAAUUAUUAGCUCGAAUUCCAGUUUUUAUAAGAUUGGUUACACAGUGUUUGGACCAUGUUGCACAAUAUUUCCAUUCAUUUGUAUGGAAUUAAGAGUCAUUUUCAAGACUCUUCUUCACUUCAGAGGCUUGCUGAAGAACGAGUGGGUCCAAAUUUGCUCAAAUAUCAAUGCAACUGUAUCCUAUAUCUACCAAGAUGGGUCUCACAGAUACGUAUUGAUGGAAUUCCAGCCCAUAAUGAUCAGGGCACAGAAGAGCAACCAGUGGCUCAGAAUACCAUGGCUGUUUGCUGGAGCCGAAUAACUGUGGACAAGGUGUAUUGGCAACCAUGUCCUGACGUAUCCUCAUGGUUGACGCAGAUUGUCUGAUACCCUACAUAGAUCUUAUGGCCAUUUCUUGGAACUACCAGGUCCAGAAGUAUUUUUUACAUGCUAGGACCAGAAUGCUCAGGUUCAGGAUACACUGGCUCAAAUUUAGAAUUUUAGUCUGAUGGACAUAUUUUCCUGUUUUCGACCUUAAAAAGGCAAUGCAAAAUGUGACAGUGGAAGACCGCGUUGACUCUAAUUCCUAUGAUGAAUAAGAUGAUUCUGGAACCUCCAAGGGAAGUUCCUGUACGUCCAGACCUAUUACAAGGCCCCAUGACACACCAGGAUCCUCAAGUUCUGGUGUUGAUGCGGGAGUCCAUAUUAGUAUAGGCAUCCCUGAGACGGUCAUUGAGAUCCUCUUACCAGGGCCGUCUUUAAGGAGGGGCAAAAGGGGCAGCUGCCCUGGGCCCAGUUACUCCUGGGGGCCCUAAGGCAGCUGCCCCAUGGGCCCCCUGCAGCACCUGAGGUAAUCAGGGGCCACAGCCCUUUAAUACUGCUCUGGACCGGGCCCUUGUAAUAUGGGGGUUGGCUGAAUACAAACACACAGCUAGCCCCUCACACACUGCCCUGUGAUCCCUUUUCUUCUCCGUGGCAUGCUGGGAGGCAGUGAGGUCAGAUCACUUCCUCCUCAGUGCCGCUGGGGAGGAGGCACACACCACACGGAGGAGGAUGCAAGCAUUGUUGGGGAGAGGGACUGAGAAAGCUGAUGGCAGACUCCCAUCAGCCUGGGCCAACAAGCUCCCACUGGACCCCAGGGAAGCCACCUUUCUGUACCCAAAAGGUAAGGAGACAGGAGGGUGGCUAAAUAUGUUUUGUUUUUUUGUUUUGCUUAUUUCUGAUAUCACUUUUAUUCAAGUGUUGGUGUUUGUAAUGUAACACACAGGGAAUAAGUACAUGUUAAAAAUCCUAGAAGAACCUGACAGUUCCCUAUUAAAUAUAAAUUUUAAAAGUAUUUAUUUUAACAUAUUAUUGCAUCAAGUGUUAUCAAAGGCUGUAUACCAUUUCCAAAUGUCACUUUUGCCAAAUUCUGGACCAGGGUAUGUAAGAACAGAGUUGAGACAUUAUUAUGGCCAAGGUUGCUGGGAGUUGCUGUCCAAGAGCUGCUAGAAGGCAGAGAUUAAAAUAUGUAAAUGUACACAUAUAUGUGUGUGUGUAUCUGGCUGUGUUUAUGUCCUUGUGUGUAUCUGGCUGUGUUUGUGUCAGUGUUUGUAUCUGGCUGUGUUUGUCUGUGUGUCAGUGUUUCUGUGUGUAUGUAUACCUGUGUAUGUGUACUUGUGUGUCAGUGUGUAUGUGUACCUGUGUGUGUGUGUGUUUGUUUGUGUGUGUGUGUAUGUAUGUGUCAGUGUGUGUAAGUGUGCAUCUGAGUGUGUGGUAAUGCAUACAUCCCAGCAUUUUAAUGCCAACACAAAUACACUCCAUCUCUAGCACUGUACACAUAUACAGCCCUGCAUUUAUACCUUUAUGUAUGUGUGUAUCUGAGUGUGUGUGUACAUACCUGUGUCAGUGUGUGUGUGUGUGUGUACCUCUGUGUGUGGAUGUGCCAGUGUGUGUGUGUAUCAAAGUGCUUGAUUGAAACACCAAUACUACACACAAAUGUACACAACACUACAUCCAAACAACCCCCUGCAUGCAAAUACAAACAUUACAUACAAACACAUUCCUCUAUUAAAACGCUAAAAUUAUAUACAAACGCCAACUCUACACACAAAAGUACACCUGCAUUUAAAAGCCAACACUACAGACAAUCACACAUUACUGCAUUCAAACGCAAACACUACACACAAGUACACCACUGCAUUCCAAUGGUAACAGUACAUACAAAUACACCCCUACAUGCACACAUACACUCUAUACAAUAACAUGCUGACAUUCAAUUGCACAAACACUGCUCAAAAAUACAACCCUGCAAGGAUGGUAGAUCCCCACCUGGCAUAGCAUCGCAGGAGUUGUAUGACAGAUGGGGAUCUAUCUUUUCUUUACUCUUGUGCUACAGGGCAGGCCUGAAUUAUUAUUAUUUUUUUUGCACCAAGGCACUCUCUACAUUAGUUUCGCCUCUAGGUUGGGGUGGAGGGAGUGAUUGCAUGCCCAGGGGGCCCAAGCAGAUGCUUGCCCAGGGUCCAAUCAAUAUUAAAGACGGCCCUGCCUCUUACAAUCCUAUACAGGCUUUACUAAGCUUGACAUGCUUUUGUCUGUUGGAAUUACUCCUCGUUCAGGCCUUGAAAGGUUCUGUGUUAUAACACUCUAGAGGAACACUUAGCUGCACUUUGCUUCAUAUAGGCAUUGAUUGAAAUCAUGCCUCCACUAAGUGUGGUGAAGCCAAUAUGUGACGUACCAAUGGUCACACGGGCCCUGACUGAACCAUUAUUCGAACCUCUAGAAGGAGCUUCCAUGGUGGUAGCACAGAAAGUGCUGGUGGCUGGUACCCCAGCAAGGAAAAUGGGUGAACUCCAGGCUUGAUCCUGUGAACCCCCUUUCACUACUUUUCAACAGGUAUGGUCGUCUUGCAUUUGGCACCUGAAGAUCCUGCCUAUGGUGAAUGCUUAUCUAUGUCAUUCUCUACCUGUACUGAAGGGUACCGAUUGAGCAUUGAUGCCCCUAGUGCUUUGCUUCAUGUAAGCAACAAUUGAACUCAAGCCUCCGCUGAGGGUGUUGAUACCAAUAUGUGACGUACCAAUGGUCUCACAGACUCUGACUGAACGUCUAGCAGGAGCUUCCAUGAUGUUAGCCCAGACGUUGCUGUUGACUGGUACCUCAGCAGGGUGAAUGUGUGCGCUUAGCUGCACUUUGCUUCAUAUAGGCAUUGAUUGAAAUCAUGCCUCCACUGAGUGUGGUGAAGCCAAUAUGUGACGUACCAGUGGUCUCACGGGCCCUGACUGAACCAUUAUUCGAACCUCUAGAAGGAGCUUUCAUGGUGGUAGCACAGAAAGUGCUGGUGGCUGGUACCCCAGCAAGGGGAAUGGGUGAACUCCAGGCUUGAUCCUGUGUACCCCCAUUCACUGAAUUUCAACAGGAUAUGGUUGUCUUGCAUGUAGCACCAGUGAUCGUGCCUAAAGUCAGAGCCUUUCAAUGCCGUUCUCUACCUGUAGCAAAGGAUUUGGGGCAUUCUCCACUAGUGCUGUUACAGCAUCUCGUGGGCUUCCAUGGCAAUGGUCUCUGCUGAAGCUUUGUAAAGUUGGUAUUUGGACCUCUUUGAACUAGUUUGUCCUGCAUUACAUAUUGGACAUUGAAGCAAUUAAUGAGGCACAAUUUGGACGUCACGUCCGUUCUCUACCUGUGCUGGAGGGUAUCAGGGCACUCUCCUCUCAUGCUGUUGCAGCAUCAUGGGUUGCCAUGGCAAUGGUUUCUGCUGACACUUUUUGUAAGCUAGCAUUUGAACCUCUUUAGACACGUUUGUCUGGCAUUUCAUACUGUUCGUUAAAACAGUCUAUGAUGCACAAUUUGGUACUCAAGUACUUAACUCAGUUCAUUCUUCUAUCUAUGUUGAAAUAUUCUGAUAAUUUGAUUGGCUAUUCUGUCCCUCCCUUUGUAAGCUUGGGUAUUCCCCAUGUGUAUAUGCUGCCAUGAUUAGCCAGGAAAGUGGAAAAUGUAUUCAUACUUACCGUAAUUUUCUUUUCCUGGCUAUUAUUCAUGGCAGCAUAUACUUCCCACCCAUUAAUGUCUCUAUUUAUGUACUGUAGAGCUUGUAAACUGACUGAGGACCUUAGGGAUGGAGCCUCCUUUUAAAACCUUGGUGGUUUUCCUGUCCUAUCGGCUGUAGGGGAGGAGCUAACCCAUGUGUAUAUGCUGCCAUGAAUAAUAGCCAGGAAAAGAAAAUUAUGGUAAGUAUGAAUAAAUUUUCCACUAUAUAAUAAUGGACUUCUAUUUGUUUUGAAAAUAUUUUAGCACCUUUUAAAUAUUUGCUCAUACCAUUCACCUUUUGAUUGCUAGUAAAUCAUAAUACAAAUUGUAGUGAUAAAAAAAACUUUAUUUGUAUCUUGUCACUUUUCAACCUAUGUUGUAUAUAUUUUUUGUUCACUUAUACUUGUUUGAAAUUGUAUACAUUUUAUGUUUACUGAUACUUGUUUAUACAUUCUAAGUCCAGGCAGGGUAAUAACUGCUGAGUAAUGAUUGUCUGAAUUGUUAAACUUGAUUAAAAAAAUACAUAAUUAUUUAAUGAAAAUGAAAUGAUUCUCAAAUUAAGAUAAAUGGUUCCUUAAAUGCUGGGUGAAUCAUUUAUUGUUCUCAAAGGGGCACAAUACUCUCCAUUACAACUGCAGUUGUUGUUUUGGUGUCUCUAGCCUGUCCCUGCAGGCUUUUUAAUGAAAACACAGUCUUUUCAGACAAAAGGCAGUGUUUUCAUUGCUGCCUAGUAACACCUCUAGUGGCAGUCACUCAGACGGUGUUCUUGGUUCAGUUCUGCACAGUGUGCAGCACUGGUGUUCGGCAUCCCCACGCUCUGCACGGAGACACUGAACAUUCCUACUACAUUUCCUCAACUACAUUGAUUUAAUGCAUCUCUAUAAGAAGAUGCUGAUUGGCCACAGCGCGGCAUUUUGCUGUGCAUGUGCAAUAGCCUCCCAAUGCUUUCCAAUGGGAAAGCAUUGGAUUGGCUGAGAUUUUCAAAUGUGCACCAGAGGCAAUGUGAGGCAGGGCAAGCCAUGGUGAGACUGGUGUAGCACAUAAAAAAAAAGUUGCGUAAAAUAACCUUUUUUAAAAAGGGUGCAAAGGUUGCUAAAUACCGAUUUUACCACUAUUGUUUCAGGGAUACAUGUUUUUGUUCCUGACACUAUAGUGUUCCUGUAACUACUCAAGAUAAGUAUAUGUGAACUAAUUAUUUAUGUUUUUAAGUAGAUCAUUAAAAUGCUAUUAAUGCAUCCAGUAAGCAUUAGUUCUUUAUUGCCGGCCAGCAGAAUUAAUUGAAAACUAAAGCAAAACAGAACUAGAGGACUAUAUUUCUAUGUUUUGUGAAUGUUCACAAAAAUCGCAUCUUUGAAAACAAGUUUUACAAUAAGCUGACUCAACCACUAUAGGAGACUUAGAUCCACUUUAUUAAAACAGGAUCAAUAGAGGAUUGUGCAGAGUAAGAUCUUACUGUGGCUGCUUACACAAAGUGAAGCUUGAAUUAUUUGUCUGAACAUUAAAUAUUUUUCGUUUUUUUACAAAGCAGAUUCUGCAGACUGUGCUCAGCUUCUCAUUAGUUACGGUAAAUUGUGUGACUCAAAAGCUGCAAAAUCUUACUAUGAAAGACAUCACAGAACCCAUGCUUAGAUCACAAGGAAUCAUAAAGCGAGUGAAAACGAUCCGUGUCCCGUCUUUCUGUCUGUUAUUCUAACACCCACAUAUACAAACGAACGGCAUAUACAAAAUGUACAAAUAGUGCUAUGUAUGGGUUCUGGAGAGAUCAUAAAUAAUGAGACCUGAAAUUAAGAUGGUAUAACACCCAUUAACCUGUUUAGGUAAGUUUCUAUUAAUUACAUUUUUAAAGUAUUUUGGUAUUCUGUAGUUUUGCUCCGUGACAGUUCCAGUGCCCAUUGUGGAUUGGAACACGUACACAGAACCAUGCACACACAGCAUUAUAAGCACAGGUAGAUACUCAGAUACACACACACUCAUAUGCACACACCUGGCCACCCAGUAUUUGUUUCCCUUUUGCCUUACAUUUUGUGUUCCUGUGCUGCACUUUGAUGUAGGAACUUUGAAAUCAUUAUGUAUCUCCCCACCAGAAUAACAUCCAGAUUUUGUUAUAUAUAUUUAAAACUUAACAUACUUUCUGCAAAAUUUUGUCCUGAUUCAAGGGAUUCUAUAGUUAGGAAUAUAAAUCUGUAUCUCAAAAACUGCAAUUGGUUACAUUGCAAGACUAAGGGGGACAGGGGCAUUGCACCCAGUUCACUUCAUUGAGCUGAAGUGGUCUGGGUGCCUAUGCUGUCCCUUUAAAGGGACACUAUAGUCACCAUAACAACUACAGCGUAUUGACUUUGUUCUGGUGAGUAGAAUCAUUACCUUCAGGCUUUUUGCUGUAAACACUGUCUUUUCAGAGAAAAUGCAGUGUCUACAUUACAGCCUAGUUAUAACCUUACUGACCACUCCUUAGAUGGCUGUUAGAGAUCCUUCCUGGGUCAUGGCUGCCUAAAAUGCAUCCAAACAUUCAAUAUCUCCUCCCUCUGCAUGCAGACACCAGGGCUGUGUUUGAAUCAUGCUGGCUCUGCCCCUGAUCUGCCUCUUUGUCAGUCUCAGCCAAUCAUAUGGGGAAGCACUGUGAUUGGAUCAGACUACCACUUCUGAUGAUGUCAGCGGACUGCUUGUUUUUUUUAGGCAAACAGCAUGCAGAGUUACAGCAUCUGGCUUGAAUACAGUAAGAUUUUGCUAUAUUUGUGGCGGCAUGAGGGGCCCAGGAGGGCUAGAUGGUGGUUUCAACACUAUUGGGUCAGGAAUACAUGUUUGUGUUCCUGACGAUAUAGUGAUCCUUUAAGUCUGCACUACUUUCACUUGAAAUGUUGUGGCAAAGAGCUAAAUAACUUGUAUUUUUUUUUGUUGAAAUCAAAUUAUCCUAUUAUACAUGCUGUCUCUAGGCUUGUGCAUUUUAUUUUUUUCUUUCCGUCUUUUUGAUACAUAUGUUUGUGAUCACCUUAUUAUAGCAUUUAAUUUGUGUAUUUUCACUUCCACUCAUACCAAUAACUAAGAGCCUUUAACAUAUGAACUAAAUUGCAUUUGUUGUCCUAUCUACCCCCUUGUUGUUUUCAUAAGAGGACAAUUCCUUUCCAGGUUUACUUAUCCCCUACAUUUAACAGAUGUGUGUCUGUGCUCUGAAAAAGUUAAUGGAGAGAUCCACACUGCUACAUUUACCUCUAUUCUGGAAGUUCCUCUAUUCUGGCUCCUCCCUUUGCACCUGUCUGUCAGCUUAGAGAGAGGAAGAAAAAUAAAUACAAUGUUUCUAUUUCCUCCUCUUUCAGUGCAAUGAGUGCCUUGACAGUGCCAGGAUGGAACUCGAUCGUGAUAUUGGUUUCUAAAUCUUUAAUAUACGUUUUAAAUAAAAAGGAUCAGAAAAAAAGGCAAAAACACAACGUUUUAGGUGAUUUUCAAUAAUUUAUUCAGUAUUGUAUUUAAGUUAUGGUAUCAUCAUAAACCUUGUAUUUAAAUUUUUACAUUAUUAAUAGAUUUACUAUUAUGAAUAUAUAUAUACAUACACACACACACACACACACACACACACACAGAAUGUAUAUUUAAAAAAACAAAAAACGAGCAUCACAUUCUCAUUUUUGCUUUGUUUUCUGAUGAAAGCAGGAACAUAACACGGUUCACAGCAGGAUAUGAUUGUGUGCGCGAUAUUAUGCUUUGUAAAGCGUAUUUAAUUAAGAAUAUUUCAAUAUUUACCUUUUUGCCAUGUGGCUGCUCAACCUGCAUAUAUCAUCAAGACUACAGUCACAACAGCAUUUGCAGUGUGAACAUCACAUAACUCAGGGUUAUUCACUGAUCGGGAAUUCAAAGUGAAUUUAAAGGGAAUUAAACAUUUUAGACUGAAAUGGCUGAACUGGAAGCAGAGCUGACCUUUUCUUCCAGUUCGUAUAUUUUGGCCUUAAUACACUUUGAAUUCUCAACAACUUUCACAUUACUAAAUUACAGACGCUCCUCACUUACCGAUCGGGCUCCGUUCUUAUGACCCAGUCAUAAAACGAAUUGGUCGGUAAGUGAUAAUGAGAUACAGAGCAAGUGCACCAGUGCAGGUCUAUGUUCAGGGAAAUUUCCCCGAACAUAGACAAACGCACCAGAGCAGGGAAUCCCUCAAAUCUUUGUUUGGGGAAAUUUCUCCGGACAUAGACAAACGCACCAGAGCAGGCAAUCCCUCUUAUUUAUGUUCGGGGAAUGUUCGAGGGAUUUCCUGCACUUGUCUAUAUUCUUUUCUAUGUAGAGACCAGCUCUCUAACGUGGGGAAUCCCUCGAAUCCCUGUGCUAGAGAGCUGGUCAUAAGUCCGAGUCGUUGUUAAACAGGUCAGUCAUAAAGUGAGGACUACCUGUACUCUGAAUGUGUGAAAUACUGGGUGUUUAAAAUGAAUUCAUGGUAAACCUUAACUUUAGAAGGCAAGGAGAGAAAAAACAUAUUAAAUCUCUGUUUACUGAGAAAGUACAAUCAUAGCACACGUAUCUUUCAUGUAUAUAAUUAUUAGAAUGUUUGUUAAAGGUGUUAACAAGGAGGUUAAGAGGGUCACCGGUGACAUGAGGCUCCUGAAAUUACAAACCUAUGUUUGGUUUGAGAUAAACCUCUUAGGAAAUGGUAGCCUUGAUUUUGCUUCCUGUGUUUUAAAAAAACACUAUGACACUAUAAUCACUUCAUCUCAUUAAGGUGCUUAUGGUUCCUGUAGUCCCCUGUUGCCUUCCCUACAUUCUCUUUCACACAGUUUGCAAACCAUUAAACACACAAAUGAGGUUCCCUGGCAAUCUGCAGUCUGGUCUCUGAUAGCUGUAUGGCUCAUUAAGAUUAAACUCUGCCUUAACCCAUACCAAUUUAUACCAGCAUUGGAUGACUGUGAUAGGCUGAGAGUAGUCAGCUGACAUUGUCAGCCAAUCAUUGCAGCAGCAUUAGCCUGAGCUGCACAGAGGCUCCGUACGCUCCGGGUAACCAUGAUUUCUUGCUUGUUAAAAAAAUGAGGGCCGGCACUAGUGAAUUACAGGCACCAUAACUACUUCAACAAUAUGAAGUGGCAAUUUUGUUUAAAGCUUUUGUUGACAAAAUUAAGUAUAUGUUUAGCUUGCCAAAGUUGAAAAUCAAAGUUAAACAAACGCAGGAGGAACACAUUCCAUUUAAUGACACAGUACAAAUCAUACUGUUCGUAAAUAGAUAGAGGAACUAUUUAAAGAUGACAUUUCAAAAAGAUAAAUAUUAUCAUUAGGAAAAUACAUUGUAUUCUUUAAGCCAUUCCAAAAGGAUUCAGUAUUAAAAAGGAAGAAAUAUCUCCCCUUCGCUUGUAUAAACAAAUGAAGAAAGACGUGAUUAACGUAGAACGGUGAGAUUGUAUCUUUAGUUUGUCUCUUCUUUAGAUAACUGCCUUUCUUGGUGAUCCUACAAUUAAAUGGGAUCCUAAUAAGGAAAAGUUAUUGAGAAAGCAAAGCAGAACAAAAUACCCCAAGAACACAGAGUAAUACCGUGAAGAAACGAGGAAAGACGUGGUGGAACCUGGCAGGCAAUCUAAAACAUAACUUACAAAUCUUAGCAGUCUAGUAAAUUUGCCCCGAGCUGUCCUAGUUCCCUUUGAGGAUUCCAAGUAAGGGUCGAACAUUUUGUACCAUCUAAAAUACUGGUAAUAAAUCUGAGACCAUGCUAAAAUAUUCAGUGGUGCAACAGUGAAAAUGUUUCAUUUAAUCUGAGCAUGAAAAUCGAAAUAAUCCUUCUCUGAUAAUAGAAUUUGAUAUGUAUGUGAUAAUGUUUGGAACAAUCUGAAAUAGAAGAAAUUAAGGAACACUAACAGGGUUAUUUACUAAAGAGAGAAUUUAAAGGGAAUUUCAUAUGUAAUGCCAGAGUAGCCAGACUGAAAGCAUAGCUUAGUAAAAUAAUUUUCCCAAUUUGACAAUUCUGACCUCAAAUUCAUAUUGAAUUCUCACCUUAGGUGUACUAUAAAUGCCAGGAAUACAGCCUUGUAUUGAAUUCCUGGCACUAUCGCUCCUUCUGCCUCAACCCUCUCCCUUUCCUCCUCCCUGCCCUCCCCGCGUCUGAGUGAAUAAAGGGUUAAAAACCCUUUAUUUACUUACCUUUUCCUUCGAUGCUGGGACGACACUCCGCCCACUUUGACGGUGUGCACAUUAGACCUCCCCAUAGGGAAAGCAUUGAAUCAAAGCUAUCCUAUGGGGAAGAAUCUGACACUGGAUGUCCUCAUGCAGAGCGUGAGGACGUCCAGUGUCAGAUAAUGGACCAAUGGCCUGUUCACUUACUUUGAAAUGUCACAGAAUGAAGUUCAUGCUACCCUGUACCUCUACAAAUACACAAGGUGUUUGCUAAAACCCCUUUUCUUUAAACAUCUACUUCACCGCUCUGUGUUUGUGUCUGUAGAUUUAUUCAGGAAACUUAACACUAUGUAGUUCUUUUGGUGAGUUUAAUAUCUCCCUUCAGGCAUUUUCAUAUAAACACUGCAUUUUCAGAGAAAAGGCAGUGUUUACAUUGCCCCUAGGGACACCUCCAAGUUGUCACUCAGCAGAUGGCCACUGGAGGUGCUUCCUGGCUCAGUGCUGCACAUUAAGCAGCCCUGCCGUUCAGCGUCCCCACGCUCUGCAUGGAGAUGCUGAAUUUUCCUCAUAGAGAUGUAUUGAUUCAGUGCAUCUCUAUGAGGAGGUGCUGAUUGGCGUUUGGCCCGUCCCAUUGCAGAUUUUAGCCAAUUGGCAAAAAAUCAGCAAUUUUGAUGAUGUUACCAAGGGGGCAGAGCCAUCGCUGACGGACCCAUGGAGAGCUGAAAAUAAGGUGAGUUUUAACCCAUUCUGAGGGGGCCAAGUAGGGGUAAGCCACCUAAAUAGGUGGUUUUCACUAUAGGGUCAGAAAUACAUGUUUGUUUUCCUGACCCUAUAGUGAUCAUUCAAGGACACAUUGUUUUAAUUAAACCUCUUGAAAACGGUCUGAACCAGAACAGGUAUCUGGGGUCGGCUUCCUCGCCGAGAAACGAGCUAUGAGAUAUAGUGGUUAUGCUGUUCAGGCUGCCCUUUAAAUGCCUUACAACAGCUCAAACCUGGGCUGUCCUUUUACGUUCACUGAAUAUAUUCUACAAAUGCCAGUGUUCAAAGAGCGUUUACUGGUUAUAUUGUGGAGCUAUCGAAAUACUCGCCUAUGGUAGAUGGACGUGAAAUUUGGUUUACCUCUCCUUUUCUCUAGCAGGCUUAUUAUAAUGUUGACAUAAACAUCAUUUUUAAGAAUUAUUUUUUUGCGGUGUGUUGGUAGGUCGGCAAGUCUUGCCACAAUAUAAACACUGCUGUGGAAUCAUAUUUUGUUUCAGGGCUCCUUGACAUGGCUCACUAUAAACUAUAUUUUACAUGAUCGGUUCUGACAGUCUUCCCAUUGUCACAGAGAAUACAGCGGAGAAAACCAGAGGAAUCAUUUUAAUAGGAGGCCCUUAUUUAUUUGUUUUGAUCAGUAGAAACAUAUCACAGCAGGAUGUUGUUAGCAUACCAGCUACAGCUAAGAGUAUGUAAUACUAUUUAAACAUUUAACUAAGAAGGAUGCAUUUAACUUUAAAUAUAAUCAUUUCGUUUACUUUGGAGGAGGAAAAACUGGGCUGAUCUUGCCAUGAAUUAAACAUGCACUGUUGAGUUACUUUAGCUGGACCAUUAAAGGGUUAUCUCAAUGAAAUGGUCUGGGUGCAAUAGUACGGUUAUUUUAGCCCUGCAGGAUAAACACUGCAGUUUUGUAGAUUGUCACCAUUUGUUUUACAAAUGCAAAUGGUUUUAUGAAUUUUUCUGCAACUUUUUCCGACAGAAAUGACGAGGAAUUUUCUUAGCUCUUCUGAAAUGGGCUUUUGUAGAACAUGGCAGAGAAUUGAGCCUACCCCUGUGCCUGGCUAGUAUUAUUAUUUUUCAAGUACGAUGUGUUCCUUUUAAAUAAAAAUAAAAAUGUAAAAAGUGAUUACUGCAGAGGAACAGUCUGCUCACCGCAAGAGACUUGAGAGGCAUGAUCUAUACACAAACUGCUUCAUUAAGCUAAAGUUGUUUUGGUGACCAUAGUUUCCCUUUAAAGUUGUAUGAUUAGAAUGCCUUAUACCAUAACGACAAGCACAAAAAUGGCCUGCCUGGUUGACAAUAUCUUGAUUUAAAGGGACUCUCCAGUGCCAGGAAAACAUAUCUCUCCCUCCCAGCCCCAAUCCCAUGUUGCUGAAGGGGUUAAAACGACUUCAGUGACUUACCUGAAUACAGCGCUGAUGUUCCUCGGCGCUUGGUCAGGCUGUGUCCACGUUCCUCCCACGCCGACAUCGGCCGGUGGGGGAGACCUAAUGCGCAUGUGCGGCAAUGGCUGUUCAUUAGAUCUCCCCAUAGGAAAGCAUUAUUCACUGCUUUCGUAUGAGGAUUCUGGCGACGCUGGAGGUCCUCAUGCAUAGCGUGAGGAUGUCCAGCGUAGUUUAAAACACUUCAAAGAACAGAGAUGUCCCUCUAGUGGCUGCCUGAUAGAUAAAAGCAUACGUUCCUUUUAGAAGUUGAUAUAUAUGCCACUGCAAUUUAAAGACAAUUCUUUUUGAGAUGGCAAUAUAAUAAGAAUCAUUAGCAUUUUAUUUUGGAAAAUAGAGAAGGAGCUUUUAUUAGAUGCGUAAUAGAAGGGAAUAGGUGAAAAAAAUAGGGAAAUGGUAGGAGUAAGAGGAAAUAGUAAAUAACAACUAUGUAAACUUUUUAGGAUAAGGAAUAUACGCUAGGGUGGCUGGGGUUUAGAGUCUGUAAUAGUGAGGGUCCAUAGUGAAAAGUAUUUAUAUUUGUUACUGAAUGAAAGGGCAGGGGUGGGAGAUAUGGUUUUGUCAAAAAGGCAAGAGAAUACACGUCUGAGGGGAGGAAGAGGCUAGAUUAGCCAACAUUAUGACGAUAAGAUAAGUUACCAUAGUCUGAAGCUAAGAUGAAGGCCUGGAGGUGAUCCAGAAUAUUGAAAUAACUAUCUAACAAUGAAUUUCUAUGUGUAGGGGAAUCCUGAUUAAGCGUUGGGGUUUAUAGAACAUGCUUGAAGAUAUAAACAAUAUAUGUUUCCUCACUGUCUGUGUAUGUGCUUGGGAAAUUCAUGUAGCAGUUAAAGUUAUAAAACAGCAUCUUCAAUUCUUUGGCAAGAGGCAUUGCACUUACAAAUAAAUCCUGUGUGGUAGAUGUCAAAGGGAACAGAAACAGCAAUUUAAAAAAGGAAAGAAACAGACCUUUCUUUAACUUGUUACAUUUUUUUUCCAUUUUUUUUUUCCAUAAGUUUUUUUUUUUUUUUUUUAGCUAGGAUUAAAAAAUAAAGUACUCUUUGUGUCACCAUGGACUGACUUUCUAUAAGUAUAAAUCAAAACACUAUUAUUCAGAUGUAUUCUACUGGUAAAAUGCUGCUUCCCAGCUCUAGAACAUCAGUAACUCAUGAAAUUGAUCAGUUAUGCCCAGGGCCGGUGCAAGGAUUUUUGCCGCCCUAGGCAAAAGUAAAGUUUGACGCCCCCCUCCUCCCCCCCGUGACAUCGCAAUGCCCCACCCAUAUGACCUGCCAUGUUAACUAACGCCAGUGCUGCAGUGCCGCUGUGUUUACAAUAAAAGGCAUGCAGGGACAGGCUAUAGACACCAGGACCACUACAUUAAGGUGCAGUGGUUCUGGGGACUAUAGUGUUUCUUUAAUGUGAGGUAAAUUAGAGAUUAGUGCCACAAAUAAUAUACUAGAUUACCUACUUACAAGCAGAUGAGGAUGAUGAUGGGCUCUAGCUGCAGUCUGGCUCCACUGGUCUGGUGUAUAACAGGAUCUCUGGAGGCUGUUUGUAACUGUGGUCACACAAAUCAAUGUUCUGGUAGAACGAGAAGCAGCUCCAUUUUUUGGGGGCCCUUUACACAGCUCAAGGUCUGGGUCCCAGGGUCCACCUUCAUUUUCCACCAAUGAGUUUGUUCACAGGGGAUGGAGUGUGUAGGGAAUGUCCUGAUUUGUGUGUAAGGAAUGCAUUUUGUGAAUCUGUGUUUGUAUGUGUAAGGGCUGCAAGGUGUGUUUCUGUGUAUGUAAGGGAUGAAGUGUGUGAGUCUGUAAGGGGUGCAUUGAGUGUGUGUAAGGAAUGCAUUGUGUGUUUCUGUGUGUGCAAGGGAUGCAUUGUGUGUAAGGGUUGCAUUGCGUGUGUGUGUGUAAUGCAUUGUGUGUGUAAUGCAUUGUGUGUUUUUCUGUGUGCAAGGGGUUCAUUGUCUUUGUGUGUAAGGGGUGCAUUGUGUGUGAUUGUGUGUGUGUGUGUGAUGGAUGUCAAUCUCUCCCCCCUCCCUUGUCACUCUCUUCUCCCCCUCCCUUGUUACUCUCAUUCCCCCUCCCUCCCCUGUCACUCCCCCCUCCCUGUCAAUUUCUCUCUCCCCGUCAAUUCCCCUCCCUGUCAAUGUCUCCCCCCGUUAGUUUCUUCCCCCCCCCACCUCCCUGUUAGUUUCUUUCUCCCCCCUCCCCUGUCAGUUUCUUUCUUCCCCCUCCCCUCCCCUCCCUGUUUCUUUCUUCCCCCUCCCUGUUUCUUUCUUCCCCCUCCUUCCCUGUUUCCUUCUCCCCCUCCCUCCCUCCCCUCCCUCUUUUCCCCUCCCUCGUUUCUUUUCUUUCCCCCUCCCUCAUUUCCUUCUCCCACCCCUCCACUCCUUCCUGUUCCUUCUCCCCCCUCCUCCCUCUUUCUUCCCCUCCCUCCUGUUUCUUUCCCUCCCUCCCCUCCUGUUUCUUUCUUCCCCCCCUCCUUCCUGUUUCCUUCUCCCCUCCCUCCCCUCCCUCUUUUUCCCCCCCUCCUCUGCUUUCUUCCCCUCCUCCGUUUCUUCUCCCCCCUCCCUCCUUCCUGUUUCCUUCUCCCCCUCCUCCCUCUUUCAGCUCCCCCUCCCUCCCUGUUUCUUUCCCCUCCCUCCCUCCUGUUUCUUUCUUCCCCCUCCUCUGUUUCCUUCUCCCUCCUCCUGUUUCCUUCCUCCCCCUCCUCCCUGUUUCUUUCUUCUCCCCCUCCUCCUCUCUUUUCUUCUCCCCUCCCUCCCUCUCUUUUUUCUUCUCCCCUCCCUCCCUCCCUCUCUUUUUUUUUUCUUUCUUCUCCCCCCUUCCUCCCUCUUUCCUCCCCCUCCCCUACCUGUGUGGUAGUGUGGCCGAGCCCAGUAUAGUCCGACCGGUACAGGGAGCUGUUGUUUCCUGUACCCGGCCGGACUAACAGGAAGUGAACACUCAGUGUUCACUUCCUGUUAGUCCGGCCGGGUACAGGAGACAGCUGCUCUCUGUACCGGUCGGACCAUGCCAUAGAGGGCUCGGCCACGCUACAGAGAGGGAGCUGACAGGUGGGAGCGCUGAGCGCUUCCCUCCUGUCAGCCUCUCCUCAGGCUGCGCCCGGGCGGUGCGGUCCGCCCUCAUGGACGCACCGCCCGGGCAAAGCUGCAGCCGCCUGAGGCUCUCUACAGAGCGCUCGGGCGGCUGCAGCAUGAGCGGGGCCGGCGCUCCUGGCGGCGCCCCCUCCCAAGGGGCGCCCUAGGUGGCUGCCUAGUCCGCCUUACAGGUAGCGCCGGCCCUGGUUAUGCCCACAAUACAGAGAAAAUAUUCUGUUGUAACAAGACGAGUGAUUGACUAGCUUAUAGGUAGGCAGCCUUCAGCACGCCAGAUGUUGUGGACCACAUCUCGCCUGAUGCUUUGCCAGCAUUAUAAGUUUAAGAGCAUUAUGGGAGAUAUAGCCCGUAACAUUUGGAGUCCCGUAGGCCGCCUACCCCUUAAAGGAACACUGUAAAAAAAUAUAUAUAUAUUACUUUUCAAGUACGAUGUGUUCCUUAAAAGGGCUUCAACUCUUUUAAAUGAAGAAAAAAAUUUAAUUUAAAAAGUGAUUAAAUGCACCUGCACAGUAACAGUCUCCUUGCGACAGCAUUUUGUGUGAUCAAUACUGAUGUGAUCCAGUCAAAUGGUUUUCUGCAAUCUGAAGCAUUGCCGACUUAUAACGCAUGUACAGCAUGAUCCACCUGUUCAGCACUGAAACCAUUGCUAAUCUAAGCAUUCGUUGCAUUCGCUGUCACAAUGCUAUACACAUGAUACUGAACGUGAAGACCUUUGGAAAUCAAAGGUCGAAGAGCCACUAGAAGCGUGUUCUCAGACAAAUGGAAGGAUUCCCAUAGCUCAGAAAUGGCAAGGUUUUACAUUGUCCAAAAAGAGGGACAGGGUCUUUGAGCUAAAAUAACUUUAUAAGGAUAUCGAAGUUUUGGUGCUUAGAUCGUCCCUUUAAUAGAAUCAAAAGCAUUGUUCUUUUUGAUUGGAGUAUUAUUUACUCAGCUAAUAUUUUUAGGGUUAUUUACUAAAUUAAUUUCAAACUUGCCUGGGUCCACCUCAGUCUGAUACUCAUUAAAGAUAUCGAUAAAGUCAAUAUUUUUACAGCCAUAAGAGCUAUAUCAAUUGUGUGGUUUUUUUUAGCCAAAAUUGGCUUGGCUUAGAAUUGAACAAUACCAUGACAUUCUUCAGCCAGUGAAUUCCACCCAAAUCUGGACAGAAUUGAUGUUGCUAAAAUUAAAGGGAACUGAUGCUUAAGUGAUAUCUAUGAAGAUGGGCCAGACUGUGGGUGGUCCAGGACCCAGGUAAUCUUCACUCCAUUCUAAAAUGGUUUGACUCUUAACAGUGGGACUGAGUAAGGGGACACCUGGCACCAUAACCACUAAAGAGCAUUCUCGUGGAGCAUGGCCCAAUGUUUCCAUGAGAAUAUUGCUCCUUAACUUAAUUUAAAAAUAUAUUUCUGCUCUAAUUGAUGUUGCUUUAACAAAAAUGUAAAAAAAAAAAAAACACAAGUAGCACUUAUUUUAAUACAGCUCUGUAAUAUUAAUUCUCUUCAACCCUUCAACCCUUUAUGAGUCAUCCUUAUCAUGCUGUUCGAUGAAAUGAUAAUUUUCUGUUUCUUAAAUCCUUGUUAACAGUGUUCAUACAUACCACCCUGUGAGCGAGAAAACCAGAAGAAUUCAGAAAAUGUUCUUCACUGGCAGGAAUACUGGAAUAAAGAGAUCGGGUUCCAACCUUUCACUUGCUAUUUUAAUCAACACAGAAGGUAAUUUUUGUAUUUUUUUUUUAUUCUUUGAUAAAGCAAUUCAUUUCUGAUUUUCUGUGGAUAUUAUUAAUAUUUCUAUUUUUGUAUUUUAUUCUGUAUACUUAAAAUAAAGCCUCUUUUGGCAUCUAAAGAAAUCUAAUUUUGAGAAUUGGUGUAUCAGUUCUUAUCGAGUAACUUAUUGGCAUUGAGAUCCCUAAAUGAACUUGAACUUCAUAAAAUGUACCCUAUCUGGUGAAAUAUUCUGGCUUUUAUUAUUUGUUUAUUUUUAUAUUAAAGGAAAUACAAACAUGUAUCCUGUUACACUAUCUCUUUUGAAAUAUAAAAGAUAAACCCCAUUUCCUCCAACCCCCCCCCCCCUCACUAAUUUAAUGUGAUGUGGAAAGUACACAAUGUGAAGGUAAAAAAUAAAUGACCUAGACAGUCAAUACUGUAGAUCAAUCAUAUAAAACUCAAACGCUAGCAUGGGCCAAAUAAAAAAGGUUUAAGUUUAUGUGGGCCAACAUAAUAAUAAAAAAAAAAUACAUUUUCAUAGAAACUUAGUUUUAUUUGGAAAAGUACAGUGGAAAAAAACAAUGCUAUCCCCCUCUUUAAACCCUAGCACCCUCCUCCACUAAACCCCAGUCCCCCCUCUAUACUAAAUCCUAGCAGCCCCCUCUAUACUAAAUCCCAGCACCACUCUCAACUAAACCCUGGCCCCUGUUUAAAAAAAAGCAAAAACAUUUUUUAGCCAACAUUUAUACUCCACUCACAUUGCCACUGCCAGUAUGCGACUCCGGAGUCCAGCCCCAAGGUAAAAGUAAACCCCAAUGGCGCUGUCCGCACCUUGUGUCAAAGUGGAUCCUCCCACUACUCCUUGAAACCCUGUGAAGGUGGAGCACAUUGACGUCACGUCUGAAUGUGACCUGGCGUUGUGUGCCCCCGUGCACCUCCAGGUCCUCCACUGUCCAGCCACGGCCAUCGCAAUACUGACCAACACGCACUCACUGACAGACACACACACUCACUGAUACACACGCACUCACUGACACACACACACACACACUUACUGACAGACACACACACACACGCACACACUGACAGACACACACACAUUUACACAUUCUUGCACACUCACAAAUCAGUGUCUUGCUCCUUACCUUUGGGAGCUGGUGUGGAGCCUGUGACAGAACCAUCUGUCUGCUUGGAUUUUUACUACGUUCGUCUGUUUGUCCCCCGUUCGUAUGAAUGGCUGGUUUCUAUAGCCCAGCCAUUCGAAUGACUCUUUUUCCCGAACAAACCUGCCGAACGAACGGCCACCCAAGUGAGGAGUGUGCUGCUGGUUAACGAAGUGAUCCCAAUUAGAACGUUGUGGUUAACCGCAGACACUUCUCAAUUAAACCGAAUUCAGGGUGGUCGUCGUUCGUAUGUCGACCACGAGGCAGCGGCCAUUUUAAAUCAAGCGAACGCCCAGCGGUGUUUGGCUCUAUUUCUAUGGAACUGAAAACGGACACUUUUUCUGCCGAACACCGCUGAAACAACGGAACGCCUGGCUGCCUCCACGAAAGCAUGCGAACACCGGCCGUUCGGGAGAUUGAGAGCAUACGAAAAGACUUAACCCAGAUAGCCUUCCCAUGGAGUCAUUCGUAUACCGAAAGACUGUAAGAACUUUGACUCCAUGGCGAUUGAACUAUGUGUGUGGGAUCUGAGCGCUAUUCGCUAAUAAUAUGCACUCAGAUCCAGGCUAUCUGGGGACAUGUAAUACGAAUGGGAAAUGUUCAGUUUUUAUGUAGUUAUAUAUUUUUAUGUCUUUUAUUAUUUUAUGUCUAAGAUGGCGACUGGCUUUGUCCUGGAGUUAAUUGAGUUACUUGGUAAUUAACUCCAGGGCAGAGGGGAGGGAAUCAUAAUGCACUGUGGGUAAAAUCUGUGACUGUGUGUCUGGGAUGUCCCCAGAUCUGUCUGUAAUUUAAGUCUCCCAUUUGGUCCCCUAGGGGAGUGUCCACCAAGUGGGGGACCUGCAUAAAUACGGGCAGGUAGCCCACAGUAAAGCCGGAUUAUGUUUGACCCUCAAUGCGGAGCUUCUGUCUCGUUAUUGGGGAGAUUUCUUCUUCACGUUUAGAGACUGCUGGAUGGAACGAAAGCCGCUUGGGGAAUAUUGCUGUUCGACGGUUACCAGCAGUUCGUGUAUUGCCGUUCGGGAGUUUGGAGCCGUUCACGGAUCUCGAUCGGGAGAUUGUCGCUUCCCCUGCAUUUGGUUCGUGUGUUACAGAGUAAGCGAACGGAGACUGUGCUGCAGCCGGGGAAGGUCUACUAAACGGCGGUUUGGCUUAAAGACACUAGAGGUGUCUUAACAGAGCCUAUCCCUGGGGACUCCCUUCUUGCUCCUUACGUGCACAGUUUAGUGAUGCUGGGCCGGAAUGACGUCAUAUUCCGGCACCCGGCAUCACUACAGACGGCGCACACGAGGGAGCAGUGAGGAGCAGGAAGACUGAGCUUCCUCACUGCAUCCUCCUUCCUCUUCACCUGGCCGGGUAAAUUUUAGCAGAGUAGGCACUUGCAAUGUGGGGAGCAGAUGCCUACUCUGCCUUAACAUGUUAAACUCGCAGCUCGCUGGGCCGCAAAUAUAUUCAUUGUGCGCCGCAUGCUGAUCGCGGGCUGCAAGUUUGACAUGCUUGUUGUUGAUAAACCAUAGGACUUCUCUAAGUCCUCAAAAGAAAAAAACAAGAUAUCUACAGUAGAAAAAAGGAACAAAAUACUCAUAGGGUAGUAUGGGGCAAACACCAAAAAGUGUGAACACUAUAUAUUGCACUCACAAACACAGAUUGUAGGCAUAUGAAAUGGUGUGGAGAUCUUCAGCACAGAUGGACAAACAUAUGGGAACAAAAAAUGAAUUCCGUUUGUAGCACAUCAAACUUUUAUUUAAUCAUAUAAAAACAUCAAAUUAAUUAAAAAGUAUAAAAUAAAAGUUCCCUUUUAGAUGUCAAAACCCUCAUUUAAAAGGGAACUUUCUUUUAUACUUUAUAAUUUAUUUGAUGUUUUUAUAUGAUUAAAUAAAAGUUUGAUGUGCUACAAACAGAAUGAAGAGUGGUUAUCUACAGGAAAGAGAACAAAGACCACAGCCCAGUGGAGAGAUCAUCUAUUUGGUUUGAUGUGCCUGUUAUCGGCAGUGAUCCUGUAAGUGUUACUUAUAUUAAAGCGCAGCUCUUCUGAAAUUAUACAUUUCGCACUAUUAUUUCUUCAUUUUCUGUUCCCAAAUGUCUGUCCAUCUGUGCUGAAGAUUUCCACACCAUUUAAUAUGCCUACAAUCAAUUUGUGUAUAUAGGGGGACUGAGGUUUAGCAAUAUAUAGUGUUUACACUUUCUGGUGUUUGUACAAUUCUGUAGAUACUGUACUAUCUAUUUAGAGUCAGUCUUUGAUCUCUCCUGUCAGCCUAGACCCAUGGCCAUCGCGGCCCACCUGGCAUUUGCCCGGUUUGCCUGAUGGCCAGUACGGGCCUGGUUACAGCUCAGUGCCAAACUGCAUUUCCUCAUAGAGAUGCAUUGACUACAGGGAGCGUGCAGCGUCUCCAUGCAGACACUGAAUGUCAGUCCUACAGUCCAAGUUGGACCACCUCCAGGAAGUCCUUUGAGUGACAGGUACUAGAGGUGGUGUUAGGCAGCAAUGUAAAAGUCAGCAUUCACACUGCUCAGCCUCCAGGGACAAUCUCUGUGCCCCAGAAACAAUACAUUACGCUGUAGUGGUUCUUGUGCCUACAGCAAGCAUGUCAAUUUUGCAGGCCGCUUGCUGCCCACAAUGGAUAUAUUUGCGGCCCACCUGCCCCUGGGGCACUUCAGAAAAAUGGCACUUCGGAAAUUCAGCAAUUUGGACAUUCGGAAGCAUCCGAAUUGCCGAAAUUCAUCUGAAUGUCUAGCCUUUCAGUUUGACAUGCUUGGCCUACAGUGUCCCAUUAAUGAAAAUAAGGAAAAAUAGUUAUAUGCUUAACUUAAUUGCAUAAAGUUUUGUCAGGGUGGAUUUUUUUAUACCCUUUAUUUUAUGCAUCAUGCAUUAAAAAAAAGAAAUAAAUCGAAAUGCUCAACUCUAAAUCUCUCAAACAGUUGUUCUUAUAAAUGUGGAACAUCAUCUUUGCAUUUAACAGCAACUAAGAAAUGGCUGACAUCUGUUAGGUAACCCUGGAUCUUCUAUUUAUUUAGAAAAGGGAAUUAUUAAGCGUGUGUACGUGUGGCUACACAACCAUGAUUUGUAAUUAUUAAUAAAACAGAGUGCACAAUUUCCUGCACAAGACAAAAAACAAACCCAAACCCAGCAGGCAUCCACACCUGGGUGAGCAAUAUUCACCAUAAAUCAUGUCAUACAUGACCAUCUGAUAAUGAGCAACUGUCUACGUUUGGUGAGCCCUGCAAAAUUAUAGAUUCUUUUACGUAUUUAAUGUCAAGUGGCAAGCAUAAAAUCAUUUUUUCCUAUAGUGCAGUAAUUUGAAUCUGCCACAAGGUCCUGGCCAUCACCAUAUGCUUGCAUUUUUAUCUGAACAAGAAUAUAUACACUAGAUAAAUGGUUUUCCUCCUCGAGUGUACAUCAUUGACCAAUGCUUGUCCACAUUGCUAUGUAUCAAGGACUAUUCUUCUCCCUUGGUUUGCUUGGUACUUUGCUUUGAAUUUUGUAACCCAGAAUAUGGUUUGUGUUAGAGAUAUUUCUACCAGCUCAUCUGACAUCUCUAGGGUUCUGUUGUAUAUUGGGCUGUCUUCAAAUGCUACUUAUCACAGAGUUUAUUAUGACAGUGUUUGGAUAUAGGUGGUAAAAGGCCAGGCAGUAGGGAUGUGCAUGAUCCAAAAAUUUGGUUCGGAAAUUCAGGUAAGAGAUUUUUUUUUUUAAUUUCGGCAAUUCAGGACUUCGGCACUUCGGUUCGGCACUUCUGAAAUUCGUGAAGUCGGCAAUUCGGGACUUCUGUUCGGUUUGGAACUUCGGCAAUUCGGUACUUCGGUUCGGUUCAGGACUUGGGCAAUUCGGGACUUCAGCAAUUUGGAAAAUCUGUAGGGCUCCCUAAUUCUAACCCUACUCUACCUCUACCCCUAACCCUUCCCUAACCCUACCCCAUCCCCAGGGGUCAAGUCCUGGGGAAUAAAGUGUGGGAACUCUCCCAAGAUCCCCCCUCCACCCCCCCAAAAAAAUAAUAUACACUUGUAUAUAUAUAUAUAUAUAUAUAUAUAUAUAUAUGCAUGCACACACACUGACACACACACAUAUAUACACGCAUGCACACACACACACAUACACUCACAGACACACACACAUACACUCAGACACACACACACAGACACUCACAGACACACAGACACACACAGACACUCACACACUCACAGACACACACACAGACAUACACAGACACACAUACACUAACAAAUAAUUUAUUUUAAAUUAGAAAAUGUCCACCCAGUCCCCCUACCUGGAGAGCUGGCGUGGAUCUGUCCCUGGGGUCCAUUGGGGCUUCAGUGCGGGAGGGAGUUGUGUUCUCUCUGCUCCCCCUCGGCGUCUGGGCUGUCUGCUGAUGCCGGGAGCCGGAAUAUGAAGUCAUAUUCCGGCUCCCGGCAUUAGCAAAUGGCGCGCGGCAAGAGGGAGCAGAGAGCUUCCUCGCCGCAUGUGAUAUGGAGACAGAUGCCUGCCGAGGUAAGGGGGUCCAUCAGGUGACCUCUUGGGCCCCCAUGACAGGUGGAACACGGGGGGCAUUUGGGGGGGCAUUUUUUGCCGCCCCCUGAGUACCUGCAGCAACAGCCUCACUCUCUUGUUUUGCCACUUUUCAGAAAUCCGAAGCACUUCGGCACUUACGAAUGUCCGAAUUUCCUGUAAUUCGUGCAAAUUCACAUUCAGACUGAAACAAAUUGCACAUAUCUACCAGGCAGUGGGUAGGACUAUAUUUACUUUUCUUUCCUGCAGAUUAUAUGCUUUUUAUGUCGCGCAGUAAGCUAAGAUAACCAGAGCAUCCACGGAAAAUUUCCCUGACCCAUCUUUCUUGGAAUCUGAAGAUCUUCACACAUGAAAUUCACCCAUACAUGACAAUUUCUGACAUAUAUUCACGUAAAAGUCUUCAUAAAGACUAACUACUUUUUAAUUUAUUUACGAAUUUGUUCGUUUUUUGUUUUUUUUCUAUGAUGGAACCUGCUUAAAGAAUGUUAGCUCGUUUGAGCAGGGUCCUCUCCAAUCUAUCGUUCCUGUAAGUUUUUUGUAAUUGUCCUAUUUAUAGUUAGAUUCCCCCCUCUCAUAAUAUUGUAAAGUGCUACGGAAUCUGUUGGCGCUAUAUAAAUGGCAAUAAUAUUAAUAAUAUUAAUAAUAUGCAGUCCAUCUACUCUUAAUUCUUAAAUAGGAACAUGUUACCCUGAGGAGGAGUAUAGGCUUUUACAACCAAUUAGAAGAUAUCCGUCAUAAUUUCUUCUGAGAACUCCCAUCUCACUCUUUAUGCGUAUUUUCAAUAACCUUUUUCACUCUGAAAGCAGCCUUUUCCCUGUUUUGUAAAGUGACCACAACAGCAUUAAUGGAUUGUUUUGAACAAAUUUACUACUUUAAUCAUUCCUUGACUUUUAGACUGUUAGUGAUUAUUUUACUUCUACUUGAUAAAUAGCCCUCUCCACUGCGGGAUUAACAACAACUGGCAUGAUAAAGAUGAGAAUUGAUUUAUCCUGCUGGUUGGCGAAUGGCUUCUUGCAAUUAAUGUUUCAAGAACCCAACAAGAAUUAUUAUAUAUAUAGCACGUGUUUUCUAAUUUUAAUUCUAUAAUUGUGUCAUAAACCUGAAGAACAUAUUAAGUUCAAUUCUGAAUUGAUUAUGAAAAAUAAGAACCUGAUUUUUCAGGUUUGCCUUACUUCCCUGUCAUGUCCUUCUUCUUUUUGAAAACACCAGGAGAGAAAGAUCAAUUAGUUGGUUAUGGUUGCCACGUUCAUGCCAAUAUCCGAUGUGCUUUGCAUGCCCAGUAGACAGGUUUUUGGAUGGCACUGUGUCUACUAGACAUGUGCAAUUCGUUUCGGUCCGAAUAUUAAUUCGGACGAAUUUCGGGCAAUUCGGACAUUCGGGUACUUUGGAAUGGCCGAAGUGCCGAAUUGCCGAGGUCCCGAAGUUCAGAAAUUACUGAAUUUCCGAAGUGUCGAAGCUCCGAAGUGCUGAAGUGCCGAAGUUCCGAAGUUGCCGAAGUGUCAAAGUGCCGAAGUGCCAAAGCAUAGUAUUGUCUAAGUACUAAUAUACUUACCCAGUGAAAGAAGAAGAAUGUAACAUUCUAUACAAUUUUAAAUAAAAAGUAUACAAACAUAACCAGGAUUCAGCUGUAAGCAUUUGCAACACUUACAACAAUCAAGUAACAUACAUUCAUAUAAAAUGUAAGUUACUUAGCCUGUCUAUGUAAUGACAGGAAUGAAUAAAUAGAUAACUCCCUAAUUCCCACGGUAUAAGGGAGCUAUCUACUAAAAGGCUGAAAGACCUAAAUUGGUCUUUCAGCCAAAUUUACUAAUACUAAGUAAAGAUUACUUAGUAGUAGUAAAUUAUGCCCCUACUUGCUAAACCGCGAGUAGGGGCAUGUCUAUUAAACAGUGAGCAGCCUGUGGCAAAAAACCCCAAAAAGUCCUGCCUCCCCCUCCUAACCUGAAGGGGGGACCUAUUGCCCCCCCCGGCCCCCACCCCUGAGCGUGGGAAAGUUCUUUGGAAUUUUCCCACGCUGUGUAAUUUGACUCAUAACUCUCUGAUUGGUGGAUUAAGUAACCAAUCAGAGAAUUAUGAGUCAAAUUACAGAGCGUGGGAAAAUUCCAAAGAACUUUCCCACGCUGUGUAAAAUGACACAGAGCACUCUGAUUGGUGGAUUUCAAGCCAACCAAUCAGAGUGCUGUGACAGGUAAAUGUAGAGACUUACCUGUCAGUGCCUUCAUUUACCUGUCAGAGCACUCUGAUUGGAUGGCUUAAACCCACCAAUCAGAGUGCUCUGAGCCUAAUUGCAGGGCGGGGCAAGGCUUUAUAAGCCUUCCCCCUGCCUUGCAGAGCUCAGUCUGCGCAGAGCCCUUGCCGGGUGAAGAUGGAUUAUUAUUUUUUUGAGCUCUUUUUUAAAAAAAAAUUUUUUUUUUAAAUUGCGUCGGUUAUUAUGUUUUUUUAUUUGGCCUUUUUUGGGGCUGAAAAAAAAGAAGAUUUUCGAAGAAUGAAAACAUCGAAUGGUAAGUUUUAUUAUUAUUUUUUUUUUUACAGGUACUUAGUUAACCCCUUAAGGACAGAGCUUCAGAAGCUUGUCUUUCACUUAAUGACAACAGCAUUUUUUUCAUUUUUUGCUGUUUGCGUUCAACUGCAAUUUGCAUUUUUACUAAUUUAUUGCACCGAUACAUAUUACAUAUCGUUUUUUAAAGGACAGAAAGGGCUUUAAUUUGAUGUAACACACAGAUAUAUAAAUGCUUAUUUAUUAUAAAAAAUACAGAAAAACGCAAAAAAAAAGAAAAGUUUAGUUUUUAUUUUUUUACAGUUUUUGCAAUAAUAAUGUGUGCAUAAUUAGUGCAGGUUAAGGAAAGUAAUUAAAAAUAAAUUCAUUUAGUUGUUCUGAUUUACAGAAUAUAUAAUGUGUCUGGGAUUUUAAGGUUUUUUUUGGUAGUCACAGGUCACAAAGCACAAGGAGUAAAAUAAACUUUUAAUGUGGAGCGAUUUUAGAAUUUGGUAUUAAUAGCCAUAAAAGAAAACAAACAAAAUUGCCACACAAAAGUAUAUAUUUAUAUAAAGUAGACAUCACAGGCUAUUUACGUAGGGUUGUUUUGACACUUUCUACGUAGCCAUUUCACCGCCAACCUCUGCUAAAUAUUGGAGUAAAAUUGUGUUUUUCUUAAAGUUGGUGUGUGCUAUUCAUGUACAAAGUUUUAGUUUGUGUUCAGUUACAUCUGCUGAGUAAAAUGACACCCCCAUUGUAUGUCUUUGGCACUAUUUCGUGAAGCUACAGUGUCAUUUGGAGACCUGUCCUUUUCAGUAUUCACAGUAGUAUUUUGAGAGACGGAUUUAAUGAGCCAAUGCUUCCAUUUGGGGUAUUAUAUCAGUUUAACUGUUCAAAAAAAACCCACAAAGGCCUACCAUUCGUAAAAGUAGACACUCCAGGGUAUCUCAUAAGGUGCAUAUUGUGCCUUAACAUGCCCCCAUUGUUUCACCAAUAUAUGCUAAAGUAUGUGAUAAAAAAUAAUUUUGUGCGUUUUUUUCAUAUGGAUUGCAUUUUUGCUGGGCAUUUUGUAUAUUUCACAUGUGCCACUAAGUUCAAACCCCCCAAAUUAUGCUCGGCUAAUUCCUCUGAGUAAAAAGACACCCCCAUUGAAUGUCUUUGGCACUAUUUCGUGAAGCUACAGUGCCAUAUAGGAGACCAAGCCAUAUCAGUUUUUACCGAACUUUGAAUUUUGACGCUGGGCCCAUGUGCAAUUUCCAUCUUAGCAGGGUUUAAAUUCAAACUACCCCACAAAGGCCUACCAUUUCUUAAAGUAGACACCCCAGGGUAUUUCAAAAGGUAUAUUUUGAACCUUAGUGUGGGAUCAUUUUUCCGCUAGCUUGUACCAAGUGUAGUGGUAAUAAGUGUUUUUUCUGCCUUUUUGACACACAAAGUGAGUUUGCACAGUAUAUUUUGCAAACCUUAUGUGUGCUACCAGUGUAUAAUACUUCAUAUGUUGCUCAGCUAUGUUGGCUGAGUACAGCAAUACCCCCGUAUGUACCUUUGCCAGGUAUAUGUGGACAUCGGAGGGGCACAUUUGGGGCACAGCCAUUCCAGUUUUGUUUUUCAAACUUUACAUUUUUACGCUGUGCCCAUGUCCCAUUAUAGAGUAUUUUACCAGGCUAUAUAAUCCAAAUACCCCAUAAAGCCAUACCAUUUCUUAAAGAAGACAUCCUGGGGUAUUUAAAAAGGCAUAUUUUGAACCUUAGCGUGGGAUCAAUUUUCCACUAGCUUGUACCAAGUGUAGUGGUAAUAAGUGUUUUUUUUCUGCCUUUUUGACACACAAAGUGAGUUUGCACAGUAUAUUUUGCAAACCUUAUGUGUGCUACCAGUGUAUAAUACUUCAUAUGUUGCUCAGCUAUGUCGGCUGAGUACAGCAAUACCACCGUAUGUACCUUUGCCAGGUAUAUGUGGAUGUUGAAGGGGCGCAUUUGAGAUGCAGUCAUUCAGUUUUUUUCUAACUUUAAAGUUUUACGCUGUGUCCAUGUUCCAAUUUGGAGUAGGAUCCCCCCCUAUUGGUAUUUAGGGCCCACACCCACCGCUCAGGGGUGGGGACCAGGGGCGAGGACCUUAGGUCCCCCCCUUUUUAAUAUUUAGGGCCUCCACCCUCCUGCUCAAGAGUGGGCACCUGGGGGGAGGACAUUAGUUCCCCCCCCUUAUUCCAAUUUAGGGCCCCCACCCGCCGCUCAGGGGUGGGGGCCGGGGGGAGGACAUUAGUUCCCCCCCUUAUUAGUAUUUAGGGCCCCCACCCGCCGCUCAGGGGCAGGGGCCAGGGGGGAGGACAUUAGGUCCCCCUCCUUAUUCCAAUUUAGGGCCCCCACCCGCCGCUCAGGGGUGGGGGCCAGGGUGGAGGACAUUAGGUCCCUCCCCUUAUUAGUAUUUAGGGCCCCCACCCACCAUUUAGGGGUGGGGGCCGGGGGGGAGGACAAUAGGUCCCCCCCAACAUUUUACUUUAGGGCCCCCACCCGUCGCUCAGGGCAGAUCAGUGCUGCUCACUGUUUACUAGACAUGCCCCUACUCGCGGUAUAGCGAGUAGGGGCAAAAUUUACUAAUACUAAGUAAUUUUUACUUAGUAUUAGUAAAUUUGGCUGAAAGACCAAUUUAGGUCUUUCAGCCUUUUGGUAGAUAACUCCCUAAUACCGUGGGAAUUAGGGAGUUAUCUACUAAGUGGCUGCAAUAGAAGUCCCGAAGUGCUGAAGUCCCGAAUUUCCGAAGUACCAAAUUUCCGAAGUGUUGAAGUGCCGAAGUCCCGAAUUGCGAAAAUCCAGAAUUUCGGAAUGCCAAACCGAACCGAAAAUUUGCCCCAUGCACAUGCCUAGUGUCUACUCAGCUGCAGGUGCCUGGCUGGCCAACAUUCCUCCACAUUAGGACAUACCAGCUAUCGUCAUUAUUAAAAUAUACCUCAUUCUGUAUGGUUACCCUUGUGAUCCUGUAGAGGUAGAAGGAGAUAGAGUCACUGCUAAUGAAUUGGGAAAAUUCAAUAAUAAAGUUCCAAUAAACAUAGAAUGUGAUAUGACGACAGAAACAUUCGGCCCAUCUAGUCUGCCCAAUUUUCUAAAUACUUUCAUUACUCCCUGGCCUUAUCUUAUAGUUAGGAUAGCCUUAUGCCUAUCCCACGCAUGCUUAAACUCCUUUACUGUGUUAACCUCUACCACUUCAGCUGGAAGGCUAUUCCAUGCAUCCACUACCCUCUCAGUAAAGAAAUACUUCCGAAUAUUAUUUUUAAAGCUUUGCCCCUCUAAUUUAAGACUAUGUCCUCUUGUUGCGGUAGUUUUUCUUAUUUUAAAUAUAGUCUCCUCCUUUACUGUGUUGAAUAAAUUAAAAUUGGGUAAACUGGAGGAAUUAUUAUGCCUGAAAAGCAGUCAGUACAUGGCAUUGUUUUUUUAUACUAUGAUUGUGUCUUGACUGUUUAACUCAUGUUUCAAAUAAAGGUUAUUUUUUACACUAAAUGAACUCCCAUAACAACUUCCUCUCAAUUAAGUCAUUAAUUGCAGUCCCUUGGCAUCCUCUUACCUUACAAGGUUUAACAGUUUUAGUCCAACGAUGCCUCCUCUGCCCUCCUCCCGGUCGCUGAACUGAUCCAAAAGGUUUGCCUGAGGUGCCUGUAGCCACUCAUUACAUAUAACAGUAUAUAUAGUUACUCAAAUCUGAUACACACUGACACAAUACACGUAUAUACUAACCCGUACAGACACAUAUUCACACAUACAUAUAUUUAAUAACUAUAAUAUCCCUUUUCUCUUCCCUGAUACAUCUUUUACUCAGUGAGAAAGUCUUUGUUCUCCUUUGGUGUGCACCUGUACAUAUACGACCAAUGCAGGCCAGGUUAUGGCAUCACAUCCAGGCACCUGCCUUCUGUCCUAGUAAUAGCUUGUGUUUACUAUUGUACUUACUGACAGUAACUCUGCAAAGUUGCAUUGAAGUAUCUGGUUGCUAUUAAUGCUCUUUCCAGUACCCAUAAAUGCCGGUGUGAUAGCCACUCAUUUGCAUCGCUCACACCUGUGAAAUUCUCCAAAGUGCAGUACCUGGGGUGAAUGCCCUGCUCACCACUUCCAAAAUACAGGUACAUCUGAUCUGAAUGCAGGCUCACGGUAUAUUUUUACAAUAGUCGUUCCUCUACAUAUUCUUGUGAUUUAUUUUCUAUCCUUAUUUCCCAAAUCAUGGUGAAAUGAAACAAAAGAACAAAGACAGUAAUACGCCUGUGAAAAUAUAUGGAUUUAUUAAAUGCUCUGCUGCUGUUUUACAGACUAUACUAAAAAUUCUAUCUCACUUAAUUGUAUUGAACACAUGUAUAGCACGCGUUUUAUCUUACACUAUAUUGCUUCAGCUGUGAAAUAAAAAUAACUGCAGACAAUAACGGUGCGUUUUCAUCUCUUCAUCCUUGAUUUCAGAGAAUGGACACAAAAGAUGUAAAUCUGUUAGCGGAAUUUGAUAUUGCCUUCAAAGCCUUCUUUUUUUUCUUCUGAAAUGAAAACAGAUGUGACCUUUUCGGCUUCUGACUUACUUUCUAAAUCUAACUGAAUAUGAGAAGAGAACUUUUACGUUUGAGAUUUAAUUGCUAGAGGGAAAUGGAGUGGUGAAAAACAAAAUAGAUUCCUAUGGUGCUGCUUUUUCAUUCUACGUUUGUGUUUCUUUGCCUGUGUAGAUGAACUCAUGGAAACACAAGUUAAUGGUCGUUCACCACGGCAUGGUUGACUCGUCUUUUGUUUUGUGUAUGGUUUAGAUGUCCAUUACUGUCGUUAUUCCUUUUGGACAUCUGACACAACUGCAUUACGUUUUUAUAAAAUGGGUGUUUGAAAACCACCAAUCUCGUUAAAGCUUUAAACUUGUCAUUACAAACAGCAAGCAGUAUAUACUGCAACCUGUUUUAACUGAUAUAUUUAGAUCUUUAGCAGUUUAAAUGUGCUAUUUUACAAACAAAUAUGUUUUAAAAAAAAUUAGCGAAAAGACAUGUUAUACAACUUUUUGGGUCUCCAUUUUCCUAAAGGACCCUCAAGAUUGGGGUGGUCUACUCAAGAUCACUCAGAUUUAGUGUGGCGUCAAUAAAAAUGAUUUAAACAAACAUAUAUUGAAAUCAUUAGUUUGUAAAUAUUUAAUAAAUGACAAUAAUAAACAAUACAAUUCUCAUAUUAAAACUUACCUAUGAAUGUCAUCUCAUUCACCUGUCUUUGCUGAUCUCCUGUACAACUUCUGAAAACAAUGGGAGAAGCCACUCACCCAGUACCACUCACACCCUCACUUACUCAACACCGCUCAGAUCCUCACUUACCCAAUACCACUCAUACUGUAGUUAGGAUUGCAAGUUUUUCUCUAAUCAGUCUUUAAAUUAUAACACUGAUUAAUCAACAUAAUCAGACAUUUAAUCAUAAAAAAAAGUAAAAAUUAUCUUGAUAUACUUGGGCAGUAUCUAUUGGUGUUUUUUGUAAAGACUUAAUUUUAGUGAAUUGAAAAUCAAACUCCAGUAUGAAAUAUUCAAGCUGUGACUAUAGCCGUGUUGGUGAUUUUUUUCUGCAUAAACUGCUUUAGACUGAAUUUUGUUCAGGUUAAUAUUUCGGUACAUUUCACUAUAAUUCCGCACGCACGCACGCACGCACGCACGCACGCACACACACACAGACACUGCUGCUAAUACAAAUGUGAUGGAAAGGUCUAUGACACAAUUGCUGUGGAGCUGAAUUGUUACUUCUUUGUGACAUGUUUAAAUGCGGACCAUUUGUGAAUCUCCCUCUUUGGUUUUCCUUCCAAGACAUUUUUUUAUAUUAUUUAAAUGCAACUUAAAUAGUGUUCUGAUGGUUCCUUAAUAUUUUCCAUAAGGUCAUUCACAUCAUGUAUCAUAUGCCACUGCAGUGCAGUCUCGGUAUCAUUGCCACCUAACCAUUGAAGAAGCUGACUGUAGGCUAAAUCCAAACCAUUUAUAAAAAGAUACUGUUAGAAGAAGAUAGGAUUGAUUCAACCCCAUCCGAUCAUCACUAACAAUGACACAGCCAUAGAACUGAGUAGCCAAAACAAAAUAUAUAUAUAUAUACUUACAUAGUGAAAUAAAUAUAAAUUGCUGAAACCAUUAAUAAUCCACGUUUUAUACCUUCCUGUUCUAAAUCAGUUUAAGAUAGUAGCAGUAUGCCAGCAGCAAAUUAUUUAUUGCAGAUCAAGGACGGGUACACGUGCAAUGCUUGGCAGUAAUCAGCUUCUGUGCAUUGGCAUGGAACAGUUAAUGUACUUACCUACACUAAGCAACAACGAGCCAACAAACUCAUUUCAAAUGAAAUAUUUUCCUAAAGAAAUCUGAUUUUCUUAUCAAUGCAAGUAAUAGAAACCAUUCCAAACCCCUAAAGUCGUGGCGAUUGCUGAAGUAGUUUAUUGUUAAUAUUGUCUCCCCCUCUGUCUUAAUUCAUAAAAGUGGGGGUUUCAAGAAAAACUUGCAUUUUUAUAAAGCUGGCAGUGGGGCACACACUUUGAUGUCAGGGUGCCAGGAGGGUUCUCUCCCUCACAUACAUUGCCCACAUGCAUAGUGCUGACAAAGCUCAUAUUAAAGGAAAUACCCCAAAUUAGUGUGUUAAAUAAUGCAUUUGAACUGCACUUAAAGGGGUACUCCAACUACCAAAACCGCUACAGCCUUCUAUAAUGGUUAUGAUGGUAGGAUUACCCUGUCACUGUUCACCUGUAGUGGAGCAAAUUAUUUUACUGUGGUUUGCCCUCUUACCGGUCUCCUCUGCAGCAGGCUUAUGAUUUCUGGAUUCUAUAUAACAGAAGCUGGAUGCCGAUCCUCUCAUUCGUUGGCUGAGAGAACCAAUUGAUUGCUCUCAACCAAUAGCUGCCCCCAUGCAUAACAAUAUGCACAGAAUUGACAUUAGCCAGGCUUCCUAAUGAUACCCCAAUGACUCUACCCGAGAUGGAGCUACACUGACAGCAGUGAAUGGGGUUAAGCUCAAUAUUUUCAGCGUUUCCUAACAAAACGCUGCACAUACAUACUUCAGGCAUCAAAACCACUUCAAAACACUGAAGUGGUGAUGGUGCUCGGAGUAACCCCUUUAGGAUUGGGGUCCAGAGUCAUGACUUUUGUGCUGAAUUUAUAUCAGUCUUGACAUCAUAUGUGACAUUGUUUUUAGAACAGAAAAGGUGGAUUUAUUGAGCAAAGCUAAUUACUGUUAAAACGCUAAACAUGAUUAAUAAUAAAACACCCAGGAUAAUGCUGUAAAUCACCCUACACUUUCCACCAAACACGUGUUAGUGUCUGGAGUACCCCUUUAACCCGUUAAGGACACAUGACAUGUGUGACAUGUCAUGAUUCCCUUUUAUUCCAGAAGUUUGGUCCUUAAGGGGUUAAUUGCUUGAGAUAUUUUUCCACUCGGAUGGGACAAUCUGUGACCGUGGUUUUCCUGUGGGCCAGCACUGGCCGGUGGUAUAAGAAAGGCUGAUUGAUAUGAUUGAUUUUCCUUGCAGCCGUCUCCUCCUGUUUAUAAAUGGGCCAGUGACCACAAGGGAGGCAACCAGGUUUUUAUAGAAUUUCUGGCCUAUUUCUCCUUGUAGAGAAAUUUGUUUCUCAGGAAAGUGCAGAUGGAGUUGAGAAAGAAAGGGUUAAUGUAACAGUAUCACCCACUAUCCUUUUGCAUAAUAAAGAGCAGAUAAUAUAUCACAUGGGAACUGAUUUUGCAGAUGCCUUUCCACAAUCGAAAAUCUGGUACUUCCCGUCAUCUAAUAAACCCUCCAGAGCCUUAACAAAGAUACGUUGUGCGUUUAAAAAAUGUUUUUAUUAUUAACAUUUAUAUAGCGUCUGCAUAUUAUAAAACGCAUUUCAGUUAUAGAAAGGGGAUAUUUAGAGGUGAAGAAAGCCCUGUUCAAAUAAGCUUACAAUCUAUGAAGAUUUGAGCUAGAUGAAUAUAGAAAUAUAUAUAUUUGACUGAGAUCAUCUGACCAGUUCUAGAGCAGUGAUAAGUACUUAAACCUUAUCCUUUAAAGGGACACUAUAGUUACCUGAACAACUUUAGCUUAAUGAAGCAGUUUUGGUGUAUAGAACAUGCCCCUGCAGCCUCACUGCUCAAUCCUCUGCCAUUUAGGAGUUAAAUCCCUUUGUUUAUGAACCCUAGUCACACCUCCCUGCAUGUGACUUGCACAGCCUUCCAUAAACACUUCCUGUAAAGAGAGCCCUAUUUAGGCUUUCUUUAUUGCAAGUUCUGUUUAAUUAAGAUUUUCUUAUCCCCUGCUAUGUUAAUAGCUUGCUAGACCCUGCAAGAUCCUCCUGUAUGUGAUUAAAGUUCAAUUUAGUGAUUAAGAUACAAUUAUUUAAGGUAAAUUACAUCUGUUUGAAAGUGAAACCAGUUUUUUUUUUCAUGCAAGGCUCUGUCAAUCAGAGCCAGUGGAGGUGUGGCUAGGUCUGCAUAAACAGAAACAAAGUGAUUUAACUCCUAAAUGACAGUGAAUUAAGCAGUGAAAUUGCAGGGGAAUGAUCUAUAUACUAAAACUGCUUUAUUUAGCUAAAGUAAUUUAGGUGACUAUAGUGUUCCUUUAAUUUGGUAUUCAUGUGCAUUUACGGAUGAAUGAUCAACCAACAAUUUUCUAAUCAAGAUAAAGUUUUAAAGCAAAUAUUUACAUACUUUCAGCACUGCUCAUUGUUUUUACCCAUUAUGACUCACAGCGUCGCUUUUCAAACCAAGCAGAUUGAACGGAAGAACAAAAAGAGAUUCAAAUAUUGUCCAAAGUCCCUUUCCAGGCUUCCCCAAACUCUGGCCCUCCAUAUAUUGCUUAACUACAACUCCCAUGAUUCUCAGCCUAUCUAUUUCAUUCAUAGAAUCAUGAGAGUUGUAGUUCAGCAACAUCUGGAGGGCCGGAGUUUGGGGAAGCCUGCGACAGUUCGAAGUCAGGGCAUUAUCUGUGCUGGUGUUUGACCACCGGCAAAUGGAAUGCAAGAAGCAGUGUUUUCUCCUUUUCCAAAUCACAUCUUGUCCAAAGUUCCAGUAGACUUUUCUAGCUUAGAUUUUCUUAUUUUCUAGAACUGAAUGGAUUGGGACAAAGCAGUGAAAAGGGACUUUGUUUUUUUUUGUUUUUUCAGUUCCAGUCGAUCGUUCUAGUGUGGACUUAUCUUAUUUCUUUCCAGAACACCAAAAUUGGAUUAGGAUAAUGCAAUGAAUAGAGAUUUUGUUUAGUUUUUGCCUUUCUGUUUGAAGAGUCUGUUGGAUAUACUCAGCACCUGCUGAAGAUAACACGAUUGGCCUAGCGAAAUAUAAAUAUAAAUAUAUGUAUAGAAAAGUAUGUAUAAAAAGUCACAGGAGAUAAAUACGUAACCAUAACAACAGACAGAAGUGUGAUCUUAUGGGAAGAUACAUUUAGGGGUUCAGUGCUCAGUGUUGGUCCUAAUAAGCAAGUCUAAUUUCAGUUGUCUUUUACAGAAUUGGUACUAAGUGAUGGGUAGAGACAAACUUGUGAGAGGGACUACUGGGAAGAAAUGUGGAAGAAAUAUGUUCAUAACAAACUUUGUGUUGCUACUCUGACAUGUCUACUACAUUCCCAAUGUGAGAGCCAAACAUGUACUGCAUCAUUUCUAUUCUUUUUAGUUAAAAUUUAAUUGGAUUUCCCCCCCUGUUAUUGCUCUACAGCUGCAAUAAUAUUAUUACAGUUACACUCCAAUGCCAAAAUACUAAAUUAAUAAAAAUCACUUUUAGUAGAUAUAACCUAAAUGAAAACUUGCAUGCAUCUAGUUAUGUAUUUUUUUAUUUAUUGGAAUUACAUCUAAAAUAAGCUUGUAAAAACUGCAGUUCUCUUGUCUGUUGUCUUUGCAAGCUCUCCACUUCUAACCCUCCCAGAAUUUCAGUGGCUGUCCAAUUACAGACUUUCCAAUACAGCUGAGUAAGAAGUCUUUGUAAGUCAGGUGCCUCGCGGCGAUUGCUGCCUCUUGAUGUCAGCUGCGUUAAGCUAACGAAACCAGGAAGUAACAUGACCCGUUAUCUGCUUGAAAGCCAAGGGGUGUAACCAGGAUAAUUCAUAAAAGUGUAAAUUUCUGUGGAAAUCUGCAUUUUUGCAAAAUGGAAAAAAAAGGACACCCUUUGUAUUUACACUAUUUUUACUGCGCUCUCUUGUCUGUACAUUUCAUUAAACUAGGAAUGUUUUGUUAAUUGUGGCCACAAGCAGUUUUUAAGCUUUGCUAAAGCCGCACUCACUGCAUUCAUUACAUUUUUUUUUCUCGUUUUUUCACGUUUCAUACAUCUCUGCCAUAUUUGUAUAUGUUUUCACACUAUCAAUAUUUAAUCUGCAUAAAAUAAACUACUUGGUAUAAAUCAAUCUGAACAUUAAGGGGUCCUCUGCCAAGAAAUGAAUGUUUCACAGUUCAUUAGUAACUUUUCUAUGUGAUUUUCCAUUGAUUGACAUCAAUGUCAAUCCAUUUUAUAUAUUCUUGUCUAGCAGUUGUUUUAUACUUCGCUAAUAAAAAAAAAGACAAAUUAAAAUGGCUGACACCUGUCAGUGAUUUACUGUGGAAUCUCUAUGACGUUACCCAAUUAAUCAAUUACUAUUCCCACACACCCAUUAAAAUGGAGAAUACACGAAAACUUACCUGCAUAUGUGGUGUGGCCAUCCUAAACUACAUGGUUCAGGGACCUGGUGGCGGGAGUCUUGCCGAGACCAGUGGAAUUGAAACCGCGGACCUACUUACUAUUAUACAGACAGUAUUAAUUGGCCGAGGGUUUCAGCUAACACUGGAAUACAAAUUUCUAAAAUGUAAAUAUUAGUUAAAGGAUCACUAAAGGAACCCAGACCACCUGGGGUGCAGCAGCGUUUUAGUUUAGUAGAUAUGGCAUGUUAUGUUAUGAUUGGCGAGCACAGUGAUUUGCUGCACAUGUAAACCAGCCUUCUAAUGCUUCCUUGUUGGUUGGAUUGAAUUGGCUGAGAUCAUGAAUUUUGAUGAUCUCAGCCAGGGAGGUAAGGCACCACGUGAGAGAGGUAGGCACACUCCAAAAUAGGUAGGAUAAAACUAUAGUGUUUAUCUAUGAGAUUGUACUUCUAAAACAAAGUACAUAAUUAUCUUAUAUUUUGCAAUAAAUAUUGAGAUUUUAGAAAUGUGCAAUGUGACUACCAAUGAUUGAGGGUCACCCAGAUUUAGUGAAGUGGUCAAAUGUGUGCAGCAGAAAACUAAUCAAUAUUCAACAAAUUAAUCUUGAUUAUCCUAGAUUAUGUAUAAAACACAGGGUCUGAAAAUAGCCUAAGAAGUUGUGCAGUAACAGAAAUACUCAGCUGAAGUACCUGCAGGAUGUUACAAUUGUAGGCAAGCGGUGGGAUCACUUCUUGGCUAUGAAGCACAUCCUAACUACCAUGGACAUGGAAUAAACUGUGAGCAAUACACCAGCUUGAAGAGGGGUACCCUAGAAGGCUUGAUGGAAGCUUAUUGUUUUGUAGCCCGCAAUCUGACCAAAAAAGGCUUAAUCGAGAUACUCAUGGAGGGCGACCAAAUUUGAUUGGCUGAUGAAACAGUGGCUGUGCUACUAUGGCUCAAAUCUCUCCGAAGCAGCCACCGGAGAGGUCAUGGCAGAUGUCUUAAGGACCCUGGAGCAGCAGUCGGAGAGAGGUGAGAGAAACCCCUCAUGGUGCGUGGAGACAUCUCGACAGACUGAAUUUGAGGAGAGAAACCGACUGCCUUGCUUACAUUGCAUUUAAGACUUUCAAUGAUGUGGAGCGAGAUAUCGAUGGACAUCUAUGUGAUCAUAAGACUAAAUGUGGGUUACAACAGUUGCCGAAAGAGGAUUGGAUCACCAUACUGAUGAGCAAACUCUCAGGUUGGGCAGCCAAGCCCUACUGAACUGUGUCCGAUGAGGAGUACAACGAUUAUGAUCGUGUGAAAGCAAGACAUAUAUAAGCAACAAUUUCGGAUCUAAGAAACACUGAAGGUCGAACCUUCACAGAGUGGGGCCGCCAGAUGCAGCAGGCGGUCGAGAGCUGGAUGCAGGGGUGCCAGGUAACUACUGUAGCCAAGACGGUUCAAAUCAUCCUAUUUGAACAAUUUCUCAACUCUGUCCCCCCUGACAUCCAGGAUUGGGUUCAGGAUCACCAGCCCCGGUCCCUCCAAAAAGCAACUAACUUGGCAGAUGAGUAUCAGUCAGUCAACCCAUAUCACCUCCCUCAAGGAAUGUCAGCACCGGUCCCAAUCAGAGACUCCCUUCAGUCUGAACUCAUCUGCCCAGGCAGGCUGGACCCUGGUUCUAUAAAUGGGACAAUUGUGCCAGAGAUGCCCAAUCUUGUCACAAGUUGCAACUGAGACCUACCUGGAGUCGGGCAACCCUCCAACCGAGCCGGGCUUGGGCUCAACAUCGCUAUGGAGGAAUCGCUGUUUCUUGAAGAGGACUGGGGAGUACUUUACGAAGAUGACCCAGUACAAGCAGCAUCUGGCGACAACCAAUACCGUCAUCGGAAGGCCAAAUGGGUGAAUGGGCGGGCUUCCCAAGGGUUACGGGACAUUGGGACUAGAAUUACACUGGUGCAACCUUGAUUGGGAUGUGGGUGCUUUGGAUGUGAAUGUAUCCAACCAGGUAGUUGAGUGCUGCACACUAGUAUCUUGAUACACUGGGGCUCUAUGGGGGAGGUCCGCUAAUCCCCCAAAUAAAUCCAGAAAUAUAGAGUCACAGGCUACACAGUGCAGGGUGAAGAGUAAUUUAUAUUUAAUUAUGGCCCAAGAGACAAAACAAAGAUACAGUGUUUCAGCCAUGAGGCCUAAAUCAUGUAUGUGGAUGUAGGCAUUAUGAGUAGCCUGUCUGCUGAAGUACUAUUGGGGAAUGACCUAGGCUGGCUUACCACCUAGUACCAACCGGACCACCUCGCAACAGGCCUGCAGAGCAGUGGAUUCCACGCUGGAUAGGACCCGGGUUAGAUUGAUUUUCCAAGACCCUACAGUGACUGCCCGGCCUAUGAAUUGGACAUCCCAGAUUACUUUAUAUGUGAGAUGGAGACAGACCCGACCUUGGCAUCCUACCGUAGAUGGGCUGAGGUGUCCCUUGGGGGAAGGCGGAGGAGGAAGCCAUGGUCUGGGAAAGGGGGUGGCUAUAACAGGUGACUGAUGGUAUGGUGCUGGGGCUGUGAAAAUCCCCAAGCAACAACAGGUUUUAGGCCUGAACUUUUUCACAUCGCCCAUGACAUUACCCUAUCAGGACAUAUAGAUACCAAAAAGACCUGACUCUGACUGACCCAAAACUUCUUUUGCCGGGUGUUACCAGUGAAGCUAGAGUAUUAUUGCUGUGGAGCUCUGUUAGACACACCAGCAACAUGGAAUCUAGAAAUAAGGUGCAUUAGGAUAGAACAGAGGGACAAAGAGAUUUGGGUUCAAAGUAGGGACUGUAUUGUACCUCCUAAAUAGGGACACUUGGGAGGUAUGGUGAAUGUCAGAGUUUAGAUCAAAAUAGCUAAGCACAAACCUAAAUAUACAUGUAAAAGAAAAUGGUGCAUCACAGGAAAAAAUUGUUAAAGAACAACUACAGUCACCAAGACCACUUAAUCUCAAUGAAAUGGUCUGGGUGCAGUGGUCUUGUCAUUUUACUCCUUCAAGGUAAAACAUUACCAUAUUGCAGAAAGGGCAAUGUUUAUCUUAAAGGGUUAAACACCUCUCUUGUAGCUGUCAUACUGUGAUAGCCGUUAGAGGCGAUUCCGCUGCAACGACUGAGUAAAACUCUGUCGCAUGACGUGGAAACACAAUGCUUUGCUCUGAGUAGUAUUGGAUGAACACACAGCGACCAUUGCCAGAUGAGACCUUAACUCCUCAAUGACGUUGUUAGAGGAGGAAAGGUGAGCAGCACAGCGCUUUAAAAAUGCACACAGUGGGGAUCUGUAUAUACCUAGGGACAGGGGCACUACAGUGUCACUAACGCUAUAGUGUUUAACUUAAUUUUGAAUGUUUUUAAAUGUUUUUUUCCAUUAUUUUAUUUCUAGAGAUUUGAUGCUUUAAACAAUAAAAAAAGAAAAGAUAUUAUGCAUAUUUUAUUUAUUUUAUUCACAUUCAUUAUAUCUCUCCAAAUAAAUAUUAUUGCAAAUGUAGCAUAUGACUGCACUUAGACUUAUUUCAUUAAAGCAUUUAAGUUUAAUAUAUUAUGAUUGUUUAUCAAGUUUAUUUGGUGCAGUGUUUUUUUUAUAGCAGUCUCAAGAGAUGUACAAACCAGAAUGAGGUCAGAAUUUUUCUUUGCCACUAAGUAAAUAUUAAUGGACAUUUGCCUCAGUUUACAACUUGUCUCCUUUUAUUAAAGGAAUUAAUCACCUUGGGUCCUGACCGCUUUUAGACAUUUUUCAAGAAAACGUGAUUUUAAACUCAAUCGCAGCUGGAUUACUGUCUGUUUUCAUAUUUAAAGUUUUACUGAAUCCCACCAGAAGUUGUCCAACAAUUUUUAAUUUUUUUAAAAUUGCUUUUACUAAGAAUUAAUAAUUUUACAAAUACUUAUUAUUGGUAGUCACCGAUUCUUAAUUGGUCACAUUUAUUUAUCUACUGGACAAUAAAUGUAUUCCCUAGAAAUAAUGAAUCCCUCGAAAUAAUGAAUAUAAUCUAUGAAUCACUUACUUGGUUAUUCUUUAAACUGUAAUUUGGUGGGAAUUGCCUUUUAUAAAAAUAUUUGGACAAAAUUCUCCAACUUUAAGGCAUUCUUUAACAAAGCUGUUUUCUUGGCACUAUAGUUUCUAAGGUGCCCGUCUUCCUCAUGCCCCCCUCCAGUGGCGCUGUUUAAACCCCUUCAGUCAUUUACCUGAAUAGAGCGCCGAUGUCCCUCAGUGCCAGGCUCUGCCCCCGCUACUCCCCCGCCGAUGUCAGCAAUGGCCUCGCUCGCAUUAGGAUUUACCCGAUGGAAAACAUUAUUAAAUUGGGAAAAAUCUGACGCUGGAAGUUCUCAUGCAGAGCAUGAGAAUGUCCAAGGUCAGAUAACGGACCAAAGGUCCAUUUCGGAAGUCUUCUAGUGGCUGUCUGGUAGACAGCCACUGGAAUGUCUGUCCCUUUAAGUAAGGUUCUGGCUUAGCUAUUUUUGGCUUAAAAUUUAACAUUCACCAUACCUCCCAAAUUGAAAGCAGGCCAAAUGCCUACUAAAUUGUUUCUGAACAAAUAUAUAAUUAGUUAGCCCUGUUGAUACCAUAAACAGUCAGUGGGCUCAAUAAAAACAAUAAUUACACAAAACAUGGAACCUUAGGACCACUCAUAUAUAUGAGACAGUUGAAUGGCUCCUUAUUUUCUUAUACUAUCCAUGUGUAUAAAUAUACCCCAGAGUUCCACAUCAAUAACUAUUACGGUAACCUGCACUGUGUUUAAGUGCUUCAAAGAGCUCCACAUUAAUAGAGCUCACAGGAAUGUGUGUUGGGUAUUAAUGGAUCACAGAGCUCCACCUCAAUAAAUAUUACAGUAACCUGCACUGUGUAUAAGUGCUUCAAAGAGCUCCACAGUAAUAGAGCUCACAGGAAUGUGUGUUGGGUAUUAAUGGAUCACAGAGCUUUACAGCAAUAAACCUUGAAAUUCUGUGCAUUGUGUAUGAAGGUAUCACAGAGCCUCACUGCAAUUAAAGCUAUGGGACUGGGCCCCCAUUACAGAUUCCUAAUCACCACGGCCCCAGUGCCCAUUGUUGGCACCUCAUACACAGUAAAGCCCUCUCACCAAGGGCACCUGCCCCUCCACCCAUGAGAAGCAAUGACUAUCAUAGGGCCUUCCUAAGCCCACCAAAGAGACCCCACUCCCAUCACAUCCUCACUCUUGUCCACUUUAGAUUUGUGGCCCAUUUUGUAUGUUUUUGCACCUUCUCAUGUUCUGCUGUGUGCAUCCUGUUACACUAUAAUUCUAAAUUCAUUGUGCAGUCUGCAGCCAGCCUGUAACUUAACCUGCCAAGUACUUACAGGUACUGGCUACUAAUGGCAAUAGUCAAUGUCAAUGCUGGCAAUGCAUCAUGGGAUUUUUUGAUUCUGCACUGUGGGGCUACCUUUUGGUCGUUCCUGUAGGCUGAUGCAUUUAAAUUUAUAAAAAAAAUUUCAUUUUAUUACUAUAUUUAUUUUUACUUUAUGCUAUAUACUUGUAAUUUAUUGUACACUUGAGCUGUUCUGACAUUGGCUUGGCUGUGUAUUGACUACGAGUUUAGCAGUAAUGAGAAGAACACUUGCAAAUAAAACAAAUUAAGUGAAGGAUGUAAUCCAUAAUAAAUGUCAUUUUACAGAGCCACAAAUAUUUGAGUUACAUAUGUUUCUAAUUAGCUCUCGGUCCCUUACUAGUGACCUUCUUAAAUACACAGUGACAUAGACCACUCAUCAAUAAGUCAUGAAGAUAAAUAAUACAUUAUCCAUCAUCAGGGCCCAUUUAAUAGACAUACGCUGCAUGAUAUAAACAUACAUACGUUGUAGUCAUUAAUGCAGCAUUGCCAUGCCACAACUCGCAAUAAAUGGCAUUGCAAUCUAUAAAAAUAUAGUAUAUAAACAUUUUUAUUAUAACAGAAGCAACUAACUGCUUAUUGGUUAAUCUGUAUCUUUAUCUAGAGAAUUAAAUAUGUUUCCUAUUUUAUUUCCCCUAAUCAUUUUGUUGGAAGAAAGUCUGCCCUUCCUAUUGUACCUAAAUUCAGGCAAUAAUUACAUUUUGAUCAUCUUUUUUUUUUAGUAGUUUUGGUGCCUAGAUUGCAGAUUAUGUACACUUUGCCUACAUAAAGUUGUAGCUGCUCAGCAUAAUAUAUAUUUAAAGUGAACCUGUUUUUGAAUUUUUUACUUUGCUGUGCAGUGCCCAAAUAAACCGUGUUUUCACUACCAUUCAAUUUCUCUUUUUUUUUAGCAAUACUCACCUCCUGCUUAAACCUUCCUGCGCUGCAGUCACCCCUCCUUCAUGGGCUGCAACCAGCUCUCAGCCACAGUCCUUCUUUGGGAAGCCUACUCUCGCAUCCCAAUGCCUGGCACAGCCCCCUUAUAUAACCCUGAAGUGCUGGCUUCAGACUUAUUACAUGAUCAUAGUGCAUGCACGCUUACAAUGCUUGAAGACAAGCAAUGGAUUCGUGCUAACAGACAUUGGCAUAGAGUCUAUGCCAAUUAUCUGAGUGACAGAAGUGGGGGCCGCCCAAUUUUUACAGAACUAACAAAAUGCAUAGACUGUUUUAAGAGAGGAAUUAAACUAUAUUAAAGGGACACUGUGGUCACCAAAACAACUUUGGCUUAAUUAAGUAAUUUUGGUGUGUAGAUCAUGCUCCUGCAGUCUCACUGAUCAAUUAGCUGCCAUUUAGAAGUUAAAUCACUUUGUUUAUGCAGCCCUAGUCACACCUCCCUACAUGUGACUUACACAGCCUUCCUAAAUACCUCCUGUAAAGAGUCAUCUAAUGUUUAUACUUACUUUAUUACAAAUUAUGAAUAAUUUAGAUUUUCGUAUCCACUGCACUGUUAACUUUAUAGCCUAUGCAGGAGCCUUCUGUAUGUGAUUAAAGUUCAAUUUACAGAGCAGGGGAUUAAAACUUUAAAGUUAGUAACAUCUGAAUGUGUGGCAUGAGCUGCAUAAACAGAAACAAAAGUGAUUUAACUUCUGAAUGGCAAAUAAUUAAGCAGUUAGACUGCAGGGGAAUGGUCUAUGCACAAAAAUCGCUUAAAGGGACACUAUAGUCACCAGAACAACUACAGCUUAUUGAUUUUUUUUCUGGUGAGUAGAAUCAUUACCUUCAGGCUUUUUGCUGUAAACACUGUCUUUUCAGAGAAAAUGCAGUGUUUACAUUACAGCCAAGUGAUAACUUCACUGGCCAUGCCUCAGAUAGCUGUUAGAGAUCCUUCCUGGGUCAUGGCUGCCUAAAAUGCAUCCAAACAUUCAGUAUCUCCUCCCUCUGCAUGCAGACACUGCACUUUCCUCAUAGAGAUUCAUUGAUUCAAUUCAUCUCUAUGAGGAGAUGCUGAUUGGCCAGGGCUGUGUUUGAAUCAUGCUGGCUCUGCCCCUGAUCUGCCUCUUUGUCAGUCUCAGCCAAUCCUAUGGGGAAGCAUUGUGAUUGGAUCAGGCCACCACUUCUGAAGAUGUCAGCAGACUGUUUUUUUUUUUUAGGCAAACAGCAUGCAGAUCUACAGCUUCUGACUUGAAUACAGUAAGAUUUUGCUAUAUUUAUGGGGGCUAGAUGGUGGUUUUAACAAUAUAGGGUCAGAAAUACAUGUUUGUGUUCCUGACCCUAUAGUGAACCUUUAAUUACGCUAUUAAUGUUUAAGUGACUAUAGUGUCCCUUUAAGUGAAAACUAUGAUGGCAGGUAUUCUAUAUUCAUUAGCAAACAACAAAUGCUUCUCAUCAUUGGGUUAACUACCGUAGCAUUUGAAAUCAUGGCACUAGAAAAAGUGCAGAGACGAGCUACACAAUUAAUACAAGGAAUGGAGCAUUUAAGUUACGAAGAAAGGUUAAAAAAUAUCAAUCUCUUUCAUUUGGAAAAAACGGCGCCUAAGAGGGGCUAUGAUAACAUUAUACAAAUAUAUUCGGGGCCAGUACAAACCAUUAUCUGGAAAUCUAUUCAUUAACAGGGCUAUACAUAGGACACGAGGUCACACAUUUAGGCUGGAAGAAAUGAGAUUUCAUCUAAGGCAAAGGAAAGGUUUUUUUUACAGUAAGAGCAAUAAGGAUAUGGAAUUCUCUGCCUGAAGAGGAGGUCCAUACAGAUGUUUAAACUGCAAUUGGAUAAAUACUUACAAAAACAUAACAUACAGGGAUAUAAUUUCUAAUUAGUGGGGUAAUAGCUGCUUGAUCCAAGGAGACAUCUGACUGCUAUUUUGGGGUCAAGAAUGAAUUUUUUCCUAAUUUGUUGUAAUAUUGGAAGCGCUUCAGACUGGGUUUUUUGCCUUCUUUUGGAUCAACAGCAAAAACAAAUGUGAGGAAGGCUGAACUUGAUGGACGCAAGUCUCUUUUAGGCUAUGUAACUAUGUAAUUUGUAUUGUUGUCAGCCGAGUUAAAGAUGUUCACAAUCUAUUAAUCUCAAAUGUAGGAGAGAACAUAAAUGUCAUAAUUCACUCACACAAUAAUUCCAUAAAUCAAAUGAAAAGUUAUAAAGAUUACAAAACAAUAUAAAUUCUACUAGACAGCAGUAGAACAGUACAGCUAUAGCAAAGUUGACUUUCAGGAAUUAUUUGAUGUCUGAAUUUCAAGUGGCAAUCAUCUACUCAAAGGAUGGAGUAGUGGAAUUAACACGUCGCGAUUUAAUGAAUUAGAGCAUGUUGGUGGAAUGUUGUAUAGAUUAAUCACAGUAGGUAGUAUUGUUUGCAAUGUUGCUUAUCAGUGUUCAUAAUGUUGUGCUUGGAAUCACAUUGAUAAUUCUGCAAACGUCAAUUAAUUAAAGCUUGUCAAAAUAUGGUAUGGAUGAAAAACUAAACAGGGAAGAAAAUAAUUCCGCUGUUUAUUUAAAUGAUAUUAAAAGUGUUUUAGGGAUUUACAAUCAAAUGUGCCAAGAGUGGAGCAGCUGCUGUAUUGACCCAUUUUCAUUCUCCUGUGUACUUUACUCGUAUAAUCUUAUAGAGUCUGGGAAAUACAGAAUUUUUUUUUCAUUAAGACCCGGCUGCUGAAUAUAGAAAUACAAUGUUUUAAAAAUACAUGCUUCCAUCAAUUGUCAUAUUAUGCAUUUAAUUUUGGUGUUUGCCAUCUAAUUAGUCUACCAUAAAACCGUAGAAAAUAAAUAGUGUUCACAAAUACAAUCAGUAACAUUUAAAGGGUUAGUCCAAACACCAUAACCACUUCAGUGAUAUGAAGUGGGCAUGGUGUUUGGAGUCUGUAUGUGCAGCAUUUCACUAUAAAACACUGCACAUCCCGCCGUUAAUCCCUUUGCCUUUUAGAAGUGGAUCUCCACCUCCAGCAGCAUAAUUGGGGUGACAUUUGCCAGCCCUGAGCAAGAGUUCAGGUCUGGCUAAAGUCAACUCCGGGCAUAUCUGUUUGCACAUAAGCUCAUUCAUUGGCUGAGAGUAUUCAGCUGACACAGGUAAGAGGGCAACCCAUUGUAAAACCGUUUUUUGCAUUACCAAGGCAUGGCGGCAGGGCAAGGCCAAUUCUGGGUGGGUGCAAAGAGGCGGAUCAGCAAGAUUGGUAGCGUUAGGCUCCAACCCUCAAAUUAGGUCCUGCCCUCUGAUUAGGCUCUACCCCUCACAAUCGGCAUCAGGCAGCAGAGCUAGAAGGAAAAAGUACAAACUGACAAGCUGAGAACAACUCGCCACCCACGCCUUCAAACCCACCCAGGAUUGCCCCCAUGCCAGGGUACUCCUAGCACUAUAACCACUACAGUCAGCUUACGGGUUAUGAUGCUGGGAGUAAACAUUUAAUAAACAUGUAAAGUAAUUAUACAGAAAAAGGCUGUAAUAAUAAGUGAUGUUUUCAGGAUACGUUGAUAUUUUUAUUUUUAUUUCAGGAUUUUAGGCGAUUUUAAAGAUGAUAAAAGUUAUUAUUACCGUUAUGGCAUAUAUUUUAUUGACCUCUAACUCCCUGAUAAAGAAAAACAUAAAUCCGUUCUGUCUUCUCCCAGAGAAAAAAUAUUAGGCACUCUGUUGGGAAUAUAUGUCCAAUUAAAUUGAGUGCCAAAAGUAACCUGUCCCCACUGGACAAGUUCUCCUGCUCAAUGAGAUUCUGGCUGAGGCUGGUGAGAGUUAAAAUAUACAUUUGAUGUAAUGAGAUAGUGAGACAGCCACUCGCUAAACAGCUUAUGUGGAAUAAAACUCCUAUUAACCCCAUCCAAUGCUUAGCUGUACCUUUUAGCAAUUUCAGUACAGAAUAUCUUCAUAUAACAAGUCAUAUUAAUGGCCACAAAAAAACAUCAUGGGCGUCCGCAGGAAUUUUUCCAGUGGGGGGCAUAAUUGUAAUGACAUCCAUGCAUGGUCUCUUUUUGACAGUGUCAUGAAGGGGAGGAGCAUAGUCAUUAUCACAUAAAGCCAGGGUGAAUAGUGUUUGCACAAUUAUGGUGUCAGGAAUACAUGUUUGUAUUCCUGACACUAUAGUGUUCCUUUAAGCAAAUUAAAGGAACAUUCUGGUCACCAUAACAACUUCAUCUAAAUGAAAAUACUAUGAUGCCAGGAAGACCCUGAGUGCUCUCUUUCCUUUAAGGGGUUAAACCGCUCUCAAAUGGUUUAACCUCAAAGGCUUCCUCCAGCUCCGGAUUUCCAGGUCGCUCAGUGGUAUUCGGCUUCUGAAAAGGAGUGUCAGGAAGUGCAGAUUGACGUCAGGCAUGGGUGCUACAGAUUGGCUAGAGUGGUCAGUUGACACUCUAAGCCAAUCGCUAGUUCCCGGUUCAUAAAAAUGUUUUACUUUUUUAUGAAUUUGGAGCUACUGAUUGGCUUAGAGUGCCAGCUGACCGCUCUAGCCAAUCAGCGACACCUCUCCCCAGCGGCCCUCUGUGCUUCCUGACACUCAAUAAAUAAAAGUGAACACAUUAACAUUGAUAUUUUUUUUACCUGGGGAGAUGAGAAGGUCCAAAGUUUCCCUGCCAGGCCCAGGUACCAAAGCCUUAUGAUGUGGUGUCCAGAAUAAAGUGGAGGGUUCAAUUCACUUGUCCUUCCUGCUCCAAUCUCAUUUUCUUCUCCUUCAUUUGACACAGUCUUCUUUUUCUUCUGACACUGUCUUCUCUCCUCCUUGGCUCCUUCUGUUCCUUUACCUUUUUGCUACUUUCUGCUUAUUGUGCUCCCCCUUCUGCUCCUUUCUCUUUCUGGUCCCUUUCUGCUCCUUGAAGACCCUUUCUGCUCCUUCUCCUACUUUACCUUUGUGUUCCUUGCUGUCCCUUUCUGCUCCUUGCUACCCCCUUUCUGCUCCUUCUCCUACUUUACCUUUGUGCUCCUUCUGAUUAUUUGUGCUCCUUUACCUUUGUGCUCCUUCUGUCCCUUUCUGCUGUUUGCAGACCCUUCCCUCUCCUUGCAGACCCUUCCCUCUCCUUGCAGACCCUUCCUACUCCUUGCAGACCCUUCCUGCUCAUUUCUGUUCCUUCUCCUACUUCACCUUUGUGCUCCUUCUGUCCCUUUCUGCUCCUUGGUGCCAUUUUCAGCUCCUUGCUGACCCUUUCUGCUCCUUGCAGAUCCUUCCUUCUCCUUGCAGACCCUUCCUGCUCCUUGCUGCCCCUUCCUGCUCAUUUGUGUUCCUUUGUGCUCAUUCUCUUACUUUACCUGUUGUGCUCCUUGCUGUCCCUUCCAGUUCCUUGCUGCCCCUAAACCCAAACAGAAUCAACCAUCUCUAUGAAGCAUCUGAUUGGUCAACACUCAGCACCAACGAUGAAGUAAGUGCUGGGCAAAAAGGGGGUGGUUCUUCAGUCGUUGCAGAGGUCAGUUCUACAGUCUGUGUAUGUGUUUUUGGACAGAGACUUUUCCUUUUGGAAUGGUUAAACUGUAUUUAGUGAAUGCUCACACUAGGCUAAAGCUUACUCUGACCAUCUCUGGAUAGUUUAUUGCUUCGUAAGCUUUUUAGACAAGAAUAGAAACCUACAGUUUACCCCAUACGCCAAAACCUCUAGCAGGAGGGAAUGUGAUUCCUUUUUCUUUUUCCUUUUUUUUAAUUUUUUUUUUUUAAUGAUAAUUAAACUAGUUCUGCUGUAAGAAUGUACAAAACAUCUUAACCUGUUUUCUUAAUAUGUACACCACUUUCUGCUUAAUUUUGCACAUCUCUUGAAAUCUCCAACUUUCCGUUAACUAGUUUAAAUUAUAAACCCUUGCUUUACUUUAAUAAAUUGGAGUACUCAUUCAGCCAACACUGUCAAUCCGAGUUUGUCCCUCCCCAAGUACUUCCCUAAAGAUGUCCUCUUCCUCUAAGGUUACAGAUGUUAGGCUGAACUUAAUGGAUGCAUCUCUUUUCAGCCUAUGUAACCAUCUAUGUUACUACACAUAUAAGAUGCAUAUAAUUGUCACUUCUAACAAUCCCCAGUGUGAUAUCAGGAACCUGAAUGAUAAGUUAAGUACAUUCUAUAAGCAUUAUAACCAAAACAAUGCACUAUAGUGGUUAUGUUUCUACACUAUAGAGCAGGGCUUGACAAAUUUGUUUGGAAUCUAGGAGCCAGCUAAAAAAGUUAGGAGCCAGUUAUAAUUUUUUUUAAAGCGGCACUAUAGUCACCAGAACCACUACAGUUUAAUGUAGUGGUUCUGGUGCCUAUAGACUGUCCCUUUACCCUUUUCAAUGUAAACGCUGCAUUUUCAGAGAAAAGGCAGUGUUUACAUUGCUGCCUACUAAGACCUCUAGUGACAGUCACUCAGACGGCCACUAGAGAGUCCUGUGUCUGUGCUCUGCAUGGACGCGCUGAAUGUUACCCAUAAUACAGAAGAUGCGCAAUAUCCUCCCAAUAUCCUAUUGGAAAGCAUUGGCUUAGCUGAGAUCAAAAAGAUUGAUGAACCUGGCAAUGGAGUCAUAACAAGCCAUGGCAAAAUCUGCACAGCAUGGGGGAAAAGGGGUGAGUAAAAACACCAAUCGUGAUCGCAGGUACCUAAACAGACACACACACUGACAGAGGUAUAGGCACACACACUGACAGGGGCAUACACACACACACACACACACACAAACUGACAGAGGCAUAGGCGCAUACACACACACACACUGACAUACACUUUCUUAAACACAAAUGUACAUUUUUUUUUACAUUUUUAUUCACCCAGCCUCCCUACCUUUUGGGAGUGCUGAGUGGACGUUCCAUGGGGUCUAGUGGGGCUGCUCUCUCUUCCUGUGUGAGAGAGAGCAGUAAUCUACCAUGCAGUUCCUCUCUGCUCCCUGUGAUGCCGGGUCGGAAUGACGUUAAAUUCCAGUUCCCGGCAUCAUUAAACAGCGUGAGGGAGCAGAGAGGAGCUGCUCCCUCGCACACUGCCCCAGCCGACUGCCUCCCUAAAGCCCAGGGCGGCCGGCUACAACUCUCACUCAGCCGGCCGCCUCCAGGAAGCUCCAUGCGGCCGGCUACAACGCUCACUUAGCUGGCCGCCUCCAUGAAGCUCAGGGCGGCCGGCUACUAUGCUCACUCAGCCGGCCUCCUACAUGCUCCUGCGGGUGGACGGCCAGCUCCAUUAUUUGCCCAGCCAGGCAUUUUAGAUAAAAAGUUGACAAAUCCCAGACGCCCUGGCAAACUUUUUAGUCGCCAUGGCGACUUGGUGCCUGGGAUUUGUCGAGCCCUGCUAUAGAGGUUAUGUUUUGCAGAAGUCUCCUUGUGGUUUCCAAGGUUAGGCUGUUAAACUGUUCAGAUUGGUUUGUCCGAUGCCGACCUAUCUUCCCUUUUGUUCUGCUAAAGCAGAAGUUCAUACCUUUGCGUUUGUAUACCAAUUCUGGACAUUAUUCAUUGGCUGAGAGCGGUCAGCUUACACUAUCAGCCAAUGAAAAACAUCUAAAGUUGUCCCUUGAUGGUAACACCAGAGUGCGUAAUAUUGUCUUCAAGACAAACAGUCAAGCAGUUUAAUGUAGGAAAUAUAUAUUUUUUCUAUUUGUUUUAUAGUCUUUUUCACUGUUAUCUUGUAAGUGUGAAUGUAUUGUCUAUGCCCGGGUUAGGCAAACUUUGGCACUUCAGAUGUUGUGGACUACGUUUCCCAUAAUGCUCUUACAGCGAUAAUGCUGGCAAAGCAUCAGGGAACUUGUAGCCCACAACAUCUGGUUUUAGAUACAGUGCCUUGCAAAAGUAUUCACCUUGACUUUUUACCUAUUAUGUUACAUUACAGCCUUAAGUUCAAUGUUUUAUUAAUCUGAAUUUUAUGUGAUGGAUCAGAACACAAUAGUCUAAGUUGGUGAAGUGAAAUGAGAAACAUAUAUACAUAAAACUAUUUUUUAGAAAACAGAAAAUGGUGCAACCAAUUACCUUCAGAAGUCACAUAAUUAGUGAAAUGAUGUCCACCUGUGUGCAAUCUGAGUGUCACAUGAUCUGUCAUUACAUAUACACACCUUUUUUGAAAGGCCCCAGAGGCUGCAACACCUAAGCAAGAGGCACCACUAACCCAGCACUGCCAUAAAGACCAAGGAACUCUCCAAACAAGUAAGGGACAAUGUUCUUGAGAAGUACAAGUCAGGGUUAAGUUAUAAAAAGAUAUCCAAAUCUUUGAUGAUCCCCAGGAGCACCAUCAAAUCUACCAUAACCAAAUGGAAAGAACAUGGCACAACAGCAAACCUGCCAAGAGACGGACGCCCACCAAAACUCACAGACCAGGCAAGGAGGGCAUUAAUCAGAGAGGCAGCACAGAGACCUAAGGUAAACCUGGAGGAGCUGCAGAGUUCCACAGCAGAUACUGGAGUAUCUGUACAUAGGACGACAAUAAGCUGUAUGCUCCAUAGAGUUGGGCUUUAUGGCAGAGUGGCCAGAAGAAAGCCAUUACUUUCAGCAAAAAACAAAAUGGCAUGUUUUGAGUUUGCGAAAAGGCAUGUAGGAGACUCCCAAAAUGUAUGGAGGAAGGUGCUGUGGUCUGAUGAGACUAAAAUUGAAAUUUACGGCCAUCAAAGAAAAAGCUAUGUCUGGCGCAAACCCAACACAUCACAUCACCCAAAGAACACGAUCACAGUGAAACAUGGUGGUGGCAGCAUCAUGCUGUGGGGAUGUUUUUCAGCAGCCUGAACUGGGAAACUGAUCAGAGUUGAGGGAAAGAUGGAUGGUGCUAAAUACAGUGAUAUUCUUGAGCAAAACCUGUACCACUCUGUGUGUGAUUCGAGGCUAGGACAGAGGUUCACUUUCCAGCAGGACAAUGACCCCAAACACACUGCUAAAGCAACACUUAAGUGGUUUAAGGGGAAACAUGUAAAUGUGUUGGAAUGGCCUAGUCAAAGCCCAGACCUCAACCCAAUAGAAAAUCUGUUGUCAGACUUAAAGAUUGCUGUUCACAAGCGCAAACCAUCCAACUUGAAGGAGCUGGAGCAGUUUUGCAAGGAGGAAUGGGCAAAAAUCCCAGUGGUAAGAUGUGGCAAACUCAUAGAGACUUAUCCAAAGUGAUUUGGAGCUGUGAUUGCCGCAAAAGGUGGCUCUACAAAGUAUUGACUUUAGGGGGGUGAAUAGUUAUGCACAUUGACCUUUUCUGUUAUUUUUGCCCUAUUUGUUGUUUGCUUCACAAUAAUAAAAAAAAUAAUUCUUAAAAGUUGUGGGCAUGUUCUGUAAAUUAAAUGAUGCAAAUCCUCAAACAAUCCAUGUUAAUUCCAGGUUGAAGGCAACAAAACAUGAAAAAUGCCAAUGGGGUGAAUAUUUUUGCAAGGCACUGUAAGUCCUUUAAAGGUGAUCUUGUUGUUUUCUAUGAUUAUCUUAUUAUCUUUUUUUGUAACAGAAUGAAUUGUCACUAAUGAAUCAAUUGAUUUCUUUCUCAGUGAUGCGUUGUUAUUUAGUUAAUAUUAAUAAAGUCCUAUUGCGAUAUAAAAUAUAGGCUUAUGCCAUUCUCCAUUACGAGAUUUAGUUUUGUUAUUGCCAACAUUUCUAGCCAACUGUUUCUAAGAUAUGGAAACUAAAGAUAUCUAUUAAAAAUAAUACAGAUCCCCAAAUUAAUAGGUAAGUAAAGUUGAUUUCCUUAAAUUUUGCUCAAAUAACUAUUAAAAGGAAAAUCACUUAUUAUAGCAAUCGAGAGUAAUAUCGAAAGGCCCACUUAUAGAGCACAGUGCCAGAUAUCUAAAUGUGUAAUAAUGUGUAAUAAUGCUAGAGAUAUUGUUGCAUAUAGUGUUUGUUUAGCUUACUAAAAAUAGGUCACGAUUCACCUACAUAUCUGUAUUACUAACGCUAUAGUCCCUAUGUAAUUUCAGCCCCCCGCCCCGUCUGCAUUAAAAAAAUUUACAUUAAAAGAAACCAUACGAAUAAAAAUAUUUAACACACCUUCUCCUCACCUUCUGCGGCCUACUCUUACCGUGAUGACACCUCGGAGGUGUGCCUACAGUGUAAAGGACCAAUCCAAUGGUCCUCAUAGAGGAGCAUUGGGGAUGUAGACACCUAUGAGUCUCCCAUAUAGAAGCAUUUAAUGUAAUGAUUCUCUUUGGUAGACUGUGACGGCACUGCACAUGCGUGUGUGAUGUCAUUGUGUACCAGGGUAUGAGAGCCGAGAAGUACCAGCCUUGGCUCUCUCUAGCCAGAGGGCUAGCACUUCCAAUCCUUAUUAUUAUUUUUUUUAAAAAUGGUGCCUGGGACUGAGGGAGAAAUACUGUAGGCACUAUAACAACUUAGUUAGGAUGAACUUGUUAUAGUGAGCACAGCUUUCCUUUAAGAAAUUAUUGUACAUUGGUUUGCUAAGUCCCCCAGGGGGUUUGUUCAUGAUUUCGUUGAUGAUGUGAUAUCUAUUCUGCUUGUAGAUGUACGCCAUUCUAGAAUGAGAUUGUUUCCACUGACCUGUGAAUAAAACCGACUGAGGUCAUAUGCUAACUUUUUAACUGUUUGUCUUCCUUAACGAGAUGCUGAUAUAAAUAGCAGUUUUCAAGAGGGUAGUUGCUCAUCUGCUUAUCUUACAUGCAGGUUAUAUUCUGGGAAGGGUCGGUGCUAUACAUACAGUAUAAUGCUGCAACUCCUGUAUUCAGAGAAAUGAUUAAUUGUUCCUACUUUUCUGCGGCAUUGCUUAUGCUAUAUCUAUGAUCUAUGUAUAUAUCAUCGGUUCACGCCAACAAUAGGCUCACUCACGCCGUAUAAAAAUAUUACUUUCUACUAUGAUCAUUAGAAUUAAACUUGCACAUUUUCUCAUUUCUAACACAACUCGAUAUAGACAUGAAACUGUAUUUCUGCUUAUUAUUUAAUGCCACAAACCUUGUCCAAAGAUCAUUGUUUAGUCAUGUCAAAUAUUACCCUUUAGUAUUUUCUUAGAAGAAUGGAGAACUUAUCUGAAAUGCCACCAUCAAAAUGAUAAAUUACACUGCAGUCAUAUUUAUAUAAAAUAAACUGAACAUGAUAGAGACAAUUCGAAAACAACUUCAAAGACUAAUGAUGUAACCCAGCUAGCCUUUAAAGGUGGGAAAAACACUGCAUCUCUAAUUUGGAAUAAACAUACAAUAAUGCAAUUUUAGGAGACAGGAAUCCCUGCAAAUACUCUCCUCUAGUUCACUUGGUAAAAAAAUCCUUCAGAGAAUUAUUAUUAUUUUAUUUUUUAUUUUGUUAUUAGUGCAUUUAAAGGAACCCUACAGCAUUACAAAUAAAAACCUUAAUAAUGCUGAAAUGUUUAAAUUAAAAUUUUCAUUCUUGUACCCCCUCCUCCACCGCCCCCAGGAUGCCUUAAAUUUUUAAAAAAAAAUUAUUUUGUAAUAUCUAAUAGAGCAGUGAUAAGAUUUCUGUGCUCUGACCUUGGGAGGCAAUCACUACCAAUGAUCUCCCAGCCAAUCCACACAAAUACUCACAGUGAAGGACUAGAAUACUGGGUGCAUGCGUGAGAAGCAUUGUGCUGGGGUACACUGCAGUUAGGAAGCGCACAUUCCCGACUGUCUGAUUCAUAGGCUAGGACAACUUAAAACCUUUAUAAAAUUGAUGCUUUCUCUGUAAAGCUAAAGUGUUUCAGGGGUUACUUUUUUGAUACAUUUUAUUUAACUGCGCAAUAUUUAUCUAAAUGAAGCAUAAUGUUCUGUAACAAAUCCUGACUGUUUAAUGAAAUGUAGAAUUACCCCCUAGUAAUACCAAUUCCUAGAACGUUACUGUAACCCAUAUGUGUAGGUUUCUAAAUUGCACUCAGAUUUAUAAGAAGCAGGAUAUCUUGUACAAAUAAAGACUCUAAUAACUCCAAUUUCUGUAAUUGAUUAAUAUAAUAACUCUAUUAAGGCUUGAGACAUGAAUUUCUUGAUUUUCCACGAAUGUUAGUUAUGUGAGAAUGUAAAAUUGACUGUAGUUGCAAAAAAAAUAUGUUACAGUUAAUGGGCUUUUAAUGCUGCUACACGUGUUCCAUAAUAUCCUUUAUAGUUUAAGGUGAGUCUGUUAAAGGUUUAAUCUUUUAUACAGUAUAUAUAGUCAUUUCGCUAUUAGUAAUGGCAUAAUUUUAAUUUUUGAGACUCGGCUUCUAGGUCUUUAUUCUGCAAAGGAUUUAUUUAGGAUUUUAAUGUUAUAUUACAGAAUUUAGGUAAAUGUAAAAUCCUCCUCACUGCCUAACUAAACUGCUAAUGGUACUGUGAAGACACAGAUUUUAUUUUUACAACAGAACAAAGAAUAAAAUAAAGGUUAUAAAUCUUUUUCAGCUAGCACUAUAAGCACUGGUAUUUGUCCCGAAACAUCUACUGAUGGCAAUGUGUGAUUACACAACCCUAAUCGACUUGUACCUCUCUGUGAGUUUUGGCAAUGAGAUCAUAUCAUUUUGAUUUGCCACUGUAAGGAAUCACAUGGUCUAGAUGACACAACUGUUUGAUGGUUACAAUUCUGUAUUUCAGGCAGAUCUUAAAUAUGUUUUCAGGAGUACAAUCCUUUACACUUUUACCAUAGGCCAUAAUCUACAUUCUAUUUUUGUCUACAUGCUCCAAUUGGUUAUAUUAUAUGAAAAUAUAGUCUAGGCCGGUGGUUUCCAUUUCUCAAUGCACACCAACUGUCCAGUCCAGGAUUUAGACUUGCUUUAAUUCUGUUUCAAUGAGUAUAAUGUCAGAAUCUAAAGGGACAAUAUAGACACCCAGGCCACUUCAACUCAUUGAAGUGGUCUGAGUGCAGUGCCCCUGUCCCCUUAACUCUGCAGUGUUCAUUUUUGCAGUUUUUAUAGAAAUUUGACCCAAAACCAAGGCGCAGAACCUGUAGCUUUAUUGAUGGCACACAAAUGCAUUUGUCACUUAAACCAAGUAAAUUACUAUCUAAUCAAUCCCAUCGGCUGAAUAAGUGCCAGUUAGCUUGCUCUGAACCUUGACACAACUGCGGAAACUACACCAGGUGGUCACUAUUUUAUUGCAACUAGAUGGCAGGAAGACAAGCUUGCAAUACGGAGAGUUACUACUACAAAAUUCAGAACAUGUGAUGUCAUUAGAUGUGGUACUUGAUCAAAGCUUACUUUUCACAUCAGUGAUUAGUCACAAUCAUGUUUUAGUCUCAAACAAAUUCUCCUCCUUCCAUUUUAAAAACAUGGAUAGGAUUAGAUAUCUGACUCCUCCAGAAUAUCGCAGAAUGUUAAUAAUAAGCAUCUAUGCCAAUACACAUGGACGACUUCAUUGCACUAGAUGUAGAGCUUCCAGAAAAAGAAUUAUACCGUCUGCAGAUAGCGGAAGAUGCUGCGCCCAGGUUACUAACUUACCAGCCACCUCCUACAUCCUUUACAACUGAAAAUAAGGUUUUAAAUGUAACAUUAUCUGCAUUAGUAUAACAUCAUGAUAGUGUAAGAUAUAUCUCCAACAUAAAUCUGCAGUACAAGCAAUACAUUUAAAAUGUAGCAAUAAAAGUUAUUUAAAAAGCAAUAUCCUAGAUAGUGUAUCCCUUAAACUUCGUAAUUGUAACUGUUUGUUUUAUAAAUAUUACUUUAUGUCCAAGAUUUUUAAUUUGCAAGGUUAUAUUUUAUAUCUUAUAUCCUUUUUUUUAUGUAGUUGGAUUGUUUUAAAUUAUAUGUCAAACCUAGUACAAUACAAUUCUUAGAAAACAAUUCAAAAUGGUGAAUAAAAAUGCUCUCACUCAAUAUGGAACAUCGAAAGCCUUUGGAAUCUGAAUGACGCCAUUGAUUACUUGACAAACUGUCACAGGAUAGCACGGAGUAACACAGUGUUGAGAGGGAUAUGUGCUUAUCUUCAUUUUUGCUGAUAUUUUCUUGGCUUUAUCUAAAGUCUUGUUUCGCAAGCCCUGGAUAAUGGAUUUCUCUUGACAACAAAGUGCUGAUUGAUCAUUUAAUUAUGUUAUUUGAGUAGAGAUAAUUGCUCAUCAAUGUGGUAGCUAAUAUAUUGUGCUGCACCCAAUAAUAAGCAUGCAAUAAUACAGCAUAUUAAUGAGGCCAAAACAAAUCAAAUGCAUUAAAGGUGUAUUGACGAUUAUCUCUCAUUUUAAAGCGGUUGUGUAUGCGUUAAACUGUCCACUACAUAUUUUCACUAUAUAAACGGAGAACUUUAUAUCAAAGCAGGUUGUUAUUUUGUCUUCUGUUACUUUAACGCUGUUUGGCAGUACAGAAUGUAAAGAGCAAGGGUCAGCAGAACGCCUUAGAAUGUGAAUGAUAUCAUUUUAAAAAUGCAUGAAGCUGUCAGUAUCACGAAUGAGGCAGAUGUCUAAAGAAGACAUUAGAUUCUCACCUUUACUUUGCUUGCUGUCCAGAAUCAUAGACAGGAUAGUGCAGUGAUAUGGAAUACAAAACACAUCUGACACCAGCACUUGUCAGCCGGCUGAGAAGAAGUGCCAUUUGUGACAGGGAUUGUGAUAAAAUCCCAGGGGAUGUCACAUUUUCAAACAAAAGAACACCGACAAUACCGGGAGAGAUAAAAAGAAAAAAAAAAAGAAAAUAUGUGAAAAAAAUAUAUUUUUCUAUCAUAUUUAAACAUGAUUUUAAAAUGUCACAGUUAAUGUAGUUCUUUAUGUAUUUUACUUUUCUCAGCCAUCAGUGUCCUUUUACUAAUGCCGUUAAAGAGUUAACAUUGAGUUGCGGUCCAACAGUACAUGACUAGCUACCGAUUGCUGACACCUAACUAGACAUUAUCCUUGAUACGCAAUAUUUCUAAGUAAGGCCUGCUGUGGUGUAAAGAAGCAUAGUGUUUUAUUUGCAAACAGAGAUUAGUUAACAGAGAUUGUUCUUUACAAAAUGUGGAACAAAUAGACUUGGAGAAUCCGCCACGUCAGCCACUUUUCUUUUAAGAUUUUUUUUUUAGUUUUACUAUUUGAACCUACAUUUGGCUGUCAUCAUAAAUGUUUAAAUGAGUACUCCAAACACCAUACCUACUGCAUUCACUUCAGUGGUUUUUGUGCCAAGAGAGGCCCUGACUCCUACAGUAAGUAUUUAAAUCAUUUUAGCAUAGUUUGACAACUUACCAGAGCAGGACUGCGUUUUUUUGGGUGAGAGUAUUAGCUAAGAUUUCUGGAUCUGCCAUCCAGUGGUUAUGGUGCGUUGAGUGUUUCUUUCAUUAAUUAUCUUGUUUCCUGCACACUGUACCCCAUUUUCACUCAGUGAGAUUCACUACUGCAUCUAAUAUCAGCAUUUUUGAUGGAGUCUUUAAAAAAAUAAAAUAAUUCUAAAGUUUAAAUUAAAUUUCAAUUAAAUCAAGAGAUAAUCAUAUAAAGUAGAGUCUGCUUUGUCAUAGAUACAUGCUGAUUUCUAUCAAAAUGACACAAAAGGCAGAGCUGCAGUCAGCUUCCAUCAGAGGCAGCUUGCCAUUUCCCGUUAGCCCAAUAGUCGUCACCUCCAACAGCGAGUGAGAGCAGACAUCAUGUUUUGAUUUGCAAUAGAUCUGAAUAAUAUCACAACUCCUGAAGGUCAGAAACUGUAAAGUGGAUUAUGACAGUACCAAGCAGCAAGUAUGUAGCUCCUUUUCUACUAAAAUAUAAAAUAAUAGUAAUAUAAAACUAAAAUUUAUUUUCAAUUUAAGAUAUAUAUGAGUUAGAAACUCUUCUGCAGUUAAUUCAGAUAAAUAUAUCUGUCUUUAUAGACAUAGGAGCACAUAGCUCACAAAUCUCACCAUUAAUGGAAAAACAAAAUUAAUGUGCAGUGGUUAGAGAUGUCCCAACACUGGACACUGCCAGCUCUCCUCCUACUAGUGUCCCCCCAUCCCUCACUACUAGAGCCCAUCCCUCACUACUAGUGUUCCCCUACCUCUCACUACUGGUGCUCCCCCAUCCCUCACUACUAGUGUCCCCCCAUCCCUCACUACUAGUGUCCCCCCAUCCCUCACUACUAGUGCCCAUCCCUCACUACUAGUCCCCCCCUGAUCCCUCAAUACAAGUGCUCCCCCAUGCCUCACUACCGUGUCCCCCCAUCCCUCACUAUUAGAGCCCCCCAUCUAGUGUCCCCCCAUUCCUCACUACUAGAGUCCCCCCAACCUGCACUACUAGUCCCCCGACCCCUCACUACUAGAGUCUCCCAUCUAAUGUCCCUAUCCCUCACUACUAUUGUUCCCCCAUUCAUCACUAUUGUCCCCCAUUCCUCACUAUUGUCCCCCCAUUUCUCACUAUUGUCCCCCCAUUUCUCACUAUUGCCCCCCCAUUCCUCACUACUAGAGCCCCCACUCAUUUACCUGAUCUGUAGGCUGAUUGCAGGCUGGGAGCUGCUAGCUCUGCUUGCUCUGUGCUAUGCCCCUGUGGACUCAGGGUGUAGAGAAAAGCAGAGAGAUGAAGUUCCUGUCCCUGCCUCUCUCCACACACAGCGCCAUCUACUGGCCGGCGGCGGUAUUGCGUGUAAUUUUUAACUACAGAAAAAAAUAACAGCAAUUGUAUUGCCGGUAUUUUAGCAAUACCGGCACUGGCCAGGCAACCUGAAAUAAUGGUUGUGCCGGUAAAAUACCGGCCAGGUGACAACCCUAAGUCUGUAAGAGCAUUCUGGGAGAUUAAGUCCACAACAUCUGGAGUGUUAAAGGAACACUAUAGUCACCUAAAUUACUUUAGCUAAAUAAAGCAGUGUUAGUGUAUAGAUCAUUCCCCUGCAAUUUCACUGCUCAAUAUACUGUCAUUUAGGAAUUAAAUCACUUUGUUUCUGUUUAUGCAGCCCUAGCCACACCUCCCCUGGCUAUGAUUGACAGAGCCUGCAUGAAAAAAAAACUGGUUUCACUUUCAAACAGAUGUAAUUUACCUUAAAUAAUUGUAUUUCAAUCUCUAAAUUGCACUUUAAUCACAUACAGGAGGCUCUUGCAGGGUCUAGCAAGCUAUUAAUAUAGCAGGGGAUAAGAAAAUCUUAAUUAAACAGAACUUGCCAUAAAGAAAGCCUAAAUAGGGCUCUCUUUACAGGAAGUGUUUAUGGAAGGCUGUGCAAGUCACAUGCAGGGAGGUGUAACUAGGGUUCAUAAACAAAGGGAUUUAACUCCUAAAUGGUAGAGGAUUGAGCAGUGAGGCUGUAUACACCAAAACUGCCUCAUUAAGCUAAAGUUGUUCAGGUGGCUAUAGUGUCCCUUUAAAGGUUGCCUACCCUGUACUAGACUGAGAGCUCAGUGUUGAAGUCAGGUGUUCAAAUACAUCAUUAACAAGGUCUUGUCCAAGCUCUGCACAUUUAUGUUGCUUUUUCCCAAUGAAAAUAAAGUGAGUUUUGGCUGUUUCUUUGCAGAAACCAGCAUCUAAUAUUGCUGCAAAUUACUGACACAAAGAUGCUGACUAAAUAGAGCUUACUAUCGUAAUGUGUUGAUAUUUAAAAAAAAAUGGUAAACUGAAACUUUUAUUCUGCACCUUUGAUAAUUAUACAUUUGUAGACGUGUUUAAAUGCAUUAGGAAUAACAUAACUUUUAGUAACAUCCUGUCAUAAGCUGUUAUUUGCAUUAUUAUUUUUCCUGCUUAACGUCACACAGUAUACAUUUAUUUAUAGCGUAGUAAAAUUAUGCAGGGAAUUUCAUAAUUGUGCUUAAUCAACAUCAGUUUAUAGUUACAUAAACUAUCUUAGUUCUUGUUAGCCUUUCCUGAACAUAAAAUUAGCCCGAGAAUUUUUAGUUGCUUCAUAACAAUAUGUUAAAUAAAUAUAAUGUAUAUAAGUAAAGCAGAACAGAAACAGAUGGCCAGGCAAUAACAUAUGAUCUAAAUGGAGGCAUUCUUACCUACUUAAGUGCAAUAUUCCACAUUUAUAUUACAAGUAAUGCAUACAUUAUUUAUCUUGCUCCCCGUAAAUGGAAACAGGGAUCAUUUAAGCAACAAAAAGAUCUUGGGAGGGGGCAGCAAAGAAAGAGAAAGAUCCCAAAUAGAGAGAAACAUAACAUUUGGCACUAAAGGUGCAAUAUGAGGAAGAAGUGAUAGUGCAACAGAAAAGCUUAAGGUGCUGAAAAUUGGGAAUCAAAGAUAGAGAGCAGCACAGAAUGAGUUGGACAGAAUUAUUGGACAGAAUGGAGAAGGCAAGAGGAUGAAACAUGGAGACAUGGUGGAAAUGAAGACAGAAUGAAAGGAAGGAAUUGUAUUCAGUGGUGGCAUUGCGUGUGGCCAUAUCAUAGAAAUGUUAUAGCACUAGUAUAAAUAAGAGGUACCAAUGCACAGAUAUAUAUUAAGAUUAGAGGAUGGAAUGCUAUUGCGUAAGGGCUAGAUAGAGGAUGGAAUGGUAUGGGUAUAGGCAAAUUAGAGAAUCGAAUGUGGGCAGAUAAGAGAAUGGAAGCAUCUGAAUCGCCGAAAUUCACCCGAAUUUUAAUUCGGACCAAAACGAAUUGCACAUGUCUAAUUUUUAUGUACAUCUUCGAUAUAAGCAAUAAACUGCUAUUUAACACAAAAGGUUAUUGCUCAGCAUCUUCUACCUCGAUCAUAUAGCUACUGGCUAUAAAAUGUACUGUGUUAUUACAAUUGUUAUAGCAAGACUCAAAAUGUCCACCUGUGCCCUCAAGAGUAUAAAUUUACUUCUAGUGAGUGUGCCUUGGACCUUCCCGACUUGCAGUGUCAAGUAACUUUUAGGCCUUUUCAUUAGUGAAAGAAAUUUUGAGCACUGGUUAAACUAUUCUGCUAUUGGUGGUUUUGUUAUCUUAAAUUCUCUGCUGAGAUAUAUAUUGAUAAAUGAAUAUUUACCUAUAAAGUAACACAAAGACAAAUCCACUGUAUUCAUUUUCAUUCCCAGAAAGUAAGCAUUCCACUAAACCACCUCCAUAUCUUAAUCUCUCUUGCAGACCAGAAGAUGUGCUUUUGAGGCGCACCCACGAUGAGAACGUCCUUCUGCACUGCUUCCUUUGGCCGCUAGUUACGUUUAUGGUGGGAGUCCUGAUUGUGGUGCUCACCAUCUGUGCAAGAAGCUUGGCUGUUAAAGCGGAGGCGAUCCAAAAAAGAAAAUACUCAUAGAAAGGAGGAGACAAAACAAUGACCACUCCAGUUCAAACCAAAACCCCAGAUUACCUAUAAUCCUCUUGUUGCCUCUUCAUCACUGUUUUUCUGAACUUGGUUGUUUGAGGAUGAGGGACUGAUGAAGGAAUAUUUUUCUCAGACUUAUUUUUGAACUAUUGGUUCCAGUGGGACUGAUGCCCAGAAUAGUUCAAAGCUGAAUCAGAUAUGUCAGGAAUAAUGUAAUGACUCAUAUUUGGCCAAGUGUAAAGUGAAGCAGUCUUAAAGAAAGUUUCAUUUCACCUUUGCGAUAAAGUAUGUUUUAUUUGGUAUAUAAAACAUCAAUCAAAAGAUUUCAGUUUAUUUUGUAUCAUGUAAUUCUAAAAUAUUAAAGUGUGCUUUUUUAUGUCCUAUGUAUGUAUUUUUAUAGCCAAUUUAUAGAUAUUUUUUAGAUCGUUAUUUAAUUUUAUCCUUCGUUGGCUUUUGCAGACAAAGUUUAGAAGACAGUUUUGUAUUGUUAAUGCAAAACAAAAAGCUACUAUUGCUCGUUCUUGGCAUGGGAAUGAUUGCUGUCUCUGAUUAUAAAUGAUACUGUUACUUUUUCUAGAACUGUAGUCUCUUCUACCAGUAUUCAAGGCAAUAGUCCAUAAUUAGAAAUUAGAAAUUCCCAAUCUAAAAAAUCCCAAUCUAAAAAAUCAAUAAAACCAAUUCUGUUGGUUGAAAUUUGUAUUUGCUAGCAAAACCAUGAAUGAGAGCAUUUAUUGCAAUGACCGAUAAACAUUUUUCAUUUGAGAAUUCAGCAACCUUAAACAGGGAUUAAUGUAAAGUUAUUCUCUGAAAGAUGUCAUGAAUUAAUCUCUGGAAUUAACACAGAAGGAUAGGGGCUGCACCAAGGGGAGAUAAGAUAGUCUAUGUUUGAGAGUCCAAGAGUUCACACCAAAUGGUGUCUUUGUAAUAGAUUCUAGGAAUUUGGGAGUAGUAUCCUAAAUAGUCCAUAUAUAGGAAAUCCAAGAGUCACACCAAAUGGUGUCUUUGUAAUAGAUUCUCGGAAUUUGGGAGUAGUAUCCUAAAUAGUCCAUAUAUAGGAAAUCCAAGAGUCACACCAAAUGGUGUCUUUAGGAUAAGUUCUUGGAUCUUGGGAGUGGUAUCCUAGGUCAGUCUCUCCAGUUGUUGGUCAUAUGAAAUGAAACAAAAAAAGAGGACUAAUAGUGCAGUGUGUAACGUGUGAAGUGGUUAUGAUAAAAAAAGAGAAAAAUUGCACUCAUGUUUAGCAGAGCUAUAACUAGGGGUACACUUCAGGAUAUAUGAUGUCCUCUGUCUUUGGGUUGUCUGGAGCUCAAAUGACAAUAAGAGAAUGAGGGGCAAAAAUAGUGCUCUCAGUAAAAAUAAGAACCAGGUGUAAAAGAAUAUAUAAAAUGUACUUACAUAGUGUUGAGCAGGCUUACUGCUCGAUGGUAUCAGCUCUGGUGGUAUGAUCCCAACCUCAGAUUUAUUUAUAGUGAUAAUAAGAAGCCAGGUUAAAAUAAAUAAGAUAUAAAAGGAAAUUGGCACAAACCAGGUAAAUUUGUCCAAAAAGUAUUCCUUUAAUAAAGUAACAAAUAAGUAUAAAAACAUCCAAAUACGCGUUUCACCGAUGUGGCUUUUUAAAAAAUAUCCCAUUUUUAAAUAGCCACAUCGGGGAAAUGCGCUUUCAGUUUUGCAAUAGGGCUGUUAGGCUAUUAGGUCAACAUAUUACAUUGCAAUCACACCUUUUGUACGGGUUUCACUGGGGCUUAAUUAUUGAUCGUAAAUAUGAACAAUAAAUGGUUUUUCAGAUACUACAAUUUAUGGGACUUUGUGGGUUUUUAUGCUCUCUUAUCACAUACAAACAUUAAUCACAUAUAGAGGUCUGCGAGGCAGUUAUUAAUGAGAUGUAUAGUUCAAACUGAGAAUGAGUUGGUAAUCAACAUAAUUGUAUAACAUAAUUAAAAGAGAAAAUGCCACUUUUCCAAGAGACCACGUCUUUUUUUAUGAAAGAUGUCUAAAUAAAGUGAAGCCAUAAGAUACAAGACUGAAGAUCAUCA